AUGGAACCGUCAGAACUGCAAAAUCGGAACGAUGGUGGCAGAACGGCUAAUUCGACCGCCGUGGCCGCCACGAACCAACAGGCCGUAGAGGCGGCGCUCAUUGAGUUUAUCGAAACAAUGACGCCGCGCGUAAAUGUGCUGGAAGACGAGGUGACGUACGCGUGGCGGGCGUUAGACCUAUUGUCCGACCAGUAUGUGAAGAUGUGGGAGCGCAUCGAAAAACUGGAAACGAUCGUCCAGAACCAACAGUCCGUCAUCGGGCAAAUGGUCCGGUAUUGCUCGUCGGAGCCUGUAACAAGGCCAUCGACCGCGAUGCAGCAGACCUCGUACAUGGUACCGCAGCCGCAGCCACAGCCGCCGCCCCUGGGAAUCGUUCACCAUUCCAUCGGGUCGUCCUGCGUAUUGUGGGCCGACUCGGACAGGUCGACGGGCUGCGGUAGUAGUAGCGACAGUAGCAGUAAAAAACCGCCGUCGGACCUAAAUCAGGGAAGCGACGGGGAUUACAGGGCGUACGGAGAUCGGUUGAUGGACGACGACGACCUUGACGACGACCCGGACGACCCGAAAAUGGAUUCCAUUGAGUCGGCCAAAGAGAUAUUCGAGAACAUCGAACAGAUGGAACGGAAUAUGCGACAGCUGUACGCCGAGGCGCAGUUGGACAGCUGGAACGACGAGACGGAAAGGGCCGAAGAAGCCGCCCGGAAUUUGUAUCCGCUGGACAAACCUCUUACGUCAUCGGUGGGUGACUUGCCGCAGCGGCACGUGUACCCGUACACUUCGCCCUCACUCCGGUCAUUGCCAACGAUUCCUCAAUGUGACGAGCCCGGCGGAGGAAACGGUGAAUUCCGAUCGUCGUCGUUGUUUAUGAACACGGCCGUGAUGCCACAACCAAUCGCUUACUGUCUGAACGACCAGUACCUGCCCGAGUCACCACCCCGUAGCCCGCCACCGCCGGCACCAGAGGAUCCCGUGUUUCCCAGGACGAUGUCGCUGAGCCUCCGCCAGUUUCACCACGACCCAGCCAAACAACUUCAUAUCGGUUCUUCACUCCAUCAGUUUCACGGUUCGUCCAAGGAUCUGCAAGAUGCGACCACCGUGCACAUGCAGCAUCAGCAUCAUUAUCACACUUCCUGUAGUCCCAAAGAUUUGGAUGCGAUGCACAUGCAGCAACAACACCGACCCGGUUGUGGAAGCAGUAGCAGCAGCACAAUGGUCGCCGCGACCAACAAAUCCGAUUCCAGUCUGUCCUCGAUGAACGGCGGCUUGUUGUCCAACAACUACGAAAAGUCGCCGUGUUCACCGGGAAAACGGGUUUACGAUCAGUCGUAUCAGAUUUCGAUGACCAGCGGCUCGUCCGGGAUGACGGUGGUGACAUGCGUGACCACCGCGUUUGACACGUCGUCCGAUUAUCCAUAUUAUGAUAGGUCGUCGAGUAGCAGCGUCUAUUCGAUGGCGGGUCAGGGGUACAACAGCAACCAUAAUAAGUACCAGGCGACCAACGCGCAACCACAACAAUCGUCCAUCAUUUCCAACGUGCCGGACCUGUUGGACGUUAUGUCGUACAAAGAGUAUAAACAACAACAGCAGCAGCAGCAGCAGCAGCAGCAGCAGCAGCAAUCCCCCGCGGUAGACAGACCGUAUCCCGGUAUAACGGACUCGUUGAGUUAUUACCCGAACACCGCCGCGGCGGUGGUCAAUGACGCAUCGUCGUACUACGAUAGAAGCGACGACGAUCGGCCUACCAGUACCAGUAAUCAACCGAGCAGUGGCCCACGAUACAGGUACGUGACGACGCCCAACUAUCAAAUCCGUUGCGAAGACAACAGCGGGAACGCGGCGAUCAGACGCGAUGAAAAGACUUCGAAAAAAACCAAACGCAAUAUCAUCAAGUCGGCAAUGAGCUCCGUCAGUAGUUCGAUGAGCAGUUGGUUUCCGGACGUACACUUGCCGCAAAGGCACCGGUCACACUCAUUACCGGGUGGUCUGGAAAGAGAACCUGAUGCAGUUUCGGUGCAGAGCGAAACCGCGACGAUAACGAAACCCCGGGCUUUGAGUGGGCAAAGGCCCGGUGGCAGUCGCAAGAAAAAAAAGUCUAUCGUAUCCACCGUAUCGGGGCUGUUGCACAAGACGGCUAGACCAAAUCGAUUUCAGAGUUCCUAUUCGAUAUCGGACCCGGAAUUUGCUGAAAACGAAUGGUCAUCUCGGGUAAACGUUACCGGAGACAGUAGGGCGGCAGAAGCGCCCGCGGAACCGUGUCCUCCGCAGCCGCCAUCUUCGGAUUCGGCCAACACUGCCGACAGAUACUACCAACAAGACGAACAACCACGGGAACGGGUCGACGAAAUUCAGUUACCGGCCGAAAUGUUCAACGGACCCACCAAAGAAUUUGCCGUGUCUCGAAAACUGAGCAAGUACAGAGAACACUGUAAGCGUUCGAACGGAGGGUCAGCGGAAAGCGAACAAUCGUCAACUGCCGCCUCAAUGAUUGAAACACGCGGUAACAAGUCGCUACAAGAAGAAAAACUGCAGCAACCUGUAAUCAGAUCGAAUAACGAAGAGUCCACGUCCGUAACACAACCGACUGUGACGAAUAACAUACAAAGGAAUUUCAAAAUGUCGUCGAGACAAGCGAGUUUAGAAGUGCCGUGGGUGGGAAAAGGUGGCUCGGCCGAUACCGAGGAUGACAGCAGAAGUAAUCACUCGUGGAGGAGUACUUCAAGGAUAUCAUCGAGGAGGCAGAGCACUGAAGAGAGCAUCGACAGCGACGAUGAGUGGUAUUGUUACGAACUGAAACAGCUAGAAGAACUCGAGAAAAAGACCCAUUUCGAACGAGUGUUCGGUCCUACAGUUUUACCGACGCCACCCACAGCCCGAAACGAAUCGUCCGUGCUCGGGUCCAAAGCCGACUUCAAAGAAAAAAUGUCCAAGGCCAUUGAAGACAUAAGAAGGCAAUCGGUAGACGAAUCGUAUAACGAAGAUGCCUUCGAACCGGAGCAGUCGUUGGACACGGUUAUCGAAGAAGAACUUCCACAAGAAGUAGACGACGACGAUGAAGAUGACGGGCAAAUAAGGUUCAAGAAAAUGAAAGUGCCGGAAACUCCCGGACUAAAAAAGGACGCUCCAGGCGAAGGUGUCUUGCUGGACAUGGAUUCACCGAGACCGGAAACGGGGAACGAACACAAUCGGGUGACAGUAAUCGAAGAUGACGAGAGUCCCGGUACGCCGUCACUACCCCGAUUCAAAUUCGAUAAAAACGAUUUGGUGGAAAGCAGCGGUAGUAGCAAAUGGAAAAUCGUGAAAGCCCUUAAGGAGAAAAAACCCGAAGAGAUAAACCAGGACAUAGGACCACCUCCGACGCCGAUUAUCGAGGUAAAUAAUUAUACUACGAUGAUGAUAUUAAUAAUAUAAUAGCUGGUCCAAAACGAAGUAAAAAUAAUCAGUUUGCCCGCCCCUCGAUAUCAUCAUCGGUAUUAUAUAGUAUUGUCUGUUCGCGAUACUAUGUACAUUAUAAUAAUAAUAAUAAUAAUAAUAAUAAUAAUAACAAAUAAUGUUGUUUGAGCACUGCUGCCACAUUGAAACAUACUACGAGUAUGUAUGUUGUUAGGGUCCUUAAGUUGCAUGAAACUUAUAUUUUUAAUACAUUAUUUGAUUAAAAAAUAAAUCAAAAAAAAAAAAAUCCGUGUAAUUUAUUUUUUAAUUCAAAACUUCAGCAAUGACUACGGCAGAUAUCUUAAGGUACCGAGCGGUAAAUGUUCGUAGCGUAAAUGAAAUCGUUUUAACAACAAAUCGAAAGCUUUUACAAUGAACAAUAAAAUUAACGAGUAGAUCAAUAUGUUUUAACUGUCGACACAGCGAUGCCGUUUGUUUGUUACGGCCGGUUCGAAUAAAGAAUAUAAUUUUUUAAAUCGUAUCCAUGCACCUAUUUACAUUAUUAUAAGUCGAUAUGUUGGUCUAUUGUUGAUAUAUGUAUACAUUGGUAUAUUAUGGUUUUGUAAUGCGAACCUCUAACCGAUAUUAUUUUAGAAACGAAAAUCUAUUUUUCGACGUCCCGUUGAAAUAUUACAGACUUGAAAAUUUCAAGCGAAAUAAUAUUUCAUACCCGUAACGCCCGCGCAUUAAACCCGCGAGCAUUACGAUAAUAUUUAUGUAGUUGGUCGGACAAAUAUUGUAUUAUACAAUAAUGUACUGCGCGAAUACGUUGGAAAUAUUAUUAUUAUUAUUUGUGCCGUACGCGUGUAAUACAAUAUUGUUUACAUUGAACUAUUAUUGGAUUUUCGACUUAUCGGACGACCGCGUGAUAAAAUAACACAAUAUUCCGUACGGAUAUCGUUCGGAAUUAUUAUAUUAAUUGAGUAUAUACGUAUAUUAUAUUAUUAUAUUAUAAUACAUACGUCCCCUCUUCUGCUCCCACACAUCAUUCCCUGAAACAAUUAACUUAAAAUCGAUAAACCAAAAUAAAAUCGUGUAUUUUUUUUCCGCUCAUUCGCUUGUGCACGAAACCGACCGAAUAAUAAUAAUAAAAAACACAAACAACAUCAACGAGCCCCGUUUCAAAACGAACAUUUAUUAUAUAAUAAUACUGUAAUAUUGGGGAAAGCGAAAAAAAAAUACAAUAAAAAUCGCGUUUUGUUAUUAUUUUUCGAUUUUGGUCGGUUUUCGGUGUAUUAUUCAUUAAUAUUAUAUGGACACGGUAACAAUAAUUACUAAUAUCGUCAAAUUAUCACUAUCGUUUUUAUCAACUCGGGCCGAUACCUAAUAUAUUACGCUAUUUGAGACAUAACUGCAGUUAACGAGAUAACGAGCCAGUGAUAAAAAAUCUAUUUCGUUUAAAUUGAAUCGUCAAAUUUGAACUAAAUAUUAACGCUCCCAGCACAAAUACUUCAAACUUUUAUAUUAUUCUGAAAUCUGAAUCGUAAAUUUUUGGAACAUAAAACUGGAAACAAAUACAUUGUAAUGAUAUAAUAAACAAUUGUAGACUUUUCUUUUUUUUUUAUCAAUACGUAGGUUGAUUUACAACUCCAAUUCCGAUCGAUUGCUCGCCUUUUUAAAAUCUAGUUCUGACGCUUUCUGAAUCUUUCGAUUUGCCCUCCAUAAAAGUUCCGAAAACGUCUUGCAGUUUUCUUCCUUUCUAUCAUACUUACUUAAUUAUAUUAUCCAGCUCUACGGGGUAUCACAAGGCAUGUCAAACCCUUCUCUGAUCAAAUCACAUCCAUUAAUAUGCUUUUUUCUUUUACUGUUUUAAGUUACUUCUUCAUUUAACUUUCCCUAUAUCCAACUUAUCCAUUCUCUUCAACUUCAACACCACAUCUCAAAGGCUAUUUGGUUUUUCUUUUCAGUAUAAUUUAUCGCCCGUGUUUCACAUUCAUAUGUUGCAACACUCGAGUAUAGUUAUAUGUAGUAAUCACUACAUAUGUUUUAAUGAGUGUCUUCUUAAUACUGAUACGUAUCUUUUUUAAAAUGAACUGUUUCUGUUUUAACAAAAACUAUUUCUUCUAAUGCUAAACAUUGUUUUAUUUUUUCCAUAAUAAUUUAUUAACCUAACCUAAAUUUACCAUUCCAUCUACUUGAUCUAUUUGAUGUACUAGAUGUUUACAUUAUCUAUUUAUUAUUAUUUAAACGUAUCAACUACCGACACAGACAUUUUAAAAGUAAUUGAAGAGAUUAAUUUAGUUUGGAUUGUUCGAAAAACCAGUGUGUUAAGUUAGUUAAGCCUCAACGUUUAUUCAGCUACGACAAAGAAAUCUCCACACGGCACGUUGUAAGCGUCUGCACAUUUUUAUUCGUUUCAGAAUCAAUAACCCAGAGAGUGAAAUUGUCCCUUAUUACCUUCUUUCCCAAGUUGUUUUUAGAAAUAGCGAUUAGAGCAAAAUGUCGAGUACGAAAAUUGUUUGCAGACAGAAAAAAAGGUUUGAAAAAAAAAACGCACAUCAUUAUUAUAGUAAACGUUUCGCCUAGAAUUAAAAAAAAAAAAAACCUGUUUUAAUAUUCGAAACGUUUUUCGCAAUUAAUUUUAACACUGCCGACGUCGACGAUUUCUAAAAAGACGCGAUGUCAAAAUAUUUCCGCGGUAUAAACCGUGUACGGAAGCGUUAUGCGUAAUAGAUACAAUCAAUAAUUCGCGUUGGGUGUACGGAAGAUUUUUGAAUUCGAGAAUAUAAGCGUAACAAGUACCGGAAAUAUAUUUUCUCCUUCGAACGGAGAAAAGAGGAUGAAGGAGGAGAGGGAAAUAAAAAAAAUAUUUCUGCAUUUUUAUCAACGCCGCUACAAGCGUAGGUACUCCGAGAACCUUUCGCGAUCCGUUUGCGCCCAGUGAUUCGGCGGCGGCGCAGCGCCUCUGCCGGUACUGGUGUUACGGCAAUAAAUAGUUUUAUGGAAACCCGUCGAUCCGGCGCGAGCUGUUUGCGCAUUUCGUCGUCCGCGGGGCCCGUUUCGAACGCCUACGGGAAAACAAACGAAUCGAUCGUGUAUGGGUAGGUAAGGUACACGGAAAAAGAAACGACCGGGUUUUUCGUUUUGCAACGUUCCCGUACAAAUACGAGGUUAUACAGGGUGGUCGGUUUGUCACGGGUACCUAACGUAACCGGGCCCCGUUUCAGCGCGAUUCGUUUAAAACGAACGGGGAGCCGGAUACGCGCGUUCGCAUCAUCAACAAUAUUGUACGGAUUUACAAACGUACAAUUCAGAAAGAAAAACGACCGAAACGCGUCAUCGCAAACAAAAUACUUCAUCAUUUCGUGUGUUUUCCACGAUAUUAGAUUGUGAUCGAGGUGAAAAUAAUAAUAUUACGAUGGUCGAACGCAGUUUUCAUUAGAAAAUAUAUUAUGCAAACGAUUCCAGCGAAUUCGACUUCGCGGUUGUUUUUCUUCUCUCGCGGCCGAUUUUUGUUAACUCAAUCUUAUCUAGAUCGAGUAUCUGAAAAUCGCAGGGAAAAAACGUAAAUCUACACGGCCAUUGUACAGUGUAUAAUAUACGGUUUUUCGUUUGUUGUAAUUCGAACAAUCGUAGAGACUCGAAACUUUCAAAACAUUCUGGCCGGUUUUUUUUUUAGUUAUUUAUAGGUAUUUGACAUUUUCGAGUGUUUUUAUUUGGUAUUAUGCGGGUAAAAUCAUUUUGGCCUAGCCUGAACAUUUUAUUCGGGGUUCGUCAUAGGUCGUACUUAAUGGUCGAAGAAAAAAACGAUUUGAGCGCAAUGUAAUAUAUACAGGUUUUCUCUUUUUAUUCUCGUAUAAAUUUCACAUAUCACGGCAUUUGAAAACACGUUUACUCAGAAUCGGAUUUUAUUAUCUGAUAUCGGUGUUUUGCCACGCACAGACAUGAAACAAUAGAUAACAUACAACUUGAUGUAUCCUAUACGAUUGUUUUUUUUUUUUUUUUUUUAACUCUUAAAAAACGUUUACUCAUCGGCAGCGCGCGGAUUUCUAUAGAGAAGGUUGUUCGCGGAUUUUCCGGCAGGCGGCGGCGGCGGUAGUACGUAUUCUACAAUAGAAGGAUCGAAAUUCCCAAUAGUUUUCCCGAAAAUGUAUUACCGUUUUCGAAAACACUCUUUUGCGCGGUUAGUAGAACCGCUUAGAUUUCUCAUAGACGCGUGAAAUUUCCACCGGGUAUACGGUGGGUAAGUAGUUUACUCGAAACGACGUUUUUGUUUUCCCAACAGAAUUCCUCGUCCCCUACACUAGAUCCUUGCCGACCGCGUACCUAUAUCUAUUCUGUUUGAUAAUAACCGACGUCGACGGGCGAAAUGGAAACGGGCGGACGCAGCGCGGGUCGUCAUUCCUCGUCGGUGGCGAUAAAUAAUGUUUCGUAUACGCUUUUAUUAUAAUUAUUAUCAUUUAAACAACGGGCGGGCGCGCGCGCGUGGAUAAAUAUUUUUCGGAUACCGUGAACCGGGUCACGGCGGGUAAUGUGCGCGCGUCGUCGGUGUCGCGACGAGGUCCCGCGGCCGACGGACAGGUGGGCGUAUUAUUAUUAUUAUUAUCAUUAUUAUCAUUAUCAUUAUUACCGUUAAAUUAUUAUUGUUAUAGCGGCGCGUCGCUUUCUCUCACUCUAUCGCUCUAUCGCUCUAUCGCUAUCUCACUCGUUCUCUCUCACUCACUCACUCACUCACUCACUCGCUCACUCACUCUCUCUCGCCGACGGGUCACGGGAAAAACCAUUAAUAUUAAUCGAUUUCGGCACGCGUACGAGCCACGACAAAUACUACUGCACAACGUGCAUAUACGCGCCGCCGCCGCGAUACCCCGGUAUUAUAAUAUUAUUAUUACAAUCGUAAUAAUAUAAAUAUUCGCGAGACCGAAUUCGCGGGGAAUUCCGGGAGUUUUGUUUUUGUAAAUAAUAAUUCGUUUAUGGCCGCCGCGUAUUAUCACGCAGAGCGCACCCGUGCCCGUCUACCACCGCAUCACCGACCGGAGUAUCCGCCGCGCGUCUGCCGACGCACCUAUAAUAAUAUAAUAUUUUUGCGAUAUCGCGUCGUCGUCGUCGAUGAAUAUUCACGAGGCAAUUUAAUUUUCGGUCGUCCGCCGGUCGCAUAAUAUUAUUUAACGCCGACGCCGCCGCGUAUUGUCGUAUUUCGGGAUUAUAGUCGACGGCCGGCCGGCCGGCCGACCGACCGACCGCUUUUUAACGAACCGCGACGAAAACCGCUACGCGCGUACGACUAUUAUAAUGUUGUGCGGCGGCGACGACCGCGCGGGCCCGGAAUUAAACGUAUCGGAUUAACAACGAUAAUAUUGUAUUAUACUGACGUGUACGUAUACGUAUACACGCGCGUAUAGAUUAGGUUUCGGAGGGGACGGUGAAAAGAAUCCGGCUCGGCGACGUCGCGGUGUGGUGCCCGUCGAACCCCGGUUCGGCCCCGCUGACACGGCGCCGCGUAUACGCAAAAAUAAUGUCUCGGCGCGAGCGGUUUUUUACGCGUUGCCUAUGCGGCGGCGGUCGUCGUCGUCGUAAUUUUAUGAAAGCGGUAGAAAGUAAAUCGUUUUUUUUUUUUUUUUCCUCCCCGCCCGCCACACACAUUUCUACCGAUAAACCGUAGCGUAAAUAAUACGCAUAAUAUAUACUUCCGAUAGUCUUGUUUUGACAUAUUAUUAUUCGGCAUUGUACGCGUUCUUUUUCUACGUUUUUCGAAGGAAAUAUUUUCAUGUUUUUUUUUUUUUUUUUUUUUUUUUUCCAUAAUUGAAAAAACACUUACGAACAAAUGUUUCCUACGAAAACAUAGCCAAGAAUAAUCAACGGAUAUUCAAUAAUUAUUAAUAAUAAGUGGAUGAAUUUUACUAUAGCGCAUUGGACUAAACCGCCAUGUUCGCCCGUAAAAACGGCAGCCGUAACACCCUUUAAUGGAUUUCCGGCAGUAGAUUAGUGGAAAAGUAAACAAUAAUUUUGGAUCUUUUACAAAAAAAAAAAAAAAAUUUUGAAAACCAAUUCCAACCGACUCCUCAAUAAUAUUAUUUGCUAUAGACUACCCAGAUUUAGAUUAUCAACGAAUCGAGGAGUGAAUUGGUUUUACUAUUAUGUUUGUUCUGUAAAUUUCUUUUGUCCGUAAACAACUUUUUAUUGGAAAUCCUGCCCCGAUGCCCCAAUUGUUCGGUGCUGGGUUUCUGGAAAUGAAUUGUUCAAUGGUUGGUUCGUUGAAAAGGUAAUAUUUUUUUUUUUUUUUUUUAUUUUCCUUUUCUUAAUAAGUACGCAUUAUAAUUGGAAUAUCGUAGAAGAAACUUUUUUUUUAUUUUUAAGAUUUACAGUAUGAUGAUGAAGUAAAAGUGUGUGGGAAGUAAAAUCAAAAACCGUAUAAAUAGAAAAAUAAUACACAUUUUUGUAGUGCUUUAAUUUGAAUUUCAGUAGAAUAUUAUAAAAGCCUCUAUGUUUAUAAAUAUUAUGUUGAGAAAACGAAGUUAUUUAAUAAAAACUGUGUAGUCGUAGCGACCUACAAACUUUUAAUGAUUUAAAUUAUAUUAAAAACGGGUUAAAGGUUACAGUUAUUAUUUAAGUAUAACCAAUUCAACGUUUUAUCUAUAAUAUCUAUAAUAAUAUAAUAUACUCAAUUACUCAAAAACUAAUGAAUAAUUUGAAAAUAUUUAUUUAUUAAUUUGGUUGAAUUUUAAAAAUCGAAACAACAACCUGUUAGUUUUUUUUCUUUGAGAAAAUAAUAUUUAUUUAUUAAUUUAUUAAGUAAAAUUUACUUUUGUACUUAUUAUAUUCAGUAACUAUUGAAUACAUUAAAUGAUUGUAGAAAAUUUAAAACGUAAACGACUUAUAAUUAAAAAAAAAAAAACAUAUCAUUACAUGGGUGCCAUUGGUGUAGGAUAAGCUGUAAGAUAUUUACUGUACGAUAUAAAAGGUAGUAUAAUGUAUACAGGUGCGCAACAAUUAUUGAUUAUUGCUAAACAAAAACGAUUCUAAGCGAAGUUGGUUUAAACACAUUUUGUUAAAUAUUAAAUUAUAACUAUAAAACAAAUUACAGUUCUUCAUGGUUAUUUUUUUUUUUUUUUGUAAUUCGGCAGGAAAAAAUUAUAAGACAUGAAACGUUCACUUAACAUGAUAACACUGUCUAAGAGUUAAUAUAAUCUUUAAAAUAUUCUUGCGUUCUUUGAGUUAUUAAUAUUUAUUUUAAAUUGUAUGCCCGGUCAUUCACGGUAGAAAAACUUGUCGCUUACGAAUUCGUAAACCACUAUUGUACAAUACGAGGUCUACUAUCACUAAUAAUAUUUUGUAUCGCGCACAUAGCCGUACGAUAACAAACGACCGCAACAAUAUUAUGUCUGAUAUACAACUCGUCUGAUCCGCGUCGAAUAAAUAAAUUGCGAUAUUAUAACGAUAUUUCGAAACACUCAUAAAUAUAUUUAUAUUUAUAUAUGUAUUUAGGUAUCUAUAAUUCGCGGCACUCGAAACUUUCAUAAUUAAAUUUGACAAACUUUUGUUCGAGAAACGAGGCUCGACGGCAGCGUUGGCGGCGGCGGUCUAUCGCGAUCGAUAAAUCUUUAAUUAAUACGUACAUAUAAAUAUAUACACAUGUAUAAAGUGUAUAACGGCGUAACUUUUUCAUAUAAUUUACAGCUUUUCGCGCCACGAGACUUUUUGUUUUGCGCACGUUCGAUAUAUUUACGACAGCGUUUAAAUAUUUGUAUUAUUAUAUACGCGGGCGUACGCUCAUUUUAACCGCGGAAAACUUACUACAGUUAGCGUUGCCAAAAUAACGUAACGAUGUUAUGUUUACAUAAUAAUAUAUCUAAAUUUAUUUGAGAUUAGUCGGACGAACACCGCGGUGGUGACUGUGGGUGUCGGAAAGAAUAUCACGGAUAAAUAACUCUACGGAAAAGUAUCGAGAAAUUAAUGAAUCGGACGCGCAUGUACUGAAACACGACAGUGAAUCGCUGGGAUUGAUUUCAAAAGAGUGUAUGCAAGGUAAAAAUUACUGAGUAAAGGAAAACAGUAGUUUGAAUAUCAUUUAGGCUUAAUUUUAAAGCCAUUCUUAAUUUGUUUACCCUAACUCCAUGCACCUUAAAAAAGUAGAUACUUUUGGUUUUUAACUAUGAACCCCCAUUUUUAAAAAAAGAUUCAAUAGGAAAUAUUUUGUUAGUCAUGUUGGUAUUCCUAACACUCAUAACACAUUUACCGUUUAUGAGUUAUAACCGUUAAAAGUUUAGACUAUCAGAGUAAGGAGAGUUAUAAAUGUAUCAUUUAAAAAUAGAUACGUAAUUUAUUACGCUUUCCUACUUUUCCGGUCUAAACUUUAAACUUUUAUAGCUCAUAAACUGAAAAUAGUUCUAUAUAUAUAUCAAAAUGUAUAAACAAAUAUUUUCUAUUCGAAUCAGUGUAAAAAUGAUCUUAAAAUAAAUCCUAACUGAUUCCACAAUGAUUUAAAAAAAAAAAUAAUAAAUAUCAAAUUUACUUAAAAUCCUCCCGAGAAAAUUGUUGGUUCGUGAAAAAAAAAAAAAAACCUUCCUGUGUAUGCAAAAAAUAAUGGUGGAAUAACGAUGUAAUUCGAACGAAGAAAUUAAGAAGGAAACAUGCUACAGGGAAAAGCGGAGUAGAUUGCUGCGAUCCAUAGAAUUGAUUAUCAAAGAAAGAAAAAUGACUUCUAUAAUAUGUUUUUUUAUUUUUAAUAAUAUAGUUCUCGGAAGAAAACCAAUUAGUUUCAUUAUAGUUGAAUCAUUUUUUAGCCAGAAUAAAUAAAAUAAAAUAAAAACUAUAUCAGUAAACAAGCUAUUAUAUUUAUUAUGUUCCAAGGUACCUUAAUGAUAUUCGGUAUUAUUUUUAUCAUUCACUCAACAUUUUUAAUAACGCUUUUUUUUUGUCUUUUGAACAUUUUUCAAAAAUUAAGCGCAUCACGUUUUGUCAGUUACUAUGAUAAUCGCGACAUUAUCAAGUUUUUAAUAAGCUACUCAUACUUGAUAGUUUAAACAUAAUAAAAUAAUUUUAAAGAAAUCGUAUUUAUCUAUUUAUAAGAUAAUAAGCCACUUUGUCUCAAUUGACUGAUAGAGAAUCAAGGCACAGCCUAAACCGCUGAGGUUUGAAAAUUGAAAUUUUCAUAGUAAGUGUCUUUAUACCAUAGAUAUCCACUAAGGAAGGGUUUUUGAAAAUUCCACAGACAGCGGAUUUGUUCGGACAGAGUCCACAGAUAGCGAAUUAGUCACCUAAAAUAAUAAUGACUACGCGUUCUAUUUUUUUUUCUCUAUAAAUCCGUGAGUUUGAUUAUCAGUAACAGCGGUGUGGCGGCAGAGAUGAUCGCAACAACAACCCGGAAUUGUAUACCCCCUCAACCGGGCCCCUCAUUAAACCCUCGAUUUGAUAACUGUUAUCAAAUUAACAAUGUACUAAGAUAAUACGAUAAUAAUAUGUUUUGCUUUAUAUUAUAACACCCUUAAGUACCUACACUUGUAAAUUAUAUCAUCACACUGACCGCAUCACACUUCCCGAAUGUUGUCUAAUAGAAAACGCUGUUUACGUUAUUUCUUUUGUUUUUUGUUUUUUAUUAUUAUUCUGUCUCUCGAAAACAUUAUAUGCAUAAACCGUUACGGCAUUUGGCGUUUUCGAAUAUUUGAUACGUUGAUAAUAUUUCGUACUAUUAUCAUUAUUAUUAUUAUCGUAAUAUUAUAUAGGUACCACCUACUUGUAAUAGUGUUUAUAGAAAGUUACGCGAUAUACCACGCAGCGACAAACACUUCUCGAGUACGGAAACAGAAAAUGAUUGAUGCGCGAUUAUGCCGAUAUAAUAAUACGAUUAUGACGACGACCAUGGUAUUAUACUGACGUAUUAAACGCGAUUGUAAUAUUGCGAUAGUGAAACUCGGCUCGCUAUACACGAUAACGCGAGUGACGCGAAUAAACCGCGGAAAGUGUGUUUUUAUACGUAUAUCAUACGAAACCGGCGAAUAUUUUAUUGUCAACAAGUGAUCUAUCCGUCUGGUAUCCGUGGUGGUUUCGCUAAUCGCUCAGUUGUGUUAAUCGCGUGUUUCCACUACACGGAAUUAAACCGAACCAUGACUCUCGAGCUACGCGGCCGCCGAUUUUCACGACUCCGUUUCACGCGAUCGCGACACAAAUUAUCGGGCCUUUCUCAAAAAUACAACCGAAAAAUAACCCCACCCCACGGAGUGUAUCUGUUUAAUCAGUGAAAUGUUUAUUAAUUUGCUCUCAUAACUUAGUGAUAAUAGUAGAAAUGAAGUCUGUCCAUGCGACGAUAGUUAUUACUACCAUCGUAGUUGCUGCUGCGACAGUCAAUUACAAUCCCAUAAAGUAAAUAAUAGUAUAAUUUAUGGAUUUAGAUUGAAACGCAUGUGGAAGUGCCGUCACGAUAGUAAAACAGCAAGUAUGUGUGAUCCACACUGUGAUAUUUACUAUCACUUCCUCUUCUCCUUCGCCUUCAUACUGACUUUUUGGCUCCCCUCGUUUUAAACUUUUGCUUGGCCCAAUCUAUUACCUCGUAUACACCAACUGUACUCAUAUCAUUCUCAAUCGCAUCCAAUCACCUCUUUUUCAGUUUUCUUCUCCACCUCUUUCCUCUUACGUCUAUUUUAAUUACCUAUAAUUCUUACUGCUUCAGAUUCCUUCCUCCCUAUGGCAUGAAUCUCCAAAUCAUCUCAAUCUAAAUUCCAAACUACCUUUUAUGUACUUAUUCCUUAUUCUAUCUUUCCUCGUUACUCCAUCCACAUAAGCAUUCUCAUCUCUGCUACAGUCAUUCUCUCUCUCUAUUCUAUUGUUCUGUCUACCACUUACGCUCUGAACUAUUCAAUAUAGUCUUAAUACAUUUGUAGAACUUAAUUAAAGUUUCGAUGGAAUUCUCUUGUCACAUAAUACACCGACGUUUUUCUCCAUCUUAUCCAAACAUACGUAAUCCUAUGUUUAAUAUUCUCACCAAAACCACCAUUUUUAUGUACAAAAGAUUCUAGUUACUUACUUUAACCUAUCAACUUCGCCUAUUACGUCACCGCUUAUUUUCAUAAGCUUUCUUAGCUUGUCUUAGCCCUCCAAACUCAUACUUUAUUUUACUCCUACUUAUCCUUAGUCCCUUCCAUUCAAGUGCUACUCUCCAUUCCUCAAAUCUAUUGUUAACGUCUCACAGAUUUUGUCCUAUCAAAGAUAUAUCAUCUGCGAACAUCGUGUCCAUCAUGAUAUCUUCUCAUGCCUAAUAUUUACUAUCACUUUCAAUAAAAUAGUAAUAUCCACGAUAGUUCGAUCAAAGCUGAGCAUUCAAGAGUUAAUAAAUUAAAAGUUAAGUUAAACGUUAAGUUAAUUUCAACAUAUUAAUUUAUUAUCAACUUAUUGACUUAUUAACCAAAGUUUUAAAUACAUACGUUGACCAUAUUUUCUUUUUUAAUCAGUUUCAUAAGGUAUUUUAAUUUUAAAUACCUAAUCAAUGUUUUUUUUUUUUUUUUUAACUAACUUAUCUUAUUAAUUAAAGUUAAGUGGAAUAAAUGGUUUAUUUUAACUUAAAUUUUUAUUUGAUUGACAAAAAAAAUAUUUAACUUAACUGAUACUCAGUAAUUGCCCGGCUUUGAGUUCAAUAUAUUUACUACCACCCUGUUCGUACGACGACGAUAAUUCCUGACUGUUAUAAUAUACUAGUAGAAUUUCUAAUUUCCAUUUUUAUUAAUUUUCACUGCAGUUUUAGUAUGAAAUUAAGUAAAUUAAAAUCAUAUGAUUUCGAAAAAUUGUGUUUUUGUAUACGAUUAAUUGCUCUAUGUUAAGAUAUAAAUACUUUAAAAAUGAAAAUUUCAUUUUACGUUAAGUUUUUUGCUCAUUUGCCAGGAUAUUUAUUGCGGUUAAAAGGCUGCGAUUUGUAUCGAUAAAACUAUAUCGUUUUUAUGUCAUUUUUCAUAACUAUUUUUUUUUUUCUAUGUUCUCAUUUUUCGAACAUUUUUUACAGUUCAUCGAGUUCUAGCACCUUACAUAAUAUAUUGUAUAUUCAUCGUACUUUUAUCGAUUCGAAUCGUGACUGAUGACAACAUUCUUUUCCACGUGGUAGCGGCAGCUUAUUAUUUGACGCUUUUAUAGUUUCGACGGUUUAAAAACGGACUUGUAUGUAACACAAGACUGUAGGUAAAACAACGGGUGUUUUCUAAAUACACCGUUUUGUCGCGGAUCGAGCCGUUUUACUGGCGGCGCUCAAGUGUAAACGAAUAACGGUGACACGUAUAUACGUGCGUGUGUGUGUGUGUGUGUGUGUGUGUGUGUUUUGGUAUGUAUAUGUGUGUGUGACAGAUGAUUCACGGAGACACGAAUUAAAAACAUUAAAACUCGAAAGGUCCAUUAUUCUCGUUCCCACGCGUGUUAUAUUCACGGCGGUGUGACAGUUGUUGUUGUUUGCGUAUAUAGAAAUAAUAAUAAUAAUAAUAUAAUAUAUAAUAAUGUGUAUUAGUAUAGUCAUAUACCAUAACAAAAAGAGAACCAACACCUUUUCGGGAAAGAGAAAGAGCGAGAGAAUGGGUAUAAAGCUGAAACUUUCCCCUGCGGCGUGACCCCCUCGUUUUGUCCCGUCCCAAAAGUCUCCUAAACACUGCGACGGCGGGCUGCUUUAUUAAAGUUUUUGGUCGUUUUCUGUCGUUUCGUACGUUUGCGUUUCGCGCGGGGGACAAUGUGCGAAUAAUAAUAAUAAUAAUACCGCUGCGAAUACAAUGGCAACGAAAACGAUAUCCAAUUCUGCAGCCUGCACCGACGACCACGCUUAUAAUAAGUAUAGUUUAUAAUAAUGCGAUAUUACUAUAUGGUCCACGAAAUUAUUGUUCGCCCGCAAUUUUCUAUAAAAACCGAAACUACAAUACGCGUACUUAUAUAGUUUGCCGCAUGUCGAUUGAGAGUAGUUAUAUAACUAAUUGAAAACGCCGCCGGUGGCAGUUUUCAAUAAUAUUUACACGCGGGACCAUAGACAAUAAAGAAGUGGUUGGGCCAUUGUAAUAGUAUGUCGCACGGUCAGUUUCACGGAUUGUAUUCCAGACUGCGUCCCUGGCUAUUAGAGAGGGAAAGAGAGAGAGAGAGAGAAAGAGAAAUAGCACGGUCUGUUAGAUUACCACAGAACAUUAGUAAAAGAAAGCACGAAAAAACCGCGUACCCCAUAAAUACUGAUAUAGACGUGUCCCGCCCAUUUCUUUAUUAUCUACGGAGGUACUCGAACGCUUUACCCACGAAAAGAUAAUACAAAUCCUAAGAUAACGAAUACCUUGUCGGUUACGCCUAUUUAGAAUCCUACUACAGGUAAAGUCGAUUUGCACAUAUUUUAGACAAAUUACUUUUGGUUUAUGAAAAAAAAACAAAAAGAGUAAUUAGACCAUUAGGUCGAACGACAUUUAGGUCAAGAAGGUGUCUCAACAAAAAUGUUCGAAAAAAUUAAUUUUUAUUAAUAUUAAUUAAUAAAAACUUCUAUUAGUUUGUCAAAAAUAUCAUAAAAAAUAAUUUCCUUUUACUCAAGUGCGGUUCAAUCAUUACCUUUUAUUAUCCCAAAUGAAAUUCGACCAUUUUAAUUUAGGUAAAAUUUAAGUAAUAAUUUGACUAUUCCCGAUUUAGAAUUUUCUGACUUACACCCGACAUUGCAUAGGUCACUUUGUAGGUUCCAUAAGUCGCAUAAUGUUAACCAUGGAACAUUUUUCCUGUGGUGACUGUUCAUUCGUAUGCCAAAGGAUUCUAAUAUUUAAUCAACGAAAUUAUGAGAUAUUAUCGACUUAACUAAUUCAUGUACCCACAUAUAAUAUUACCCAUAUCAGCAUGUAAAUUAAAUAACAAAUCCUUAAAAUCAGGGCCGGACGACCAAGGCGACCAGAGACAGGUAAAGUUCUUGUUAUAGGUUUGUAUAAUCUCAUUGGUUCUAAUCACAUGGUAAUCACUGAUUUCCAAGUGUACAAUCUUUUCUAAAAUCAAAAUUUAUUUAGUUGUUUCCAAUCCACCAGCUACAUGAAGAUCGUUUUAUUUGUAUUCUUAUUGUAGUUAACACAGAACAUUAUAGUGCUACAAAUAUUUCUGAUCUAUCGUUCCGUAUUUGAUUUCCGAUCUAUCUAACUAUCGUAUCAUUUUUUGUUUUUUUGUUUUUUUUUGAUUAUCCAAACAAAAAAAAAAAAACAAAAAAAUGAUCUUCAUAACGGGCGUACGAACAAUUCUAUGUCUCGUUUAUCGUAAGUAAAUACUUAUUAGGUUUUCGAUUUUUAUUUUUUCUUUAAUCACAAAUGAUGGAUGCACGAGUGUCUGAAACGUUUAAAAAAAACCCUGAAAAAGCUCGAGCGAUAUAAUAAAUUUCAAUUGUUUUCGCAGUCGAUCAUUUAUAAUCGCACGCGCGUAGUCGCCUCUGAACGAUUAAUUCUCUCACGUUGGUGGGCGAGGAAAACGCGUGGCAGCGGUGGAGUUUAUAUACGAUAUUGUAGUUACAUUUUGAUGCGAUAAAACAAUAAUUAAAUUACGAUAAUAACAAUUCAACACCGUCGUCAACGGAGCAUUAUAAUAUUAUAUAUUAAACGCGUAAAGUUAAUGUAAUGGAAAUGCGCGUGCGAGCCCCGAGAAAUUGUUGAAUCCGUCAUAUUAUCAUUAUACCUAUACAACACGUCGUCGUCGUUGACGCAUUAAACUAUAAUCGUAAAAUUAUCGAGACGAAUACCUACCUACCACCGGUGACCACUGCGACACUUGUGCAAAAACACGAAAAGUUACGCGGUCGUUCCGGCGGCAAUUCCGUCGGCACGUGGGCUUAACAAUUGCCAAAAAACGACUUAGCCAUCCCAAAACGAACACCAUGUCGCAUCUAACUUAUCCACGAAAUUAUUUUCUACGAAAUUUGUUCGAAAAUUCGAUAAAGAAACAGAACAAAAAAAAAAUACCCUUUAAUUACCGACAAAUCCCAGUAAAUAAUACUGCGGAGCAGUUCGGCGAAUUUCACAAAAUCUUGUCACGUAUCACCUUUUGCCCGUCACACUAUCGCCGUAAACAUUAUAUUGUAUAAGGUUCAUAUAAAAUACCUCUAUAUUUUGUCGUUCCAAAACGUUAAGUUUCUCACGACGGGUUCGUGUUUCGAAUUAAUCGAAAAAAAAAAAAAACUUCCGAAAAAAACGAAAAUCCUAAUCGAAAUUUGAAAGUUCAUGGUCCGUAGCAGAGUGCACGUGUGUAUUAUAAAAGACGUUCGUGCGAAGUGGCUAUACCAAGUUUUAAAAAAAUUGCAGACCUCUGCGUGAGUUGCUGCUCGCUCCUCGUGACAGACAGACCGCUGCGUAGGUACAUACGAGUAAUAGGCAAUUACGCAGUCUUGAGGUUCUCAAACUUUUCCUUUUUACCAUUUUUCAAAUUAUUCCCAAACGUUUUUCCGAUCAUGGCUCGCGUGUCACGCCUUUUAACGUCUGCAAUCUGGGUUUGUCUAUUCUUGCAGCCAUAUUUGGGUGAGGGGGCAAUUUUACCUUGUUGCCAUCAAGGCAAUUUGUCUAAUCCAUUAAGUGUACAAUUUAUACCGAAACCAUACGUACAAACAGAAUUAUAAAUAUAAUACAUAAUUACUAUAAUUAGUUUUUUUUUUUUUUUUUUUGAUAUAAAUGAUAAUAUCUUUUAUCAAAUUUUCUGAGUUCAAAUUAUAUUGUGUUAAAAUUCGUUGAAACAUGAGCAAUACAAUUGUAAUCUAUUUUGUAUAGAUAUAGUUAAUACAAAAAGUAAAUAGUAAACGAAUACAAAUGUCCGCAAAAUAUUAUCAUUGUCUAUAAUUUAAUAGAUUUAUAAUGCAAUAUAGCUGAGAAAUAAAAACAUUUAAUUAUAACAAUACAAUAAUCUCCCAAAAACACAUAAAAAUUGCAAAAAUGAAGUAAUAUCCUACGCAUAUCCUACAACCAAUCACCUUCACAGUAAAUUGUUCGUACCUAAUCAUUUUUGUGCACGAGCGCGUGAUGCACAAUAAUAUUUACGAUACGCGAGUUAAAAUUACUUUUUAACUGCACAGUCCGAAAAGUUCAGGAAUAUACCCGUGCAUUUUUUUCCUUUUUUUAGUAUCGGAUAGCCGUUCGACCGUGUAUCCCACUGCCGCGAGUGCUAACGAAAACUUCUCGAGGCGAUUUUACGACAUCCGAAAAGGUCUUUUUUACACGAUUAUCUGAAAUCCACUGAAUAACGUAACAACGCCAAAAUUAUAAUACAGUUUUUUGUCGAUAAAACUUCUAUUAAAAUACAAAGUAACUGGAUUUGUGUUAUUUUGUUUUACUGUUCGACUGUCACUGAAAAAAGUGUUCAUUUCGACAAACAAUUCCGUUUUAUCAAAUAAUAAUAUAAUUUCAACGGAACCGAAACUUUUAUCCGAGUUGUUAUUAUACUUUUUGACAUUUUAACAAUUUUGCAACUCGACUACGGUGUCGAUAAUUAAUUUUCCACAAAUCGUCGUAAACAAUUAAAAUUUAUCGAAGCGAAAUCAAAAUCUUGACUUAAAACUAAAAAUCAAUUCGUCUGUUCACGAUCGCGAACGAAGCAAUUAUUAAAAAAUUUUCAUAGAAAAGUGCACACUUCUAUUUAGGCAGUAGGUGUUAGAUUUACACUUCCGCACUUACUUCCUUAGAGCUAUUGUAUCAAAAUUAGACCACCAACCAUAAAGGUUUCAUUUCGUUUCUUUAAAAAUUAAUUUUUUGUUAUUUGUAGUUCGUAUUUUUUCUUUUAGUUUGAUUCUUAUUCCUUGUAAAAAAAUCGUCCAUUAUAACCUCAACCAUUCGUAGCUACAAACUGACCCGCUGUUUAUCAUGAGUUGUAAUAAGUGAUGAAAAAAAAGUUUAGCGUAAUGUAAUAUUUUUUUUUUUUUUUUUUAUGCAUAAACGUUUUUGAAAAGUAGUUGUUGAAUUACUUCGUUCCCCCUCCUUAUAUUAGUCGUAUAUAUGAAAUGAAUUGUUUAUUUUACGAGUAACAGUGCCGAGACCGUGUGCGUUUUGGUAAUAUACCACCCGGGUAGCGGUUGAGUCGUAUAAAUUUAUAUAUAUACAUGUAUACGUAUAGAACGGCCAGACGAGAGAUAGUAAUAAUAUAAUACAGUAUAUAGUAGUAACACAUGUUUUGGCGAAGGGAAAAGUUUUUACACCGAGAGACGGCGGUGGCGGCGGCGGCAAUUUCGUCGGGAAAAGUUUGCGCAACACGUAUUCAAAAGCACUCGCUCUCUUUCUCUCUCCCUCUGUGUCUACACUACACGCAGCCUACACACACUGUAUGUAUUAUCGUUCACGUCAUAUUAUUAUUAUAUAUUGCAUUAAUUACGGGGACGACGACGACGGCGAAGUACGACAUCAAUCAGUCGACGAAUAAAAAAAAAAACGUCCGCCAUCCAGUGGCCCGAUAUAAUAUUAUUAUUAACUCGUGUGUGUCGAGUGUGCGGGUGUGCGCGCGUAAAAUACGAUCGAUAACAGUCUAUAUGUGUACACUACAUACAUAUUCGACUUAAACACCGCAAAAUCGCAAAAAAAAAAAAAAAAAUAAUAAUAAUAAUAAUAAAUACGCGCAUUGGGUAUCUAUAGAAACACGACCAAACACGGAAAUUUUUUUUUCUUUUUGUCAUAUAUCGUCCAGUUAUUUAUUAUAUAAAACUCCCCGAAAUACGAGUCAAAUAUAUAUACAUAUACAUUUUAUUUAUUCAGAUAAAAUAUAAUAAUGUAUAAAAAGAAAUAAUUUCCGACCUUCCUAAUAAUCGGGUAGAUGGUUUUUGAAUUAUAAAUCUUUGCAAACGAAAAAUGAUUCUGAACGGAAGUAGGUUCAUAAUUGUUUCAUAAAUUGAUUAUUUCUUAAAUUGAAAAUUGUGUUAAUUUAAAAAAAAAACGAAAGAUGGCAGAAUACAUUUAAAACAGAAUAAGUGUAACCACACCAGUGAAGUCGAUUGUCGGAGCAAGAUUAAUGGUCAAAAAGUUGUUUACGGACAUAGAAUACAAAAAAGCACACAUCAUACGGCAAAACUAUAAUACAUUCCUAUCCACGCUCAGAAUAUAAGAUUACUUAAUCAUAAUACUGACGGAUUUAUAUAAUUUAUAAGUGGAAAUAAGUACGAACAGAGAUUUUCGGUGUUUGAUCUUUCCUAUUACUUUCUGAUCAAUUUCUAGUGUCUCCCACUGAAUCAAAUUAGCUUAAUUUCGAGAAUUUAAAGUUUUUUUUUUUUUUUGUAUGCCGAAUGAAUUGAACAAAUCUGGAUUGAAUUUCAAUGUGAAUUUUGUUGUUGGGGAAAAAGGAUAAUUAUUGUAUGAUCAUUAAUAUUAUUUAUUCGCGAAAAAAUAUUUCCAUUGUAGAAAAUAGGCGGGGAGGGGGAGGGGAUAUUCUACUCGAAUGGCGACGGAGCUCACUGCUGCUCAAUAGUAUUAUUUUUUUGUGUGUGUGUGUGUGUGUGUGUAUGAAUGUUCGCUCGACGAGCGAUUUCGGAUGUCUGAGGCCCCCUCUAAACACCGCACCGACUACUCGACGUAUGUGCGAUCGCGUUUUCGAGUACGCGUACCUACCUGACUACGGUAUUAUUUUUUAUAAUAUAUACGCUACGCACCUCUCUCUUCUUUCUCUCUGUCACUGUCUCUCUCACUCACUCACUCGCUCACUCACUCUCUCUCUCUCUCUCUCUCUCGCGAGCGUCGGCGGCGUUUACGAUCGAUAACAAUAUAAUAUAAGGUUAAUGCGGCGGCGGCAGAAAGAAGACGGAGCUCCGGAGCUCCUAUUGUUGGUGUACAUAAUAUUAUAUUAUUGUUAUAUUAUUAUAAUAUAUAUAUAUAUAUAUAUAUAUUAUAUAUAUAUAUUGUUCUGUCUCUCCAUCUCUCUUUCUCUCUUUCGAACACACUUACGCUCUCUCUCUCUCUCUCUCUCUCUCGCGGCAUCGCUACGACGAAAAAUACGCCCGACUCGGUGUGGUGUACACACGGGCCGACGGUGAAUCCGUGUCACGUCAACAAGACGUCGUCGUAGCGGCGUUUGUGAGACUCGAGCACGUAUUAUAUACGCGCGUCCCCCUUCCGGUUCUUUCGCGCAACAUUGUAUACGUAUUGUUACCCAGCUCGGUGGCGUCAAUUUGACGAUGGGGAUAGACGGAGGGGGCAAGGGUAAUAAGUGAGGAGGUUAUCGGGUCACAAUUCUCCUUCUCCCCAUACUCCACCGAUCAGCGUGAGUUUUUAAACACUCCUCAAAAAAAAAUAAUAAUAAAAUCGGGGUAGAAUACGUGCGUAAUAUUGUUCUUUGGAAAAAUCUAAAAAAAAAAAAAAAAAACGUUAACCGUUUUCCGCGUAUAAUUUGCGAUAUUUUUACUUUUGCGCGCGUUACUGCGGAGAGAAAAAAAAAUUAAAUAAGACGGUAUAUAAAGACGGCCGUGUUUAUAUUAUAAAAAACCAGGAGUUAAUAAUUUCUUUCAAGUCUGCACAACUAUUACGAGAAAAUCAUACAUAAAUUAAUAACCGUUUUUUUCUAGACCUUUUUUUAAGGCGGUUUUCCGUGUCCAAAUGGAGGCAUGGUUAAUUUAAUAAGUCUAUUGGACAUCCGACAUUCGACUAAUCUUUUGUCUACUUUUUGUAUCUUCUAUACAGAAUAAAUUACAAAUUAAAGAUAUAGGUGGUACCUUCCAAAAAUGUUAAAAUCGGUUUUUUUUACACAUAGACCUUUUAUGAAAUUCUGCGUUUUUUAUGUAAGUAAAUUUUUUCUAGUCGGUGCACCGAGGACUUCGUUUUUUGAUUUUUCUAUUAGUUUUCUUAAUAAUAGGGAAAAUAAUAAGAAAAAUGGAAAAAUUUAACGAUUUCGUUAUUUCAAUUUAGUUUUAUUUUUUUUAUUUUUUUUUUUUUCAUAAUUCGGUUUAAAAUAACCAUUGAAACUUGAAAUGGUCACAGAAUUUUUCUGUUGGCCUUUUUUUUCUUUUUAACUUAAAGUGAAGUAAACCUGAUUUUUAUAGUAUUAUUUUACACGCGGGUCGGAAUUAUUAUGUACAAUUUACCCUGCCCUGCUCCCGACAGGAAGUGUCGGGGCCGGCGUCAUAAAAAAGUAUACCGAACAUGACGAAGAAACAUUUCUAUUUUUUAAGUUGUAGACAAUUUAAGUUUUUUUAACGAAAUCACGUUUUAACCUACCGCCCAUUUUUUUUAUAUAUCUUUAAAACUUUUAAUCUUACAACGUAAUUUUUUUUUUCUAGUUAUUCUAUUGUAGUACUCUCGACCAACAUACGCAUUUAAACCGGAAACAUAUGAAUUAUUUAUACUGUAUUUAAAAAAAAAAAAAAAAAUGCAUUUUUAAAAUUAAACCGAGUACAACUACAAAUAAUUUCCUACUAUUUACUACGAUUUUUUUUUUUUUCAUUUUAUUUUUUUUUAUUAUCCUACUACAGUGAUGUUCGCAGAAAAAAAUGCGACGGGCUCCCGGGCUUAACGCCUCUCGACAAGGCAUCCGGAAAAAACAUGCCGAAUUACAGAGAGUAUUAUUGCACAACCGCACGACACUCCGCCGUCUCGGGCGGGUUAUUCGUUGUAUUUAUAGCGUAUAGAAAACGUCGGCGGCGCGACGGACGAACACUGUAACACAAUACCGUCGAGUGUGAGGACUCCCGGUCCUUUACCUCCGGCUUUACUACACUAAUAAUAAUAAUAAUAAGCCUAAUAAUAUAGAGUGGCGUCCUUUCCUGCACCGUUUCCGCGGUACAUUCUGCCUCGGCGUCGGUAGUUUUCCCGCGUAUACACCUAUAUAUAAUUAUUCUCCGUCGCCGGUUUGUACGAGGCGCGCCGGUGUCAACUGCGUCAACGGAGCCAAUAAAGAGGAGGGGAAUAAACAGUCGUACAAAAGAUUUGCCGCGGUAAAAUUUCACUAUAGAGUAAUCGUAUCCCCUCGGUAAACUAUCGGUGGGUUGAAAUUUCAUUGGAGAAAUCUAACUGGGGAUACGAUUUUACUGGCGAUAAUAAUUGCCCCCUAAAAUUUUACCCGCUGAUAGUUUACCGAUAGGGAAUAAAAUUUCUCAAGUAAAAUUUUACCCCGCGUAAUAUAGUCGGUAUAAGCGAGUUUCUAUGGUGUUUUCUGCGGUUAUCCGUCAUAUUGUCUGGGGUAGUGUUAAUAGGUGGUACAAAUCUUCAUCGUCUUCCGUUGACGCAAAAUUAUAUACUAAGGAUCAUUUUAAAUAAAACAAAUUUAUUUUUCGUAUGAAAUGUCUUAACAGCUAAUUUUUAUUUUUAAAUAAAAGUCAUUUUUAUAGUUAAAAAUAAUUCAACAAAAGCGACUAACCACAUAUGUAAGGUUAUAAUAUUAGGUAAUCAUAUUAGAGGUAAAGGUAAUAAUAUUAGCAUCCCUAUUACUCGUUCAAUCGUCAUAAAUAUUUCUAAAGUCUUUUAUGUUUAAUAAAUCCCCCCUUAAACUGUCUAAUGAAAAACUCAAUAAUUUUAAGAUGCGAUUAUAGGAAAAUAAUCUCAUCAUUUUUUAACCUAUAUCCGAAUGAUUAGGUUAAUUUUUUUGUAUAAAAAUCAAUAAUGUCUUUGUAGAUAUAUGUAACUAUAAGAAAAAAACAUAAGACAAGUUUUCAUUGACUUCCAUGCGUGUCCAAGUGAGAUUUACAUAUUGUUUAUUGAAAUAAAUUGAAAUUAAAUUAAAAAUUAGACUGCGGUUUUGUCCGUAACGGACAGUUGACGUUUUUACGUUUUCCGGUUUUUUCUGUUGUUCCAAUGUGGCCACAGUAUAACGGGAAAGCUCGUAAUAUACCCAUAUGCGAUGUAGUGAAACUUACACUACUAUUUCAGUGUAAAACUCCCCCGCUCCCCGAAGGAUUUUGUGCGCGAAAUUUAUCCGACGGAUCUGCAGUGCAGGAAGGUAAAAUUUUACAUCAUUGAAAAACUACAGGAAAACAACGUAUCCACAAAACUGAAAAACCGGACGUUUUGCCGGGUUGCAGUAUUGCGCUGCACGUGGGUCACACGCUGCGGCGCGUUGGUACUCGUUUAAUCUCGCGCGGCACCGCAUUUUAUCACGAAUCGAUAACCGUAACCGCGGUAACGUCCGUACAUUAUAUAUAUAUAUAUAUAUGUAUAUAUAUGUAAGGUACCUAACCUUAUACGCUGUCGGGUCGGGUAGCGUACGUACAAUAUCUUUUCCGCGAUGCAUAUAGUACGUAUAAUAAUAGGUAUUCGUCGUAUAUACCUAUUACCUAUACGACUAGGUUUAAAUAAUGGAGUCGAAGGGCACGCGAUAUAAUACAAUACUAAUAUUAUAACCAUAUAUAUACUAUACAGAAACUGCUUUAAAAUAUCGAACACAUAACACGACUAUUAUCUGCAGCUCACUUAUAAUAUUAUUAGAUACGUAAUAAAGUGAAUAAAGGGGUACAAAGAAACUGAAUGUAUACCCACUAAUUACAGCACAGAUAUAACUGCGACAGCACCGGCCAUGCCUAUAUUAUAAUAUAUACGUGUCGUUUAUAAAAACAUGAUAUCAACCAAAUAAUUAUAUUGUACUAGAUAGGUGUGUACCGCGAAAGUCUAUCCCGGCAUUGUGCAAAGGGGUCCGUAUUAGUUUUGAAAAGUUUUUCGUAUUGAUGUAUAAGAAAAGCACACACACAUACAUAAAAACCGUCCAUGCGCGAUAAUACGGAAACGGAAAACGCGCGUUUUAUACGCCAUAAUCGAACCGCGGACAUCGGUAAUUUAUUUCGCUAGCCGACGUAUUAUAAGAUCGAAAAAGUUUGGAAACCGACGCGUUAGGCCGUCAGCCGGAUCGCCAGCUAAUCGUUUUGAUUUCUUCGGUUUUAAUGACCACAUCGGUCAAUAAGUCCAUCCGCACAGUGGCACAACCAGGAUUUUGAAUUGAGAGAAAGGCUAAAUACGUUUUUGCUUGAGACAUGAGCGCAAAGAUCAAAGAAGUGUUUUAACGCCUCUUCCAAAAAAAAUAUGUAGAAAAAUGUUUUCAUUUAUAUAUGCUUUUAUCAGAUACUUAUAAAAAAAUAAAUACUCGAAUCGAAUACUAUAAUAAUGCAAUCCUAAACUGUACUCAAAACAUGCUACUUCGAAAAAACUGGUGAAAUAUGUUCGUAAAAAUGAUAGGGGUGCGGUGUGUAAGUUGAAACCUCCAAAAAACAUCAUAUUUUUGAUACUAAACUGUUAUGCGUGUUCAAAAUGUCACCCACCCCUCCCCCUUCCUGGUUUCGUUUCUGGAAUCUAUAAAAAGUUUACAAUGCUAAAAACACACCCUCCGUUCAUAAUAAAAAACAGUUAGGAUCAUAUUGAAGGGUCAAUUCCAAUUAACCCUGAUCGCUUCAAACCACCUACGAAAACCUCUCAUUUCCGAGUUUAAGUUCAUUUGGUCUACUAGUUUACAAUAAGUAACCGUGAGAAAAAGUUCAAAAGUAGUGAGAAUUAUAGAACAGACAUCACAAUUCAGCGAAACGAGUUCUAUAUGUUCGGGGGAAAUUCGAAAAAAAUGAAAUAAAAUAUUGAUGAAAUAUCGGGUUUUCGCCGGAACGUAUAAUGUUAUAAACACGCCUAUAACAUAGAAUUCCGAUUUUUUGUGUCCGAAAAGUCGAUUCGAUCACGAAUGUAACCAUGUAACCAUCGCGAAUUAUCUUUACAACUACCUGCAUCCGGAACAGCUCCGAACAGUUUAAGAUUUAAAACACCGGUCGGAAUACCAAUGUACGGACUACCAAUACUCAUCGAGGUGUCGUGCUGCUGCUGUUAUUACGUAGUCACGCGAUUUAUCGACAAUAAUAUUACAAUUACGUUUUGCAGAGCGAAUAUUAUACGCGACGAAACCAAGACUAUCGAAACAAUCGCGUAACGAUAAAAAAUACUAUUAACGAACGAUAUGCGGUGAUUUUUUUUUUUUUUUAUCGAAACACAAGUGACCAGUUACAUUUUAUGAUAUUAUGGUGUGAUACGACUAUGACGACUCGCACCACACGAUAAUAUAUAUUUUUUUAAAACGAUUAUUUUCAUUUAUAUUACUAUAUUAUAAUAGUAAUGACUUUAUCAAAAAUAAAUAUAAUACCGAACAUUUCACAUUUGUGUGACGCCGUUUAGUUUGUUAUUUUUUUGCCUUGCGAUUUUAUCGGUCAACAUGUGAUAGCUAGCGAUAUAAUACUUGGUGACCAUCCAAGUAGCGACCGAUAAGACAAAAAAAAUUUCAAAUUUGGCACAAAACCGAACACAUAAUAAUAAUAAUAAUAAUAACACUAAGCGAUAGUGUACAAACAAAAUAUAGGGUUUUCUCCCACCUCCCCUUCUUUCUCUUUUCACGUCGUCGUCGACAACGAUGCCGGUGUAGUGUGAUGCAGUGUCGGACGUCGGUGUAGUGUAACGAUAAUGACCGCGCCCUUCUACUACCCCCAUUAUUAUUAUCGUUAUUACAAUAAUAAUACAUUUUACUCGGUUUCGCGGGGACGUAUGUUUUAUUCAAACGUCGUUUUGACGAGUCCAAAGGCGGGUAAAUAGGUAUACCUAUAUAAUAUAUUUAUCCUAUCACGUAUUGAUAACGAUUUCCCUUUCGGUAAUCAAAUUUCCUUUAUCGGAUCUUUAUCCGAUAUAGGGUGGCGCGACGGUGAUAUUUUCCUCGAGCAUUCUCCCUGUUUUGUCGUCAUUGUCUUGCGAAAACAAUAUGUCCGGCGGACUUUUGUCUUAUACACUUGCGCCGUUGUUUGUUAUCGUCACAUUUCGUAAUAAACACAGGUACGGACUGCUGCGAAAGCAAUUUCACCAAAGCCCUCUCCGCACUAUUACGCCUUUAAAAUGUGUCUAUAUCUACGUAAAUUUCGAUGCGAUUUUACUUCAUAAGUAUCAUAUUAUUGUGUGUUAUCAUAUACGUUUUUCCGGGCUUCUCCAACCGUCUGCGAUUUACACACGACGAUAACGCUUUAUUCCGAUCGUGGCCUUAGAAUAUUAAGUUCAGGACAUUGGGUUAUUAAAUGCGGCCUCUAAAAGAGGCAGUUUGAGUACCUAUUUCAAUGCGCGAAAAUCGUAAUUUUGGGCAUUUUAGGAUUAUAGAUUGAAAUUUAAUUCAACCGUUGAAUAAUCAUUAUUAUAAUCGAUUCAAAUAAACAAUUAGGUUCAUAGUUAUUUAUUUACAAACAAAAUGUUAAAAAAAUUGAUAAAAAAAAAUUAAUAUAUAUACAAAUUAAUAUUGAUAUACUAUAUUAAUAAUAUUAUAAAAAUCGAUACCGUACAUUUUCGACAUUUUUGACGAUUUUAUACAUUUAAACAUUCGAGGCGCUCUUUGAUAAAAUUAAACUAAAACUGGCUCUCUAUACGAUCGCAUAAUUAACACAGAACCAGAUGAUUUUAUCUUCUAAGACGGUGAUGAGUCCGAGUAACGACUCGGUUUUUUUUUUUUUUUAAUUUUCGUUAUUUUACCCGAUUAGAUAGAUUUUCGGUAGGUAACAAAAGAAUAUUUUGCCGUUUUGGCUUGUGCAAGUGUCGGCAAAUAACACGUUUAAAACGACACGCGGUACCCGACGAUUUUCAUCAUACCGCGCGCAGAUCCACAGGCGGGCGAACCCGUCGAGACCGCGGGAUGCUGGCAGACCGAAUCUCGUAGUAUUAUUAUCGGGUCGCUGCCACCGGUCAUCCCGAGGCCAAGUUGUCGGAGGUUUUAUCGGGACCCGUGACUGAUCGUAUAAUACAAUAUUAUUGUCACGCGAUACUCGUUUUUUCCGACGGUGUUUCUUGUCUUGCAUUUCUUCGCGUUUUCCUCGGAUCGUUUGUUUUUUUUUUUUAAAUAUUUGAUAAUUGUCCUCAAAUUGAAUACCAUUCCAUUCUCAGCCGAUAAUGUAUACUCAUAUAGAUAUAUAAAUCCACGUUUUCAUGUGAAAUAAAACCAACUAUAAUAGUGUAAGUCGGAGAAAUGUAUUCAAAAUUCAAUUAGGUUUUCGUAAUUUUUCUGGCUUAUUAAUAUAUAUAUAUUAUCAUCGAACCGCGUUUUAGCUACAAAUUGUAAACGUUUUUACUAAUUUCGUUGGAAACGUCGCAAAAAACCGUACCCCAGAAUUUUUAAAAAGAGGUUGUUUAAAUUUUACAUUUAAAUAAAACUUGUCGUAGGGUGGAUGGCUUCACAUAUCCUUCAUAGAGUCAUACAAUCACAUUAAUAAAUACGCUUAAACACGUUUAAAUCUUUAUGCUAAAUAAUAAUAUCAAAGAAAAAUAGAAACAACUACAUGUUUUGUAUGAACCCGAUGCAUUUAAUAUACAGCUAGUAUACAGUUAUAAUGUUUGACUUUAAUACGGCAAAAUCAGGUAGGGAGAUGUUUGUAUUUAAACGCCCAAAACACGUUUCCCCAACAUGGAUACACGUCUGACAGUACCUACCUAACUAUGUAAAAAUUAAUUUAUCGACUAGAAGUAAAAUCGAUAGAAUAUAUUUUUUAUAUUUUUAAAAUUUACAACUUGUAUACAUCGUAACACAACCGAAAACUCCGGUUUGCGAUAAAAACUCAGAGGGAAAAAAUGCAUAAUAACAAUUCGUUCGCCGAAGAUAAUUUAUCGUUUGUUUGUUUGGUUAUAUUUUUUUUUUCGUUUUUUCGUCGCUCAUUUAUUUUAUGAAAAUUGAUUUAUUAUCAUCAUGAGCGUAAUAAUAAUUUAACUUCGGGGCGCUCUUUACUAUAAAUAUACGGUCGGAAUUAUACGAGUAUUAUUAUUAUACACGUUUUACUAUACGCAGUGAAUAAUAUUAUAUAUCAUAGUGCAAACAAAAAAAUAUUGUGUUACACACUUUAAUUUUAAAACAAAUUGUCUAGUUGGGAGAGUAAAAAAUGUAUCGCACACUACGCUAGUGUUACAUUGUAGAGGUGUAUGUACGCGUACGGAAAGAACAAUUUACAACAAAAAAAAAUUCUCACUGAACGGAUGAUAAUUUAAAAAAUUAAUAUUGCUGCAGUGUAUAGUUUUUUUUGGCCGUAUUACUUACUCGCUUACUCACUUACUUAGUUACUUAUUAUUAAAGGACGAUAAAACAAAAACUGCUGCACGGGAAGUCGUCUUAAUUCUAAUUAAUGACAUCGAGAACGGGAGACCUUUUAUACGCAUUAUACUUAUACCCGGAUAAUGGAAACGAUUCGUUAUGAAAAAAAAAAACCAUCCAACCAACCUAUACGCGAAUAAUCCCGAAAAUAACGACGGUGCCUGAAUUUUAAAAUAUUUUUUUCAUCGUAGACAGCCGAUAUUUUUCGAAUUAAUAACAACAAUAAUCCUAGUAACAACAUCGAAUCAAAUAAAUUUACCAUAUUAUUAUAUCGUAUAAAACUCUAAUAUUUCCUUUCUUUUUUUUUUUUUUUAACAAGGGCUUGAAAUUAUUUACGACGAAUUCGUUUUACUUUAAUUUUUCUAUAUAGGUACACCAUGUACAUUUAUUUGUUUAUUUAGUCUUUUUCGAUUAAACCACAGCGCGCGCUCUCUCACACACACACACCCACGAUAAUAACUAUUAAUUCCGCCUGAGAAAGAAUCGAAUUACACUAACAGCACUAUAAUGAUUAUUCUUAUGGUCGGUCAAAUGGACAGGGAAGGGAAAAAACCUAUUUUUGGUUUUCCGUAUACGAAACCGACCGAUUGCCCGACAAACGCCUCGAGGAAUUGGCACGAAGUCUGAAUGAUUUUUGCCCAUAAUCUAUUCGAACAUCGAUUACACGCCAUCGUCCAUCGUAUACAUGUAUACGAACGUUGAAGGACCAGAAAUAUUCAACAUUACACUGAUCUAUCAGCCGCACCUAACGAGAAAUAAAUUCCCUAGCGAAAAAUUAUUUAUAUUAUAUCCCGCGCUGAAAACAUCGACAAAAACCGUUUAGACGAAAAACGUGUGUUUCGUAAACAUUGGCCCUUUAGAAAUAUUAUAGCGGUAUAGUGGAGUUUAACGAGACGGUUGUAGUACAGUUUUACCAAUUUUAUACUUUUCAAAAAUCGAUUAUCUCCGAUCGAGAUUUCCGAAUAUUAAAAUGUCCUAAAAAAAUUAUUGUCGGGUGACAAUAAUAUUACGGCGUAAAUGUUUUUAUUUUUAAUGUUAGAUUGAAAAAUUAAUUAUUAGGAGGAUUAAUAAUUUGCAAACACUGCAUUAGGAAAGCAAAAUUUUUUGAAAUAUGGCAUUAAGAAAAACGACUAUCGGGGAAAAAAGAUUAGAAAAACCCUACCUAAAUCUCGCAUAUAAUCAGAUAAUAAUUAAAAAAAUAUCCACGCAAAUUGCAUUCUCCGUAUAAUCGGUUAUAGAUUUUAAGGGGUUGUAUAUAAAUAGAAGGUUUUAUGUUUUAUUGGAGGAAAAUUGUAUUGUUUAAAACGUAGGUGUGUGCUCAAGACCAAAAAAACAUAAUAAUAAUAAUAAACGCGUAUUCUCUAGUAUUAGAACAAUACAUUUUAAAAUUUAUCGAGUACUUUAAAAAAAAACAAAAUAUUUAUAAUAUCCCCCCCAACACACACACUUGUCGUUCCUCCGCCGUAUAUAUUGUUCGAUUUCGACCAAUAGCCGCUUCCAACUAUAUCGUUUUCAACAAUAAUUUGCAAAAUUCCGAGAACGAUAAAAAAAAAACCCGUGAAAUUAUUUUAAACGAGACGGCGAAAAACCUAUUGGUUUUUACUGUUAUGCGAUUUUUGGCAUGCGAUUACUAUACAGUUGGUUUUUUUUUUUAGACUAAACGAGAAUGUUCGCAUAAAGUCUCAUAUAUACAUCAGCUUCUCGAUCGAUUGGAAAUUGGUCAUAGAUGGCACUUUAAGAGAGGGAUAGUUUUUUUGAGAUUUUCUCUAUUUUGUUUAUAUAGUUUUAGUUAGAAAAUAUUUUUAAAAAUAUAAUAGCGAUUUCGUAAAAAUAGCAUCGUUACGUUUUUAAAAAACCCAUUAUUAUGGGUGUAGUUUUGUUGUUGCAUAAUUUCGAACAAUUAAUUAAUUUAUUAAAUAAUAUUACAUUUACAAAAAUGGAAGACUUAUGAAAAUUCGAAAUUUCAUCAAUCUAUAUGGUCAUUUGCCUCAUAAAAUUAGAGUUUUCCUAAAAAAAAACUUAAUUUCAAUUCUCCUCCAAACAUAUUUAUUUGAGUUAACAUCGUAUAUACUUUUUUUCAUCAUUUAAAUCGAACAAAUCCUAAUUUCAAUACUACUCUGAUUGUCUCAAUAGUUGCCUCAUGCACUAGUAUAAAAUUAAGCUUAAUAAACUUAAGAGAAAUUCUACCGAAUAAAAUAUUAAUUGGGAAAACAUAGGUAAUACAUAUUAGGUCAUUUUAAAUAAUUCUUUACUAAUUAAAAUCUACUUAAUUUUUUACCUUAUUAACUGAGGUUAAUAUUCUGAUGUCUGGGCUCAAAUAUAAAAACGUCCAGAAGAAAUUUUUCGUGCGGAAUAUGAAAUAUAUGGACAGGUAGACUGCAAUCUUAUCCUAUUUUAAUAAUGGAAGAAAAUGGAGUAGAAAAUAGUAUCCCGUUUUUAGAAGAAAACAGUUAUGCAUAUUCCAUUGAUAUCUUUAGUUCCGGAAAAAGACUUAAGUCAAAUUUUGGCUUUAUAUAUAUAUAUAUAUUUAUAAUUUAAUGUAAUAUUUUUCCUUUUAUUUUUUGGUCUAAAUUGCAUAAGUGAAUGUAUUUUCACAUUUAGUGUAUAAUUAUAGUAUGUUAGUGUAUACAAAUUACUUAUUAGUAUAUAAUAUGUACAAGGGCAAGUAUUUUUAACAUUUAAUUUAAUUUUACCACGUCAAGGUAAGUCCAAUAUAAAUAUUAUCACCAAGUUUCAAUUCUCUAUGUGUAUUUAUAACCGAAUUACAGCAAAAAACUCCCAAAAAUUAAAAUUCCUUAAAGGCUCAAAAGUGGCUCUAAAGUACAAUCUAGACAACUUGAGAACAAAAAAGUUGCUACACAUACAAAUUGGAGCAAGUUUACUAGGAAAAUCUUAUCCAUAGACUAGAACAAGGAACAAAAAAAAAUAAACACCAUUGUAAAACCAAUAGCGCCCUCGUUACGCUCAGAAUCUAAAAUUAAUAAGUAGACACCUUUAUCAAAUUUUUAAUCGUUUUGAGGACGGUCAUAUAACAUAAUAAUAUAGAGACGACGGCGACGGGUUUUCGAAAAGUUAUUGCGAUCGAUAUCCAGCUGCGGUUGUCGACCGUUUCAAAUUAAAUAACCCUGCAAAAUCGUACCUACAUUAAUGUAUUAUAUUUUGAUUCUGUAAAUAGGACAUAUUUUUCGUCCUAACAUACUAUUUAUAAUAUAUAAAUCGACGUUAUUCCGUCGUGACAGCGUCGAUCAAUAAUAGUACGCGAUAUUUUGUUCGUGUUUGAUUUUUGCCUGAAUAUUAUAUAUUAAUGGAUUCCCAUAUAUAUUAUUAGGCCUCGUGCGUAAAAUAUGUUAUUUUUUCUGCUCUCUGUCGGGAAAAAGUUUGGGUUUUUUUUGUUUUUUAAUCGGACGACCGGGCAUAAACUCCGUCAUACGCAUUAUAUCGCGAGCCGUGACCUUUUCCGACUCAUAAUGUAUUCAUUACCAUGUAUAGAAGCAUGCAUUUUUAGGGGAUGGAAAGAAAUAAAAGGUUCUAAAUAUUUGGCAGUCGGUAUGAUUUUCUGAUAUAAUUGCGUAUCUAUCGACAAAAAACAACAAAACACAAAACGUAACUAUACUUUUUUACACAAUCAUAAUUAUUAUCGUAUAUCGGUUAAACGAGAAAUAAUAUUGCGAGGAUUAUUUUUUUUUUUUUUAAAUAGGCAGCAGUAAAAUAAAUUUAUUAUAUUAUUUUUUCACCGUUUAUAAUAACCUAACCUAAACCCGGGGCACGAGCCCCCUUUGCCCUUAGUCCAUCUCUUCACCCUUUAACACGGUCGUAAAUUUAUAAUUUUACGUCAGCGUCAUGUUAUCUUUUCUAAAUGGUCUUAAUUAAUAACAUAUAUAUAAUACAUAAAGGGUAAUACUGAUAGCAAUAUAAUUGGAGCAAUAUUUUUAUUACGAUUACGUGCGCACCAUUAACACGUAAUAAUACCGUUACGCUAUCUGUGCCAAGGAAGUAAUUUAUCGUAUAAUGUGCUGGUAUGCUUGUGUUUAUUCGGUGAAGUUAUAUCAUCAUAUUAUAUUAUCAUUGCUGUUGAUGGAAAAAUUAUUGCGCUUUUAAAUUCUCCCCAGCCUCUUCCCCAAUUAUGUUAAUAACUUGUAAUGAUAAUACAUUAAUAAUUAACUUUUGUGUUUGAAUAAUAAUAAUAAUAUAUUAUAUGAAAAAUAAUAUCUAUUGUUUAUCAGGGCAAAGAAAAUAAUAAAGAAAAUAAAAACGACACUGCCGCAGUAAGUAAAUAACAAAUGAAUGCGCUAUAAUAAUAAUAUAACUAUAUAUUCUUCUUAUAAUUUUGAUAGUUAUUACUAUCUAGACUAGAUAAAUAAGAGAGUGACAGACUCGGUAAUAUUUUUCUAUUGACCGACACAUUUCAGUCACCACGGCGACGCCAUUAUGUUUAAUACAAAACUAAAUAAUUAUUUACACGUAACAAAUUUAUCUUACUACAGUUUUAAAUAUACAAUUUUAAUAUUAAUUACACAAGUAUUUGAAAUAUACAUAUCAUUUUCCACAAAACAUGGAGGCUAACUGAUGAGGUGGUUAAUCUCGUAUUUAUCUCGUCUCUUUCUCUAUUAUUAUAAUUAUACUUGGCGAAUAAUACAAAUAUUUAAAAAAAACACCUACACUUUUUUAUUAUCGCCAAAAACAACUUAUAAUGAACCUCGAGUUAAAUUUUCGAACAUUUUUUAAAAGCUAAAAAUGUUUCCCACUUCGUAAAAUUAAAUAAAAACUAAUAUAUGACCACCUCUAGAAACGGCUAGAAUUAGUAUACUAUGAAUUGAAUAUAAAACAUGUUUACAUCAGAAAGAAAAAAAAACGCACACAUAAUAAUAAAACCAAUGCAUCAUUAAGUCAAAAUCUAAAAGUUGCGCACUGCAAUAUAAAAAAUAUUGAUUAAUGUAAUUUUUCCUAUAAUUAUUAUUAUUCAAUCAACCCGACCGCAGCUGUUGUGUUUUUUUGCUUCUAAAACCCAAUAAUUUGGACGACGACGAAUACGAUGUUAAACUAUCAUUAAAUUAUUGCAAACAAACCAAAAACAAUCGCUAAAUUAUAUUUUAUUGUAUCGAUUAUUGUACAUUGUUGUACAUACGAUUAUAUACGAGAACCAAAAGCGUUUUUAUUACCGCUAAAUACAUACACAUACACAUACACAUACGGUUUUACAGUCAAUUAUUGUACAAUUUUAAACAGUAUAGGUUAUAUCGUUAACCCCGGAAUCGAGUCAUUUUAUAUAGAUUUCAAUACAAGCUAAUUAAAUUCUGAUAAUGCACACACUCGUGCAUUUUAGACUGAAAAAUAAUCUGAAAAAAAUUGCAUUUGACAAAAUUAUAUAAAAUAAAGCCAAAAAUUGAUUUAACCGUUUAUUCCCGGAACCAAAGAUAAAUUAUUAUAUAUUGCGACUAUUUUAUGAGUGUAAGUGUACACUAUUACUAUGCAGGUCAAACUCGAUAUUGGAUGAUUAGGAGAAAACACAUUAUUAACCACUAAAAUCAACCGAUAUAGCGACGACCAAUUUAUAUUAUUAUCGAAAGCACAUUUUUCCUAUACACCUCUAACCUAUACACGUAGUCGUAUAAAAACUAAUGAACGUCUAGCGAUUCCGACUGACGAAGACGGCGACUGACCGAACGCAUGUACAUAAUAUAUUAUUAUUGUGUUGUUAGCUUCGCGUUUUCAAUUAAACAUCAGGUCUUUUUUUUCUCUCCGUCCUUUCUUUUCGCAAGCAAUAUUAUAUUGUAGUAUAGUGACCUUUUCCCGAUAAAAUACGUCCCCCGGUAUAUUGUACCUACGUGCAUAAGAAUAAAAUAGCGUAUUUUUAGCCGUCCGAGAUAAAUAAUGGAUUUAAUGCGUAUUAUACAUCAGCGGCUGGACGGGCCCAUCAGCGUUCGUGGAUAAAAGAUUAAUAAUGGAAUACUGGUACGCACGGGGCGAAGGAGAAAAAAAAUAAAACUAUCACACCAACGACGAAGACAGUGGCGUCAACGGCGGCGACGUCAUGGCUCUCUAGUUAGCUGCUAAAAAAACACAGCGAUCGUAUAUGUAUACACAAACACACACACAAUAAACAGAGCCGUCUAAGACAAUAAAAAGGAGAGAAAAAACGGUGCAAACGUCCCAUAGAGAUUUGCCUGUUCACGCCGCCGGUUCGAUCCGUUAAAAUAAAGAGACAAAAAACGAGCUAGUGCAAAUGGCCGAGUCCGUGCGCACGGGUAGCCCGAAAUCCGCCCUCUCUUUCCCUUAACGACAGUGCCGGGUUUUAUUUUUAUUUUAUCAUUUUCUUUUCUCGUUCUUUUUUUUUUUUAACAAUCCUCGACUCGCUUACUGGAUCAGAAUUUUAGACGGUUCCCCCGCUCAGGGAACACUAUUUAAAAUUAUUUGUCGUACUAUAUACGUAUACGUUUAACGGAAUAGUCGGCGAAAAGAAUAAAAAUUGUUUAAAAGACUUGAGACUUUUAAUAAUAAUACGCGUGCAUAUAAUUAUUACUUUCGCCCGUAUUCAGCAUAAAAAAAUUCGAAACAAAAUGACAAUAGAAAGACACUAGGCUAUAUAAAAAAAAUUAAAAAAACAAAAACAAACAGAAAAAGUCAAUUGUAAUUUACGGGAGCUUAUAGUCUUUUUUUUUUUUUUGAUCGUCAGUUUUUAACGUGUCCACGAUAAUGAUCCUGGUGAAAACCCGGCCACGGUGCAUAGGUUUUCAAGUCUAAAACGACGAUCGGCGACCGAUUAACAUCAUAAAAACGUUUUUUGACCGAUGUGAAUUUCCUGCGGAUGGCAUUAUAAUAAUUAUUUUACUACAAGUACAGUACGAAUAUACGACGGAAGUUCGUUAUUUCGGGACUAACAAGACCGGAAUAAAAACGGUUGGUUUUUUUUUUUGUUCGUGUGUAUGUGCGAUGACGACUACAUUGCGGUGCCGUGGUCAGAAAAAAAAAGUAAAAUAAUCGAUACGGCGGUCGGCGAAAAAACGAAAUUAAAAAUUAAUACUAGGUAAAAAUGAAAAAAAAAAAAAACGGUUUCCGGUUAGUUUUCACAACGCGGGCGGUUCCAUUAUUGUUUAUAAAUAUAAUACAAUAACACUGGAAUUAUUAUAAUUGCAUAUAGAAAUUAUAAUUGUUUCCAUAAAUUAUAUUAUGCGAGUGCAUCGUCGUAUUAUAAUUUAAGGCCGGAGAGCAACAGUUUGUUUGUAUUAGUUUUUGUUAGGGAACACGGGAUUUUUUUUGAUUUUUCAGAGGUUUAACUCCAGACACGACACUCGACUGUAUGGGCACGUGGAAUAUCAAAAAAAAAAAAAUGGUUCGAUAAAGAUUUCCCGUCAAAUGCAAUUUCCGCCCAUAAAUAUCUGCGCUGCAUCUCCAACCUAUGUAUAAUAUUAGACGAAUAUAUUAUUAUAUUAUAUCGGUGAAUUUCCUUUUUUUUCCCUUUUUUUCGUGAUUUUUUUCUUCUGUUUGCUCGGGUUAUUCUUGCAUAACCAAUAAUAUAUAUUAAUAUAUAUAUAUAUUUUAUAUUAUACUUCACAAAGGUCAAUAAUAUGAUUUUAUUAUUCUAUAUAUAAUAGGCGCCUCGUCCCGCAGCAACAAUGCUGUAUCACGGAUCAUCCAGUUCGGGAAAAUAAUUAUUUAAUAAUUAUUUUCUUGUGUGCCAUUGUUGUGUAUAAUAAUAUUGUUUUAUUCAUUUUUAUUAUUAAUUUUUUUUUUUUUUUUUUGUUUUAUAGAAUGGAAGAGGAAGUGGAGAAAACAUUAACAGAGCAAAUGGGUAAGUCAGAAAAAAAAUAAAAACUAUAAAAAUAGGUACCUACUCUUAUAGGUAUAUAGUUUUAAUUUGAUUAUUCGUCCUUCCGUGUAUUACAAGUAUAUAGUAUAAACCGUUCAUGAUGACGUUAAUUUUCCAGUAUAACCAAAAAUACGGCGCAUACUAGUUGGGUCCCAGAUUCCAAUUGUUUACCGAUUGGGUCCCGUGUAAAAAAGCCUGUUGUACUAGUUGGAUCCCAAAAAAAAAUAUAGUCUCCUUCCCACUUUUACAGACUGAGGACUAUCUAAAAACAUCUAGUUAUUAUAGGUAUGGUUAAGAAUAUUUUUUUUCUAAUGUUUACUAUUUUAUUUUCGUGAUUUACAAUUUUCGUCUGUUAAUAGUUACUAAGUUAAUAAUUGGAUUAAAAUUUAUGAGAUAAAGAUUUAAAAAUAUUUUUUCUGUCAUUUUUUUUUUUUACGAAAUCGUCCUUAGAUAUUAUACAGUUUCUUCUUCUUCCCUCUGGACUUCUCAUUUUAAUAAAAACGUCGAUUUUAAUAUAUUUUAAAAAAACGUGUUUAAAUUCAAAUAUAUUUGGGUGAGCAGAAGAAAACAUAGAAUUGAAGUGUGACUGAAAGGUUUAUAGUUCUUAUUGUACUAGGCUUAGAUUCAAACCAUAAUUUUGGAGGGAACUUUGCGUCAGGACGAAUAUAAUUUUUUAAUAAAUAUUCCGUAAAUUGUUGUAAUCGCUCGUCAUCUGGCUGAAUACUUACUAAAUAAUUUGUAAAGCAGUUUUUAACUUCGUUCGGUGAUAAAAAUUAAAGUCCAAAAAAAAUGUUUGGGUAAUUACCUAACUCUUCGUUUUUUUUAUAAUUACUACUUAAUUCUAGAUUCUGGAUCUUUCGCUACCAAUUUUGAUCUAGAUAAAAUCUACAACCUUUAAUAUUUAUUUGUAGUCAAACUGAUAAUAGAGAUGUGCAUCGAUCAAAUCAGCAUAAACAAUUUCAGUUAUUAAAUUGAAAUUUCGUUUAUUGCAUUUAUUGAAAAUAUGUAUACAAUUUUGUGAAUAACACUCUGUACUUUUAGAAGGUAGCAAACAAAAUAUAAUAGGAAUAUAGUGGUUGUUGUGAUUAAUAUGGAUAGUGAACAUUUGUAUAAACAUUUUACAACUUUUAAAAGUACCAUCAACAUAAAUUGUAUUAGAUUUACAUAAAAAUUUUAAAUUUUCAGUUGUUGAAAAUAUAAUUAUGUUAUUUACACUGUCAUUAAUUAAUAAAAAGUCUUUUUCACGAUUUGUUUUUAUUUUAAAAUCGAUUAAUGUUUUAUGAAUAUCGCUCUUAAACAUUUAGGAAUAUUCGGUUGAAUACUUUUUCUAGCAUAGUACAAUCAUUAUGUGUUAGAGUUUCUAUAUAAUUUUUUAAUUUCUAAUGCAAUAACUUAGAUGGCCUUCCACGAGGAUUUUCUUAUGUUUUUCUUUUUAAAGAGUUACUUACUGUUUACCUGGUUAAAAUAUUUAUUUCGUCAGGUUCAUAAUUGUGUGAGAUGUUUUUUUCAAUAAUUAUUUCAUUUUCACUUUUAAAAAAGAUUUACAUGUUCUUUUUACACAUCCCCAUCGUUCGAUAUCAUUUUUUAGACAUUUAUGAAAUGAAAAUUUAAAACCAUCAAUAACAUUAAUAUGCUUAGCUUUUUCAUUGAACAUAAUAUUACAAGACUUGUCCUUUAUGUAUGAAAUGUGAACACAUACUAGUGUGGUAUAUCAGUAUAGUUCAACGCAUUUUAUUACUAUGAUUAGAUAUUACUAUUAUUAUACAUUAUCAGUGCAUUUAAAUUUUCAACGGAAAGUACGUAAUCCAUAUUAUAUUCGUUCAUUAUAUUAUUCGAACACAUCAUUUUACAUACCCGGACCCAAUUCAGAAAAAAAAUUUUAUUCACACGAACCCAAUUCGUACAAAAUUUAAAACUAAUAUUAUUUUCAGACCCAACUCGGAUGCAGCCUAAUAAUAACCAUCAGAACAUCCAUACAGUCAUUAUUAAGACGUCAAAAUAAUCGAUAAAAAUAUUAUUAGUACAUACAAUGUAGGAGUUUUGUCGAAAUCUUCAAUCUAAAGUCAUUACACCCGAUAUAAUGUUAUAAACGGUAUCAUUUUAAAAGGUAUUUACUGUGGGUAAAUAAAAAUUAAAAUGUUAAAGACAAUUUGGAUUAAUUCCUUAUUUUUAUAUACAUUUAGACCAAUAAGCCGAAGUGAUUUAAACAAUUAUUUUACUGCUUACAUAUAUUAUUUAACUUCAAAACCUUUUCAUUUGUCUUCUUUUUUUUUAUACAUAUGACACUUCAAUGGUAGUUUAUUUUAAGACAAAAAGGUAAACUCAUCCAUGUAUUUGAAAUAAAUUAGGUAACUAAGUAAAAAAAUAAACGGAAAUAUUCGCAUGUUGGGUGUGUCACUAUUGUAGGUGAUAAGUUGAGAAGGUAGGGUAUAGAGAGGAAUUUAAUUUAUUUCUGUAAGAAACAAUAAAGCAUUACUGACAAAAAAAUAAUUUUGAACGAAGUUUGGUUACCUAUACAUGUUUUUAAAUGCAAUAAUUUUUACGAUUUUAACCAAAAUUUAAACACAAACCUCUAAUUAUUAGUUACACCAUUUAUCACUAAGUUUAAUUACAUUUCUGUUUGGUAUUUUAUCCAUAUAGUAACUAUCACAUAAAACGUAUGUAUGUUUACGUAUGUAAACAAUUCAAAUAUAAAAUGCCUAAAUAACAAGAAAAUCUCUAAAAUUUUACUACAUUUUAGAAAACGCAAAUGUAAGUUUUCUGUCAAAAUUUCAAGUUUCUAUGAAUAUUUUUAACUGAAGUAACAUGAAAACAAAAUUGAUAAUAAUGAAACCAAUAUUUUCGUAAACUUUUCCGCUCUUUCUAAGUUUUUUUUCAAUUUUGCUCAGUUAUUAAGAAAACUACUCGAAAAAUCAUAAAACGACUUAUUACUCACCAACUAAUUCCAAAUACAACAAAAAAGAUCUCUUGUCAUUUUAGGAUUGAAGCAAGUUUUCUGUUAGGAAAAUUAUUUACAGACAGAAAAAAAAACAUAUAAUAAAACCAAUAGAUCCCUCGCUCCGCUCCGAAUCUUAAAACGAAGAAAUGUUUCCAUCAAAACAUAUAGACAAGAAAUUAAAUAAUUCAAAUAUAUUUCUAAAAUUAAAAUUGGGUGAGAAGUAGUGGGUGAGUUAUACUCCAACCCAUUGAUCUAAAACGUUAUAUUCGUCGGUAUAAACGGUCGUACCACUUCCCCUCAAAUGGGUAUCUGACAGUAGACUCGUGGAAAAGGUUUAUAAUUGAAAUGACCGCUUUAAAAAGCAAAACAAAUUUUCAAAUUUUACAAAGUUAUAGAAAAAAUAUUACUAUAAUAUAUAAUCUACCAUAUAUAUAUACAUUCAAAAAGUUUAAACACGUGUUAUAGAACCGCGUCGUCAAUAUUAUUUUCAUUGUAUAUAUUAUAUACAGGUGGAAGAUUAUACAAGAACGAAAGUGAGUUGAAAAUAUGACGUACCUAUAAAUAAUAUAAUAAUAAUAAUAAUAAUAUGAUAUAACGCGCUUUCGUGCGUAACUAGAAAUUAUAUAUUACACAUAUUGAAAACUGACGCUAUAUACUUUUCAUAUCCGCCACCACCAUCACCGCCGUCUUAUAAUGUAUACGCCCUCCCCUAGUGUUUGCACGCACACACUGCACACGGUUUAGAAUUACGUGUAAACUCUCGAUUUCCUAUAUUAUAUACAGUGGAUGUGUAUGUGUGUAUCCUUGUAGGUACCUACACAUUUCGCUCUUCUUCAUCGGUUUCAAAGGGCUUUUCACGGGGUCGGUCUGUUGAGCGCGUCGGCUUCUACCGAUUGAAAAGGAAAACUGAAUAGAGCGAGUACAGAGCUACUCGGUGGCACGUGAUCUUCGAGUGCGACACUCCGUCACUCAUCGCUUAUAUUCCUACACUACACCUGUGACGCGACUAUAAUUAUAUAGACUAUCUGGAGCCCGGUGUCACUUUCAAUAAUGAAGGGGCCCGCAUAGGGUUUUUUACUUUUUUAGAAAAAAAUUAGAGAGGGUGUUGCAAAAUAUUAACUAUCAUAUUUGGUCUUUGUAUUGUAAUACAGUUGUAAUAUCAAAUCUCCCUUAAGUUUGCGAAUAAGGGGGCUUUAAUUUAAAUUUUGUUUUGUUUUUUUAAUUUUAAGCCUAUCCUUGUAAACGAUACAUUUAUUUUAGAUCAGGUCACGUAAUGACUAAACAAUUAUAUAAACAUUGUACUCAGAACGCUAUAAUUUACAGAAUAAUAGUUGGAUAACACUUGAUUAACGCGAAUCGCAGAUAAAAGAUAAUUUUAUAGAAACUCGUAAUUGUUUACCUAUUGUGCUCUCGAUAAUUCCAUUAAUUUAUUACUAGGUAUACAAUUUAAAUAUAUGCUAUACAAUGUAAUCCGUAUUUCGUGAAAAUGUUUUCAUACACUUAGAGGUAUAAAAAUAUUCUGAAUUUUAUACUUGUGAAACUUUUAGAAAUGAAAGCUUGGUAAAUUUAAAGAGUAAACAGACAUUUUCGUUAAUUUUUCCAAAGAAUUUUUAACUGGAAAAUUUUUUUACACAGUUUUGAAAUCGAGUGACCCCUUUAUUUCAAUUAUUUUUACAAACUUAAUAACAUUUAUUUAGGCACUGUUAAGUUUAUACAUACUGUAUUAGAUGAAUUUCAUGAAAAUUGGUUGGCGUCCGUCAAUUUUAACCAUCCCACUUUAUAAUAUUAUAUUAACAUCAUAUUAUAUUAUAAUAUUGUAUCAUUAAUUUUUUAUAUUUAUUGAUCUUAAAAAAACCAUUCUCCAUACUCAGGCUCCUGGCAUGUAAUAAAAAGGUUCGAAAACACUUCAUUAAAAUAUCUAAGUUCAUUUUUAUAUAACUUUUUGGGAAGGCCGAUCAAAACUAAUUUCUCUAUAUCAUCAUCGCAUACUCAGUUAUUAUAUUUUAACCGUGUGGCGAAAUGAAUUUGAUCAUGUAGAACAGUGGAUCGUUCAGUUUUCAUUUUGUACAUUUCCUAAACACUUACAUAUCAUAAUUUCUCAUGUAUAGGAAUUGUAUAGGAAAUGUAUAGGAAUUUACAGAUUUGGUUUUUUUAAAAUACCUAGGAUCGUGGAUCAUCACGACGUAUAUAAAGAAGUUCUCCAAUCUCUCGGGACAAAAUAUCAUUAUCAUAAACAAUAUAUACGGCAUCUUAAUCGCGAAGCGUCGGCAACAGAAUUUAUCCGUGAGACGAGCGGGCGGACGUGCAGAAAGUAUCUUAUCACGGUGUUUAUUUACCGAAUCCAGUGAUGGCGAUGUCGCGAAAGUCACACGAAUACGAUAUAAAACGAUAAACUCACUCAAAGUGAUCACGUAAAAUAAACUCAAAAAGGGCUUGAAAGGCUUAAGUAUACAGACAUGAUGUAUACAAAUAUAGGACGACCCGCAAUUCAAUACAUGAUGAAUUUUUUUUGUUAACACCGCAUAGUGAUAGGUUUUUUUUUCGCCGGAAAUCUCGUAAAACGAUGUAUAAAAUCUUGCAUAAUAUAACACGACUAUCACUAUUAUAUAGUCACCGCCGUAACGAAUCUUAUUUAAAAUACACCGAGAAUCGGGUGGUCGCAAUGAGAAGAGGUAGGGGAUGAUCACAGGUCGACUUACCGGUCCUCCGGGAUAAGAUAUCUACAAUAUUAUUUUAACGAAUAACUACAAUAUUAUACCUCAAAGCGAUAUUUUCGAACCAAUUCGUUAUUUCCGUUGUUUUUGUGAACGACAUUUUUUUUUUUUUUAAUAAUAAAAUGCACGUAAUCUUACUGUACAUGUAUUUUUUAGACACCCUGGAGACAAUCCGUUUUACAGCAACAUCGACAGCAUGCCGGAUAUUCGACCCAGGAGAAAAUCCAUCCCUCUCGUCUCGGAACUGGUAAGCAAAACAUUUGAUAUCAAUAUUAUACACAAUCUACAGAAUUCAUCUUUUGUCCCCUAUCCUGUUAAAACAUUUUGUUGGCAACAUUGAAAUCCCAAAAAUUUGGAUAUUUUUUUUAUUAUUAUUUUUUUUUUUUUUUUUUAUAUAUAUAUACAUAUAUAUAUAUAUAUAAAUCGAAUGUAAUUUUAUACUUCAAAGUUUUUGCCAAGUAAAAUAAUGAUAAUAAUUAUUAUAUAGAUAAUAUUAUUCAACCGAGAAACGAGUGUGCCCGGUAAUUUUGUGGGAGUGAAUAUUUUUGUACAAAUUUUCGCUUCUAAGUGUAUACCCUGUUAUUUUUACAUUAUAAUUUCUUCACGUGAAAUGGUUUUUCUCAUCCCGAUUUUUUAUGUUGUUUUUUUUAUGUGUACCUAUGAAUGUAUUUUUUUUUUUUUUUUUUUGCUGCUAUUCCAUGUGUUCUCAUCGCGUUUCCCGUGUAAAAUAUUAUGUUCUUUUAGACUUCCUUUAUAGAUUUUUUUUUUUAUACAAUUUCUUCAUUUCAAACGCUAUCAUCAUUAUUAUUAUUAUUUAUACAUUAUAUUUUAUACCUUUUUAUUUGUUCCAAAUUAUAACACGUACGUGCGUAUAAUAUAAAAUGUGUACGAUGUAUAAAAUGUGUAGAGUCGUGAAUUUAAUUAAACUGUAAUAAAUAUAUUUAAAACUUUUUUUUGAAAAAACAUCACUAAAAUUCAGUCAAAUUUAACAUUUUAAACAGAAAGAUGGUAAUAUUCUUUUUAAUGUUCAUUUCGUACUAAUAGUUUACAAACAAAUAUGUAGUAAGUAUUAAUAAAACAAAACUGAUUUCCAAAUAACAAUGGUUCUGUAGAAAAAAAGUUAUAAAUACCAUCAUUAAACUAAUUAAAAAGACAUGAUAAAAAUGAUCUAAUAAGGGGAGACGGGGAUAAUCUAAAAAUCGAAAAAGCAAAAGAAAAGUUCAAAGUUGAUGGAUACAAUAUUAUAGUAAUUAUAAUCGGUGGUUAAAGUGAUGAGAAGGGCGGAAGAAACGUAUAAGUUGCGGCAUAAAUUACUAUAUUCACAAGGAUCCCAUGAACUUGUAACUUGACAUAUCCCCAUAAUAAAAUUUCAAAAGAAUCUGAUCACAUGACCUAGGAGGUCAAGUAUGUUCACUGCGAAUUGAAACUAAACGACAAUGAAAUUUCUCAUCCAGCAAAGUCAUUGUCUCUCGUGGGCUGUGUGUCAACAAUAGAGCAAUGUUUUCCAAAUUUAACCGCUAAAUUUGUUGUUUAAAGAGGUGGGUGCUUCUUAACGUUUCAAGAUCGUUCGGAGUCGCGGACCACUUCUACAACACAUUCCGCGUAUUUUUAAUGUGUUUUUAUCACCAAUACACGUGCUCAGUACUGAGCCUCUCCAUAGCAACAAAUUCAAAUAACAAAUAAAAUAUUAUCUAAUCGAAAGUAUGAUAAAUACGAAAACUAAUAAAACAAUAAUUCCAACCUUCAAAUAAAAUAUUCCAGUCUACAUCAAAAAGAUAGUAACUAUUAAUAUUAUAGUUAUAGUUAUAGUAUUAUUGACUAUACAUAAUCAGACUUUAUUGUACAUUAUAUUUACUAAGCAGACAUAGGUGUAGGAUAUUUUUUUUUUUAAUUUUUGGAGGAGGGCUUUGCAGUUUUAUUUAAAUUCUAUUAGCAUAUAAUUUAAAUAAACAAUUGUGUGUGGAAAAAAACAUUUUGGAAAUCUAGUUUUCAUCAUGAUACCAUCAUGGGUUUCCUGAAAAUUUAGUUGGGUUAAAUUAGAUUUCGGGAACGACCCACAAUUUUUGGUAAAUAUAGUUUUCCCUUAAAAUUGUUCCCAAUUGUAUAUAACUCUUUACUAACCCUACAAUAAACCAAAAAAAAAAAAAUUGACUACAAAAUCACAGCUCUACACAAUAAUAUUGUAUGCUUACUUUAUAUUAUAUAUUUUUAUGCACGUGCGUAUUACUAUCCGUACAUUUACUAAGUUAAAAUAUAUAUAUAUAGGUACUAUAAAUUAUAAGAGACCAAUUCAAAAACAGCGUAGGAACCAUCAUUUAUUUUUAUUUUUAUUUUUUUUUUUUUAAACAUAAACAUGUAAACUAACUAAUUUGUGUUAUAUUGUCUGUUGUUUGUGAUCUUCACGCAUCGAUCCAGGUUCUCAAGGUAUAGCGUUCUUUUUUUUUUUUAUUUUUUAUCAUUUAUUUAUUAGAGAAAAAUAUAGAGCACGCUAUUUAGAUCUGGAGACAUGGUUUUUCGUCAAUAAAAACACACAUUAUUUUCGCUAUAUAAUACGACACACGACUAAUACACACACUUCCACAUACAUACACACAUACAUAAAUACAUACACAUAAUACACAUAAUACACAAACACACACACACAUUGCUUUUAGCACCAAAUCAUUUUAUUAUUAUAUAUUACAACACUAAAAUUAAAAUUUCUAUUUUCUAGAAAUUCCAAAUAUUAAAAUUUUUAUUAUUUUAGAGGUAGUGACUAAAAAAAAUUAGCUUAAAAAUAGUUCCUAUAUUUUAUUUUAUUUAUUUACUUUUUUUUUUGUACCAUAUAUUAUUAUACCUUUGCUUAGUUUUUGUUUUCUAUUAGCUUUGUUUGUUUAUAUAUAUUUUAUUUUUUCCGUUUAUAUAUAUAAUAAUAUCUCAAAUAUUUUAUUUAUAUACUUGUUUUAUUUAAUAAUUUUUAUUUGUACAGUUUUCGGCAUUUUCACUUUGCGAAAUGAUUUUUAAAAAAAAAUUAAUGCUUUCUUUAGAAAACUAUUUAUUAUAGACGAUUUAAUUUUUAUUUUAACUGUUCGACGUGUACCUAUAAAAAUUAUGUCAAAAUAUAACUGAGAAAUUUGAAGUAUAUCGAAAGAAAUACAGUUUACUCCAACCUUUUUUAGAAUCGGGUACAGUUCAUUUCAAAAAAAUGUAUAAAUAUACAUUUUGAGUAAAAAAUCGUAUGAUAACUAUACAUUUUUAGCGGUCUUUUCAUUGAUCAAUUAUUUUGUUAUGAAUUGUACAAUAAUGAUAUUAUACCCGUAUUUACUGUUUCAGUUCAAUUAACAGGCAACUUAGCAAAAUUGCAUAACUUAGAACUUAAAUCAUAGCGUUUUGGUGAAAAUUAAACGGGUAACAAAAAUUAAUAAGGUGAUAUUUUAGAGGACACGACGAUAUUACUUAUUUUUCUAAAAUAUUGUCAAACAAAAUAGUUACAGUUCUAUAUAGUCUGUGUUUUUUUUUUUAAUAGCUGUAGCUUUUUUUGUUUGAUAUUACUUUAGAUAAAACCAAUUUAUCAUACUCUUCUAGAUAAAUUGUGUGCACUAUGCUUACGAAUACCAAAUAAAAAAAUUCAAAGAAAAUAAUAUUUUCUAAAACUAUGCAUAGAUUUUUUUUUCUAAUAAGUUGUAAAAAGUUAUAGUUAUUUUUGAUUUUUUUUUAGUAUGUAUAUAUCUGUAACUUUUUUAUAUGACAAUUUCCUAUAUAAAAAGCUACGUACAGCCCUCAAAAAUAUUUUCCUAUUUAAAUUUUAUUAUUUGUUAUACAUGUUAAGCUAAAUGCCAUAAUUUUCAUUUUUAGUUACGUUAAUUUUUAACGUACGUUUGUAAGUACCUAUUAUUUUACUCGCUAAUUUUGAACUGAAACAGUAUGAAUGCGGUUAUCACGUCUUCUUGAAGUAAAUGCUUAUGUUCAUAACAAUAAUUCAAAACUAUACAUAUCGUAUAGUUAAUUACGUAAUCCCUAUUUUAUUUUUUAUUUUUGUAAUUUAUUACUUCUUUAUGCUAUACAAUACAAAUACUCAUAGUAUGUCAAAAUUUACCGGACUUUAACUCGGUUUAUAGUUUUUUCGUUAACCUCUAAAAUAACACUUAAACAUUUAUUAAAGCCGUUGACCUUGCGGAUAACACUGCGAGUGCCCCUAUAUUACAUUACUACCGUAACUAUUUUUCAUUUUUUAUAAUAACUAACAAUUGCAUGCGUACCUAUGAUUAUCACAUUACAUUACUUUACAUUUUUGUACGCGUUUUGAUGGAAUUAAAAUAGAAAUUAAAUCGUAUCUAAAUAGAAUUAGAUGUAAUGUUUUAACUAAUUUUUUUACAAUAAAUAUAAUAUUAGUUAAAAUUGCUGGUAGACGUUUUAAAAAUUAGAGGGUUUUAUCGUUAAUUUAUAAUAAUUUAUUAAUACUUUAUAAAUAUAUAUGUAUACAAUUAUACAUAGUUUACUACGUCAAUAUUGGUCGUAUUUAAUUAUCAUACUAAUCGUAUACUUUUAGUCGUAUUGUUAACUGGUCACCAGGGUGAUAUUGACAUUUUUUCUUUUUUGUAGACUGUGCUAGUUUAAUAAAGAUAUGUAUACUAGAAUAGAAAAUAUUUCAAUAGGGAAAUUGUAUAAUCUAUACCUAGAAUUAAAUUUUAAUUUCUGUCUUUUCUGCCGUUGGCAAAUUUGUACAUCACUGUUUCAUAAUAUAAAUAACAACACACUGCAGAAUUUAUGUUUUAAAGUUUAUGUUUAUAUAUUAUGUAACAAAAUAUUUUUAAAUAAAUUACUAAAACUUCGGGGAAGCUGACUCCUCAUCACUUUCCCCUCAUAAAUAGACCCCUUCACUAGUUGGACUAAAAAAAAAAAUUUUAUAUUCCAUAAUAUAUUGUUUAUGUUUAUAUAAAUAAUUCCGACUCGUUAAAAACUUAUUAGAAGGCUUUUUGAGGAGUAUUGAAAUGUGUGGUAAUGAUUUAAAACUGAUUCUCAAACUACUUCAAUAUUACACUUUAAUAGGAGUCUUAAUUAAAAUUCUAAUUGGAUUCACGAAUAGUAUAUAAUAGAAGUCAAAAUUAAGAAUCUAAUAUAACUCUAAUAGGAGUACUAUAAUACUCUAGAUAAAAUCCUGAGUAGAAAUCUACAAAAGUUCUCUAGUGGUAUUUACCACGUAGUCCUAAUGCUAUUAGAGGUUCUACAUCAUUUAUUUCAUUUUUAUUUUUCAAAUUGAAUUAUUUUAUAUGGUACGAAUUCACCUGGUGACCGAUUUAUUUGAUGAAAAAUAUUUACCAAAAGGCCGAUUUCAAACGACCAUAAUUUCAUACGACCAAUCGACAGUAUACCUUCCAUUAUUUUUUUUUUUUUUACAAACUAACCCAGUAAAAUAAAUUUUAGGUGACUGUAAACUUAACACAAUACAAACAGUACUGAAAAAAAAAUUGUUAGAAUUACGAGAUAGGCAUGUGCAGUCGACGAGUAUAGGUGAUAAAAAAAAAACCCGAGAAAGAAUUUAUAAAAAUACACUUAUAUUAUAAUAAACUGAAAUGUUAGAAAUAGAAAAAGAAAAAGAAGAAGAUUUUAUAGUGAUUUUAAGAAUUUUAAUUUUUAAAGUCAAACUGAAUUUCAAAAGUAAAAGUAAAAUAAUUUGUAAAUUCUGUGAUUGAUGGCUGAAAUUGAUAACGGUUAAAGUAAAUUCUACAAAAAUUAUCGUCAAUACAUAGACUAUUAGUACUUAGUACCUACUUAGCUAAAAGCAAAUUGAAAUAAAUUCUGUAUGUAAUUUAUUUUUAUAAUAAUCUUAAACAAAAAGGGUUCGAUUGUUCUUCAUUUUAACUUCGAUUGUCAAAUAUCGAAGCGCUAUUCGUAAUUUCAAUAUUACAGGAAAAAAUAUUUCUGCACAUGUUUAUCUAACGUUAUUUAUAUAAUAUAUAGUUAGGAUUAAUUACUUUGGGCAAGAUUAUAUUAUAAUAAUAUAGAAACUAGAUCGUGUGUAGUAGAAUAAUGCGCUUAUAUAUGUAUAAAUAUUAUAUUUAAUGUUUCAUGACCUCGUUCAUAAACAUUUUAAAUUAAUCAAGAAUUUACUCGAGGAAAUGUAUUUUCUAAAAAAUCUGAGUAUUUUAAUUAUAUUCGUUGUACCUACGCACAGUAACAUAUUUUACAUUCACAAAAAAAAUAACCUAAAUAGAAUUAUUAUUAUUAUAAGAUCUUUAAAUUAUUUAAAUAACAGUUCCUUGCUUAUUGUUAUCUCGGAAAGACUUUUCAUUACCUCGGGCUAACUCUUGAGUUUUAUACAUAAAUAUAUAUACUUUUAUCUGUAGGAAUAAGAAUGUUUUGAGAACUACUUUUAACCCGGAACAUUGCAAGAUGUAAAACUUCGGUAUAUAAUAUUUUCGCAAAAGAAUUUCGAUCCCAAAAUAUUAAAAUUAAUAUUAUGUAAUAAAAAAUAUUUCUUUGAUUGAGAUGGAAAUUGUAUUUAAGUAAUAUAUAUAUACACUGUAUUAACGAACAGAGGUUUUAUCGAAGGAAACUAUUCGUUAAUGCAAUGUACAUAUAGUAUUAUAAUAUACAUUUAAAACAUUAGUGAAUUGGGUGUAAUAGUAGGGGCCAGUAUUAAUCUUAAACCGAUGUACUAUUGCAAGUAUGAAAAACAAAUCGCCAUCUUUACUAAAAGUUUCAUUUUAUGUAUAUAUAAAUAUAUAUACCAACUACAUCAUUAUUUUUGCUUUAUGACUAUAACAUCAACACUGCACCGAGGGGGGGAGGUGAGAUACGCAUACAUACAUACAUACAUACAUACAUAUACGUAGAAUAGGGUGAACAAAAAAAGUGUUGAAAAGUUGCUCGUCGUAACAUUUAUCUCUAUUCUCCGUUAAAUAAUACAUUGUACGUAAAUAAUGUAUUAUAUAAUAUUAUAAUAUAAUAUGUGUUCUUAUAUAAACUACUUUGCAGAUUAUUAAGCAUUAUCAAUAAUACAACAUUCUUAUUCCGCAUGCGAUGAUCAAGUAUAUAAUAACAUUAGGUUACACGCAUUAGCUUUGGUUCCAGGAAAAAAGGGCUAAAUUCAAUUGUGUAUAGUUGUCAAUACAAGCUAAUUAAAUUUUAAAAUAAUUUCCAAAUUGCAUAAUGGCAGAACUGCUAAAUCACUAAAUGGCCUAAUCUAAACGAUCGUUCUAAAUGACUUAAAUCAUAUAAUUUAUAUACUUAAUGACUUACAUCUCAACGAUAUUUAACACGAUAUUUAUUAACACGAUAUUUUAAUUUUCAAUGUAUCAUGUAUUAAAAUAUACAUGCACUUAUGUCACUUAGACCGAAAAAUAAAGGUAAAAAAUUACGCAAGACAAAAUUGUAUAAAAAAAAUGCUAAACAUUGACUUAAGCCUUUCUUCACUGGGAUCAAAGUUAUAUAUUAAAGUAAAAAGUGUAAAAGUGUACGAUAAUUCGGUGAGUUAUAAAGUCGGUUUUUUUGCUAAUAUAUAAUAUAACAGCAUAUCAUAUACGGGCGUAUAUAUAAAUAUUAUUAAACGAGAGUACACAUUGACAACAAUUUGCAUUUUAUUAAAAAAAAAAAAUUGCUUAUAAAUAUUAUUACGCUUAUACUUAUAUUAUAUACGGUCGAAUAGCUUUAUCGCUCACCCCGUCUCGUUUUUUUUUUGUUUUUCAGUUUUUUUUUUUUUUUUUUUUUUUUUUUCUAUGAUAUUAAUUUAUUUUUGGAAUUUGUUGUGGAUGUAUUUUUAUAGACAAUGGCCGCUACGAAAAGAAACGCAGGUCUGGCGUCAGGAGUACCUCGACCGACACUCAACGACGAAGAGUUGGUUAGUAAAAUUAUUAUCAUUAUUCGCGUAUAUAGUUUACGUAAUGUAUUUUUUGUUAUCAAAACAAAAUUCUUUUGGCGCAUGGUCUCAAAUACAGGUCCGACAACUCACCUAUAUAGUACAAUAUAAAAUCCUUGUUCUCUUAAUGGUUAUGUAAAAUUGUGAAAACACGAUUGCUAUCGUAAUUCUAUGGUAUAGAAUGGAAAACUUUAUAAGUACUUUGACUUAAACUUGCAUCCUUUGUAACUAAAAACAAAAAACUACAAUACAAACAGAAUGAGUUUUCUGUUUGAUCAUAGGUAUAAUUCGAUGAAAACCGUUAUAAUAUUAUUAUGGAAACAUAUUUCAAAAAUUCUACUAGAUAACACUACAAAUCAUUUCACUAAAUCUGCAUGACCGUUAAGUGAACACAUAUCAGAACCAAGCUGCUCGGACCUGAAUGUGUGACUAUGGUUUAGUCAAUAAGAAAAUACCGAUCACGUUUGACAAAUAUGUAUGGUAUAUACCUACCUACCUGCAUUGCGUCGUUUUUCAAAUAUUUGGACAAAUAUUAUAUUUAAAAGCAGUACUGAGACUUAAUAAAUAUCAAUAGAUAAAUUCAUCUGGUUAAUGUUUUUUUUUAUCUUAUUUAAUUCAAGUUUAAUUGCAGAUUUUUAUAUCUAUCUACAGGUUAUCUAAAAUUAAAAUAAAAUAAUUAUCUUUUUGAUACCUAAUUAUCUAAAUAAAUAUACAAUACAUCUAAAAAAAUUGCCUUAUCUGUGAUAAUAAAAAUUGUUAAAUAACUAAAAGUUUUACCGUUAGUUAAAAAAUCUAAGCUAGUAAAUAAUUACAUAAUUUAAAUUUGCAGAAUUAUUUAACUGUUUAAACCGUCCAUAAAAUUAUCUCAACAAUUAAAAAUUAAAAACUGAUCUUUUUGUCAUCUAGAUAAAUUCCAUUUACCUACUAUCUUGUAUGAGGUACUUUAAUUAUUUACUAUCUUAAUCUUAUAUCCUAAAUCCUACAUGAUUUUAGAGUAAUUAUCCUUUCAGUGGCGUGACGUGAUGUAGUCAGUGGUGUAAGCAAUCACAAAAAAAUAUAAAUCUUCCUAUACAUCCAUCUAUUUUUACUACCUCUAGAGAGCCGUUUACGAUUUAUUUAAUACAAAUACUAUAAAAAAUGAUUUAAAUAAUUAAUCAUAGCUCCUAAAUUAUCAAGUUAUAAGUAAUAAUAAUAUUUUAAACUAUUUGAAGCCAAUGAGUGAAGAUGACUGAUGAGAGUUUUAGUAUGACAGUGUCGUAUAAAGUCGUACCAACGCUGAUAGUAUAAUAAAUAGUAUCAUGUUAUGGAUAUCACGAUGAUUGGUCGUAUAACACAUUUGAAGGCUGCUUAAAUUUCAUCUCCUUAUAGGUACUAUUCCGAAAUUCCAAAGUAUAAUAUAUAAUUUUAUACUAUUAGAACUUGACCAUGGUUUAUUUAAAAAUAUACCUUACGAGUAUAACAUUUUAUAAGUAAAAGUGUAAGCGUUGCUUACACUGUUUAUAUGCACGCCACGCCACUGUAUCCUUUAUAUCUUCAUAUCUAGAUGAAUUUCACUUAUCUGCUGCGUCUCGAAACUGCACUUACACUCGUAAGUUGUUCGUAUCAUAUAAAGACACGCAUAAAUAUUGCCCAACGUUAAAAAAAUGCGUAGAUAUCAUAAGGAAAUAAACUAAUACGUCAAAAAUAUAAUCUGAGUAUAACUCCGUAAUACCUAUUAUUAUGAUAAUACUAAUAUAGGAAACCAUAUUUUUUAAAAUUGUAUUCAACAUGAACAAUAAACCAUGCGGUUCUAUUAUUUUACGACGUUUAGAAAUUGCGCAAUUUUUAAAUACGAAAAUCUAUUAAACAAUAACUUGAAUAUAGAAAUAUUCAACCAAAUUUUGAAUAAUAGUGAUAAAUAAAAUAAUAUACAAAUCGAAACAAAUAAAACAACGAAAACUAUACAACGCUAUUCUAUUUUUACACUUCCACAAAUGCAUUAGUUUCAUUUAAUUUUGAUAAUUUUAUAAAAUGGAUAUGUGCACUACGCGUUUGUAUUUAUUAUUAUUAUUAUUUUUUUUUUUUAAUUAUAACGAAAACUCAUUAAAAUAUUUUUAUCAUAACGAUUCAACGGUAUACACAGUUUAUAUUUAUUCAAAUUCAUUCGUAUACUCCACAUAUAGUUUAUAAUAGAACCCCGCGUAUGUGUAUAAAAUAAAUAAAUAUAUAAAUAUACAUUAUACAAUAUACAUAUACGCAUAUUUUAUGCAGUGGAAAAGUAAUAUUGUAAUAUAUUAUACAAAUUUGUUUGUAUUUCAUAAAAAAAAAAACAUAUUUCGUAUAGGUAUAAGUUUGAAUUAUUUUUCGAAUUGUGUGAAAAUACACAGUUUCUGAUCGAUUUUGAAUGUCUUUGAUUAAAUAAAAUAAAUCAAUAAUAUCCACAAAUAUAAAAGUUAUUUUGAUUUAACUCCGUCGUAUGUUUGCGUAAAAAUUUUAAUUACGUCUUCAAAAUUUAACAAAAAUAUAAUAUAUCUAUAGGUGUCGUGAUAGAACAUCGUGACAUAAUAUAAUAUAUAAUAUAUAACGUGAAGUACCGGGUAUAAAAACAAGACUUGCGAAAAACAUCAUAAUAAUAAUAUUUCAAUGGACGAGUUUUUAUUUAUUUAUUUUUUGUCUCUUCGUCGCUCGGAAAUGACGAAUUACGAAUUUAAUUUUUGUAUUUUUUUUUUUUGUAUUUUUUUUGUAUUUUUUUUGUAUUUUUUUAUUCAAUGCGGUCUCUAUACAAACGAUAUUUCAGAAAAUGCACGUGUAUAAAAAAGCCCUACAAGCUUUAAUCUAUCCAAUAUCAUCGACUACGCCGCAUAAUUUCGUCUCGUGGACUGCAACUUCACCAACGUAUUGUUACGAAUGUGAAGGACUGCUGUGGGGCAUCGCCAGGCAAGGAGUACGGUGCACUGAAUGCGGGGUCAAGUGUCACGAGAAGUGUAAAGAGCUCUUAAACGCCGACUGUUUGCAAAGUAAGAAGCAACUUUUUUUUUCCUCGCCUAUGUAAAAAAGUGACUAUUAUUUAAAUUAGUAAAAUAUUUCACGAGUAUAAUAUUUAUAUGCAUAUAUAUAUAUAUAUAUAUAUAUAUAUAUAUAUGAAUGUAUGCAAUAAUCAGCUACUAGUAAUAGAAAGGAUUCCGUAUUGUCGACGUUAAAAAAAAAAUUUUGAUUAUAAUGUCUGAUAUCUAUGUGGCGGGAUUUAAUUGAAAAAGAGUUUCAAAUUGUUUGGUAAUAAUUAGAUUAUUAGCCAAGAUAAAAAAAAGGAAGGCCAGUUGGGGUUUCAUAAAAGCCCUUUGCCCUUUGGAAGUCAGUUUUUCUAUUGGUUGGGAUUUGAGUAAUUCUAAAUAUAUUGACUAAUGAUCAUUGCUGUUAAUGUUUAAAUAGACUAUUCUAUUAAUCCACCCAAUGAUGAAAAUACAAUUGAUAGAUCAAUAGUAAAGAAACUGUUAAAAGUUUUGAUGUAUCUUGUGUAAUUACCAUCAGUGAGGAAGACCCCCAUAAGGUGUUUCUGCUGUUCGCCAAGUAGUUUCCAAAUUGUUUGAUAAGGUUUUCAGGGUCUAAAAGUUGAGGAUUGUACUUUCCGGGACAUAUAAAUUGCAAAUGCUGAUUUUUUGAUUAUAAAUUUUAGGUUGGUUUCUUGUAGGUAAUAGGCUAAGGGUUGGAAGUCUGCUAUAAUAAGAUGGUCGUCAAAUAGUUUAUUAAAGUAACUAUUUAUGUUCAAAAAGAUUAUUGAUUCUGAGUAAAAUUGAUUGUUGGACAAAAUGUUAUAAGAAGGGGCAUGGUUAGAAAAUAUAGUUUUUUUAUUCACAAUCAUUUUGUUGGGGAAUAUUUUUAUUUUAUUUUUUUAAUUAUUAUACUGUAAUAGAGACAUCAGCUAAUAGUAUAUCAAAUAAUACUUUAUAUAGUUUCGUAAGUCUGUUUGUUAUGCUAAGGUUUUUAAUUUUCGAACAUAUUGUAUCGAUAAUUUCAAUUAUUUCUAUGGUUGAUAUAUAAAAUAGGAUAUACUGGGAUCGUGUACGCUUAGUGUGUUUUCGGCAAUAUACUUGAGUUAGGUGUAGUUUAUUUUAAAGUUGGGAAUUUUAAUCGAAAGAUUUGACUAGUUCAAGCGUUUCGUCCAGUUCAUUUAUUAUUUUUUAAAUGGAAUUAUAGCAGAUAUUUGUAAUUUAUUUACAAGUAAACUAUUAUUUUUUUGUCGAUUUAAGUAUAUACUGUACAUUAUAAUAUUAUUAUUAUAAUUAUAUAUUACUAUAUAUAAUUCAGUUGGGUAUUUUUUCGGGAUAGUUAUGGCUGGAAUAUGAUAAAGCCGGUUUUUUUGCUUGAUUGACUAGUUCUUGAGUGGGAAAUAGAUUUCUGGUUAUCUGAUAGGAAAUUUGUUCAAUGUUGGGUUCAGUAUUAUAAUUUACAUUGUCUUGUUUGGGUCUUAUAGCAUUAUGUUAUCUGUGUCAUCUUAUCGUGGAUAAGAAUUGAGUUAUUGAAAUAAACGAAAAUUAUUUUAAUUUCCAUUUCUAUUUUACGGUAGUUUAGUAUAGCCAGGCUAUUUUCAGAGGUAUUUUAUUAGUGUCAUAAGUAGGACUGUGAAUUUAAUGCACUAAGAAACCUUAAAAAAUUUAAUUAAAUUUCAAAAAAUGCAAUAAAAUAUGCACUAAAAUGCCAAAAAUUGUAGUACAAAAUGUAGUUAAAUGGAUUUUAAUUUAAUUUUUAUAUUUAUAUUGAUAUAAGUAUAUAAUAUGCAUAACAAUUUAUUUAUUUAAUAAAAAAAAUUAUAAAAAUGAAGAUUGAAUUUGAAUUUUGACUGAUUCGUGACUGAUAUAUUGAUAUACUGAUAUGCCGCAAAUAACUUAUAUAGCAAUUGCCUUAUUUUAUGGAAUCAUUAUCUUUAUCUUACCCGCAUACAGCUUGUGUAAAAUAUUAUUUUAUAAAAUAUAAAUUUGAUGUAUAUACAGCCUGUUUAAAACAAAAAAAGAUAUUUUCAAAGAUGUUAAUUGAUGGAAUUUGAUAAAAAGUACCAGAAAAUGAACUAAAAAAAGGAAAAUAUAACCAACAAAGACAAAAAAAUUAAAAACGUCAAAAAAUGCAAAAUAAAAUUUUCAUAAAUAGAUUUAUUGUUACAUAAUUCAAAUUAAUUACUUACAAAACUACGUUUCUCAAUCCAGUGGUGUGGCGAAGUGCAGUGUUUUUUUGUUCAAACCUUAUGACCCCCUUUGACUAUAUGUAUACCAAAAAUUAUAAUUUUUGCCGAAUGCAAUUAUGCAUCGGAUUUCUACAAGAUGUGUUGAGUAACGUAGUAUAGAUAAUUAUUAAAUAUAUGUUAUGUGUGUUACAUGCACAUAAUAAAGUUACAAAGUUACAUCUAAACACAAAAUAAAAACAUCCCCCUUAAAAAAAAUUCCUGGCUACACCACUGUCUCAAUCACCAAAAAAAAUGUACUUUCCUACAAAUUCAUAGCCAAACAGCCAAAUUCAUAAGAGAGAAAUACACAAUAGUCGAUUUGAUUGAAUUUUAUUAAAAUUAAAUUCGGCAUUUUAUCAUUGUCGAUAAUUAUUAAUUGCGUAUACAGUUGACGUCGGAAGUUUCCUACAUGGCCAUACUCACCAUUAGCCGACUUUCAUGAAUUUUGUCGGUAAUAACUGAUAAUAUAUAAACUGAAAAAAAGGAAUUGCUCAGUACUGUAAUUAUGUUGUUUUGUAUAAUUAGCUGAACGUUAGAUAUAAUUAGAUACGUUAGACAGGUUUGGACGGGUUGGUAAGGUAGCGAAACGCUAUUCUCAUGUUGAUUGUUUUGUGACAAUUUGUUCGAGGAUAUUUUAACUUACGAAAUAAAUGCAAAAUCUGUUGUUGGAGAUGCAUGAGACAAAUUUCAUAUUAUUUAAAGAAGUUAGUUAGCUUAAUAAUUAUAUGUAUUCGAUUUGGAGAUCAACUUCGAUUGUGUUAAAUGGUUGGUCUUUUUUAGUUGAAUAUGUAUACUUUCGGUUGUUUCUGCGAAAGUUUUGUGCAUAUGAAAUUGCAGUAUGGAAGAUGUAGUGGGAAAAUUUAAAUCGAGGUCGACUGUCACACACGUACUGACUUUUAGAUUAUUAUUAUAUUAUGACAGUGUUUUUAAUGAAUUGCUAAAAUAAUUACAAGCACUACAAUCGUCAAAUAUUAUAUAAUGUCAGUUUAUAUUUUUCAAAUGUGUAUAUAUAAUUUUAAUGCAUUUUAUAUGUACUUAUGUACUUAAUAACAGUAUAUUAAAUAUAAUAUGAUCCUGAAAACAUGGUUAUAUUGUCUUUUUGUCGGUAAUAUUAUAGUGUCUCUUACACAUUUCAUUUGAAUCCGUUAUUCUAUACAAUUUUUAGUACACGCGGCGUAUAUAAUGAUAAAAAUAACGACGUUUGCCAUUAAGCCGUGCACUUUUAGGACCCCCGAGAGGAUUUACCUGCAGAUCAAACUCCAAACGACUCCAGUAACUUCGCACGAUUUUUAUUUGGGGACUGCGUGCACGUCAAAUGACUACAACCACACAGUGUGACACAGUGCAGAACAAUAAUACGAACCUGAUAUAAAAAUCGACUAUAAAAAUCUUUCACGAUAUAUAAAUAAUAAAUACGCGUAUAAUUUUUAAAAGACUGAUACUGAUGAUGGGUGUGUCAUUAUUUAAAGAGUUAAAUCAAGAGGGAGAUAUAGAGUAACUUAAUUCAAAUUUAUACACAACAAUAAACUAUUGCUAACUGAAUACAAUUCUGAACAAAGUUCGAUUAAACAUGUUUUGAAAUGCCAUAAUUUUAAACAUUUUCUUCAAAAUUUGAAAUUAAAACGCUUACAAAAAGACUAAGUACACUACAUUAAGCUCAAAUUGUUUUAUGGUCAAAGUACAACUUAUAAUUAAUCUCGUGUUAAAUUAUCAAACAUGUCUAUUUACCAAAAAUUGUAUCCACAAAAAUCCAAAUAAAAACAAAAAAAAUCAAGAAUGACAAAUGCGUAUUAAUAGCUCAACAAUUUCCGAAAUAUUUUGAAAAUUUUAUCACGUCUAUAUAAGGUUCAUUUAAGUAUUAUGUAGAAAUUUCGGGUCCGAAACCAUGGGUAUCCAAAUUAUUAAGAAAAACUAUACUUCUUUAGUACCAAUUAGAUAACUUUUUCUUUCAGAAAAAUUAAAAAGAUAAAAUCGAAAAUAAUAAAUUUGAUACUGCCGGAUUUUGUCCGUUUUUAACUUUUUCAGGUAAUUCCCAACUAUUAUAAAAAUUAUUUAGUUAAUCGAAAAUGUACGACCUCAAUUCACCAAAAAAAUUAAAAUUUCUUUAAAAAUAACUAUGCUGCCGUUUUUUGAUUGAAACGAGAUUUCUAGUAUAAAAGCUGUACACAGACAUAAAAAAAAUAAAUAAAUAAACAUACAUAUUAAAAUUAACAUAUGUAUCGCUCCGCUCAGAAAUUAAAAAAAAAAAUCAUCCAUUAUAGUAGAACCAAUAUAAAUAUUACUCACUUUGUUCAAAAUCUAAAAAAAAUGAUCAUUAUCAUUUAUAUUUUACACAUUUUUUUUUAACACACAGGAGCGGCCGAAAAAAGUUCUAAACACGGCGCGGAAGACAAAGCCAUAUCAAUUAUACAGGCGAUGAAAGACAGGAUGUUACAACGGGAACGGGAUCAUCCAGAAAUUUUCGAACUUAUCAGGUUAGUUAUUCAUAUUAUUACUGAUAAAUUGAAUUGUAAUAUUUUAAUUUUUAUAAUAUACAGAAUAUUUCACUGAUAUCUUUCACUUUUGAAACUUUUGUUCUGUUUGAUAUUUUUUAAAUAUUUUCCCCUCGUAUGAUAUUUGCUAAAACGUCACAUUAUGAUUCUUAUAUUUUAUACUAUAUUUUAACUUAAGUUAAAAAAUUUAAAUGGUAUACCUAAAACAUUUCUUUUUACGAAAUCCAAGACAAUCAUUCUUCAAAUAUAUUUCAAAACAAAAUUUUGAUGUUAAUAAUACUUACUAAUAAUGAAUCGAACAUUUUCUUAAAAUUUUUGAAAUUUAUAAUCAUUAAAAUUAUUUUUAUUCCCACUACGAAACAAUAUCAAUCAAUUCGCCAAUUUUCCCGUAAAAAAUUAUUUUGUUAAUGAUUUUUGUAAACUUCAAACAAUUUUUAAAACUUAACGAUUUAUUAUUAUUUAUAAGUAAUUAUUUGUAAUACCGAAGGAUUAUUUCAAAAUAUAUACUUAAAAAUGGCUACCAUGAAAUAGAAUAGAAAAAUAAUUGGAAUAAUAAUGGUAGCGCAUGACACAAGGGAUUUAUUAUUACAAGAAAAAAAACUUUAAAAUAUCGAACAGAACGAAAGUUAUUGCAUUGGUCAAAUCUCCGUGAAAUCUGUAUGCCGAUAAUCAAACCGUGUAAAUCAUUAAGAACAGCUGUAGGUAAAUACUAUAAUACAUAUUGUCGACUUAUCAAUUAUAUUAUACAAACGGCUAGUUUCAAAUAUUGUGUGCUCCGACGUCCGUUUAAAAACGGCUAUCGAAACGUUAUUCUCGCGUACAGAGCGAACAGAAAUUGCUAUUUAAACGUCGCCGUUGAACAUUAUGAGGACUGGUCCAGCGGGACGAAGCAACGUAAGAAAUCCCAGUAGUCCGGCCUAAAAUAAUUACGUCCAAGGCCUGACUGAAAAACAGUACCUAUUGAAAACAAUAUUUGAACAACCAGAGAACAACAUAUUAUCUUGAACCUUGUAUCACAUUUUCGGGAAUUUUUGAGCAGCCUUAAAAUUGUAUACAAACAUAAAACCAAAAAAAAUACUAAAAGAAGUAGAAAAAUCCCAUUAGCUCAACAAUGCUAUAACAUUUUUGAAAAUUAUUUCACACUUAGAAAGGUUUGGAUAUUUAACUCUUAUUUUUUUAAGUUGAAUAUUUUUCUGGCCCGUCAAAAAAUAAACAAAUAGUAUCCCAUAUACACCUCUGUAUGAUACGGUCUAUAUACCGAUAAAACCAGAGAUAAAACCGUUCUAACUAUAAUCGUACAUAUUGUUUAUACUUAAUAAAAUUAUAUGGUUUGAAUACACACUACAAUAGAAACUUGAGAAGAAAAAAUAUUUUUUCAAUGUGUUCGGUUUGUUUAAUAGUUACAAAUAAACUAUACGUUACAACAAACACUUGUACCGAUCGACGCCUUGUUCAAAAUAAUUACAAUAUGUAUACACAUGUUUCUCAACCGAUUUUAAAUAAUAACUCACAUAGAUAUGGUUUAUAAUCGAAUAUGCAUAAAACCGACAGUUACGUAACUAUACGAUUUCUGGGUAGAGGUAUGUCCGAUAUGUUUGGAUGGGAAAGACUUCUAAUAAACAUUUUUUGAUUUUAAAAAUUCUUUGAAUCUGGUUAAUUCUUCAAGCCUGAUUUUGUUUUUAUAUUUUUUACUUUGUGGAACAAUUAGAUCAGAUCCAGAUAAAAAUAAGAUUUGAAUUGAAUAUCAUAAAUAAAGAUUUCCAAUUGGAAAUUGAUAUAUCUAAACGAAAUUUUUCCUUACAUUUUCCUUACGUUAUCGGCCUAAUGGCUAAUUUAAUGUCGUAAUACUUAUUUUUUUCAUUACCUAUAUAUUGGGCUGCUAUUCCCCCCUCUCCCCGAAAUAUAAUCCACGGACAUAUGGCGUAUAUUUAAACAGACCAUAAAUCUUUUAAAAUAAAUGUAUAAUAUCUUUGAUUCCAGGGAAGGAUUUCAGUCAAUUUUCGGCAUUUUUUUUUUAAUAUAUAUAAUAUAUAUAAUUUUGUCUUAUGUAAUUUUUUCCCUUUAUUUGUUUGAUCUCAAUUGCCUAUAUCUAUGUAAUAUAAUCUAACACAUAUAUUAUACUAAAAAUUAAAAUACCUUAAGUCAUUGAGAUGUACUUGUUAUUUAACAAAAAAGGCAUAAGUCAUAUUAAAAUAAUUAUGUAUCAUUAAAUACGCCAUUUAUAAUGCCUGCAAUUAAGUUAGGUGGCGUUUAACAAUUAAGCCUUUUAGCAAUGUACCUAUAUUAUUCCAUUAAGUAAUUUAGUCAUUUUUAAAAUGUAAUCGGCUUAUAUUAAAAACUAUGCAUAACUGACUUAACCCGUUCUUCCCCGGAACUAAACAAUUAUAUCCACCGACUCGUUACGUCACGAAACACACACGUACUGAAACGAUACGUCCACAAUACCGCAGAAAAAGAAUUUGAGGUUUGUAAAAUAAGACGCAUACAACAAUUUAUUAAUAGUAUAUAAAUGGUCCAAAAUAAUCCUUUUAAGACUAACGGAAUAUACCAUCGAAUUAAUUUCAAUUUGUUCGUCAUCACGCACGGAGAGAGCUGAUAGUUCGGCCGCGUAUAUUACGUACUAACCGAAUUAACGAAUCAACGACCCAACGUUUUGCAUUGAUUGUCGAGAAGUUGUUAUUGAUGUGAGGCUGGAUAACCGAAAUGACAGCUUUCACGAGUAUUCAAUUAUCGGACAGAGAGUUCGUGUAUUUAAUUGCGACGACGACGGAAUCGAAAAUAAAUCAUUACAUAUAAUCAUAGGUCUGCACAAAAACGACACGCGUUUGAAAUGAUCAGUGUGCUCAAUACAUCUCUUCGCGAAAACUACUUACGAAAAUAAUAUAAUAAUUUUGAUUAUAUUAUGAAUUCUGCGGGUUACUAUGGAAUGCAUCGUCAUAUACAUGUACACGUAACGGCGUUCCGGAGGAAUUUCUCAGCAUUUAAUUUAAAAUGAAAGCAAUUUUGGAUGUAUAAAAAAAAACCCCCAAAAAUUCGUUGUUAUGUAUUUAUUUUUAAAUUAUACGCAGAUCCGUAUUCGGCGUGGAAGAGAAAAGCCACCAGGGUCAUAUAAAAGCGGUGAAACAAUCGGUUUUGGAUGGCACUUGCAAGUGGUCAGCAAAAAUUGCCAUCACAGGUUUGUUAAAAAAAACCCAUAUAAAACGAGUUUGCCAUAAUAUGAGCAGACGACUUCAAAGAGCUUUGUGUGGCUAUAUAUAUACCUUCAUUGUGCUUGGUGUUGAAUUUUUAUGGAAUUGGUGUUUUACCGUUUUGAUAUGUUUAACCCUCAUGUGUAUUUUUUAAGCACGAGAUUUUAAUGAAAAUUCUUUCAUUCGGUUUUGCGGUUUUAUUUAACUAUAGGUAUAUAUAUUUAUAUAUACUAUACUAUUUUUGCAUGAAUUAUUGUUUAUACACUAAAAAAAAUGUUUGAAAUACGUUAAAUUCUAUGUAUUGUAUAUUAUACAUUUUAUCUUUUUUUUUUUUUUUUUUCGGAUCCUAUUCCUUUCCGUUCAAUUUGUUUGUAAAUAUCUGUUUUUGUUGUUUUGGUUUUUGCGUAUUUGAAGAACAAUGUUUUCUNUUUUUCUUUUUUUUUUUUUUUUUUACUUGCUUACGUUUGUGAUGCAUAUAUAUAUUAUAACAAUGAUGUUAAGAAAGAAUUUUCAUUCAUUGAAAUUUAAACCUUUCCUACUUGUUUUUUUUUUUUUUUUCGGAUCCUAUUCCUUUCCGUUCAAUUUGUUUGUAAAUAUCUGUUUUUGUUGUUUUGGUUUUUGCGUAUUUGAAGAACAAUGUUUUCUGUGGAACCUGAUAUGCAUAUCGAUUCCUUGGAGCAAGCAGAAGCUAUCGUUCUCGAAGGCACUUCUAAAUGGUCGUGCAAAAUCGAAAUAACAGGUCAGCUGUUAGGCUUACUAUUAGGGAACACUCACUCGCUGCUUAGAAAUCGGAGUCGAGCAAAUAUUUAUACUAUAUAUUAUAAAUUUGAAAUCAAACUGAAUAUCGCAUAACUCGUCGAUAUAAUAUAAUAUUAUUAAAACUAUUAUAGUUAGCGGCAAAAGUAAUAACUUAAACAAAAUAUUCCGAUAACAAGAAAAAAAAACAAAAAACAAAAAAUUAACGCUUAUUAUUGCAUGCAUUAUUUUACGUAAACUAUAUAACAUUAUCGUUAGUGUGCACGUGCUGAGUAAAUAUAUAUGUAUGUAUAUACUAUUAUAUAUAUUAUAAAUAGCUUUAGAAUGGCCCUACGCUUUUUAGAUUGGUGUAUAACUGCCGUUCAUAUGAGCUAUCGGUUAUAAACAUUUUAAUUUAUAUUCUAGUCAAAUGCGCUCAAGGUCUUAUAGCAAAAGAUAAAAGCGGUACAUCCGAUCCGUACGUAACCGUUCAAGUAGGCAAAGUCAAAAAAAGAACGCGAACAAUGCCUCAAGAGCUCAAUCCCGUUUGGAAUGAAAAAUUUUAUUUGUAAGUGUUUGAACGAAGGAAAAAGGAAUUUUAAAAAAAAAAAAACAUAUUUAAAAUUUAUAUAUAGCGAAUGUCACAAUUCUUCGGAUCGAAUUAAAGUCAGGGUAUGGGACGAAGACAACGACCUAAAGUCGAGACUCAGGCAAAAGUUGACCAGAGAAUCGGACGAUUUUUUAGGACAAACUAUUAUCGAGGUAUAUCUAUGCGCAUAAAAUAAUAAUAAUAUUCACGUAAGUAUAAAUGACUAAGAGUUGAGUGCGUAGGUUCGGACGUUGUCGGGAGAAAUGGACGUCUGGUACAAUCUCGAAAAAAGAACUGAUAAAUCGGCGGUGUCCGGUGCUAUUCGAUUACAUAUCAACGUAGAAAUCAAAGGGGAGGAAAAAGUCGCCCCUUACCAUAUCCAAUACACGUGUCUGCACGAAAACCUGUUCCACUCGCUGUGCGAAAACAACGCCGGUAUCGUUCACCUGCCGCAGUCUAAAGGAGAGGACGGAUGGAAAUUGUAUUUCGAAUCGCCUGCACAAGAUAUUGUCGACGAAUUCGCCAUGAGAUACGGCAUAGAAUCUAUUUAUCAAGCAAUGACGUAAGUGUACAAUUCUGUGGCUUAGUACAAGAAGAGCCAAUGUCAAUUUCUUAAAAAAAUUCUGUUAGAAAUAAAAAAAAGGACAGAGAUACUUCGCACUUGGGUGCAGUCACGUUUUAGGUGGAAAAUUGAGAAAUUAGUGUACAUACGGAAAUUUAAUGUAUAUCUGUAAGCAACGAUAAACCAUUUCUAACGAAAAAACUGAUUCUGAGCGGAGUUCAGUUGAUAGUGCUGCUUUGUCAACAAUAUAUGUAUAUUGUUAUAUUAUGGUAAAAUGAUUACAACGAUGUGAGAUUCCAUGACAACAAUGAUUGUUUAAAAAAUAUUUUAAAAUAAAAUAAUAAAAACUUAAUAAUAACAAAAAAUAAAUUAAAACAGUUGACAAUGACAACCAUAUUUUUAAUCUUUCAAUCUUUUUUAACCUAAAUAACCACGUUUUCCUUAAAAUUUCGAAUAUUAAUGAGAAUUUUAAAAAAAUGACCUCUCUAAAGUACCACCCAGAGAAGAUUUUCUUUCAAAAAAGAUGCUAUACUUGAUACCAGAAAAGUGUUCACAUAAAAAAAAAAUAAAAAAAAUAAAACAUUAUAAAACUAAUACAUUCUCGCUUCACUCAGAAUCUAAAAGAUUGUGUGUACAAUUUAUUUAUUUUCUAAAUAAAAAUGUUUCAAGUUUUUGUAAAAAUUGAAAAUUACGCAAACAUUUACAUUUAUUAAAAUACACAGAGCCAUAUGGGGGAUUAAAAUUCCAAAGCCUAUUCCCCAACAAUCACAAAAUGUGACAUUGGCUCUUCUUGUAUCAAGCCACAGAAUUACAUAAGUAAAUAUUAAUUUAUCGCGCGGAAUAAUUUUUAACGAUCAAAAUAAAACGGCAUCGGCCGUCUCAUAUUCCAGACACUUCCAUUGUCUGUCCACGAAAUAUUUAUGUCCCGGCGUCCCGGCGGUAAUGAGUACCCUGUUGGCGAACAUCAACGCCUAUUACGCGCACACGACGUCAAGUUCUGCAGUCAGCGCCAGUGACCGCUUUGCGGCGUCGAAUUUCGGGGUAAAUAUUAUAAUAUUCGUUAACGUUUUAAAGAAAAUAAUUUUUUUUUUUCUUUUCUUCCUUUUUUUUUAAUGUAAAAAUAUGUUCUGCGUCGAUUAUUUUUACACAGAAAGAAAAAUUCGUAAAGCUCCUAGAUCAAUUACAUAACUCGCUCAGAAUAGAUUUAUCUAUGUACAGAAAUAACUUCCCAGCGUCCAGUCAAGAAAAAUUAAUGGAUCUUAAAUCGACCGUAGACUUGCUGACCAGUAUCACGUUUUUCAGAAUGAAGGUACGUAUUAAUGUUUUGAAUUUUUUUUCACUCCGCACGGAACUCAUUACGCGUACAAUAAUAUCUGUAAUAAUUUAGGUCCAAGAACUUUCAAGUCCGCCUAGAGCCAGUACCGUUGUCAAAGACUGCGUCAAGGCGUGUUUAAGAUCGACUUAUCAAUUUCUAUUCGCUAACUGUUACGAUUUAUACGGCAGAGAGUAUCAGGUAUUUAUUUUUGAAAAAAUAUUGUUUGUAUUAAAUUAUUAAUAUAUAUAUACACGUAUAUUUCACUCAUAAUACAAAAGAAAAAACGUUUAUUUUUCAAAUCGUUCAAAAGUAUCCCAGUUCCGAUUGUGUAUCUAGUAGACAGGUAUUAUAUAAAAUGGAUAUUUUGACUACGAUCGCCCAACACAAAAUAUAUACUUUCUUAUAUAUAUAUAUAUACUAGUUUUGUUCAUUUACAAACCGAUAUAUUUCACGAAGUGGCAAGUUGACCUUUUUCACUAUUCAUCGGUUUAAGCGCUCGAAUCACUGCACGAGAAAAAUGUGGGUCCUUUAAAAUACUGUGCCCGAUAAAUCCGAUUACACUCCACGCGAUCGUUCGUUCGACAACAGGUACUCUUUUAACACUUUGACUUUAAAUAUUUGCGGUAGUCUCCGGUGUUUGUGUAUGUUUUUAUGUACAUAAGUACCUACACAUAUAUACACAAGUAUCAAUCGCCACAACUGCGUUAGACUAAGAAUCUCUUUAAAAAGAAGUUUUUUUUUAACACCUUUAUAUUAAAGUCAUUUUAUUUUCAAUACACGAAUACUUGAAUAUACUUUGGAAUUAAUAGUAUGUAAAUAUAUUUAUAUAAAUAUAUUAUAUUAUUAAUACAUUGAUCAAUUCAUUAAAUGUGCCAUCAAAAAUGUAUUAUUGAAAUUUAUUUGAAAACGAUUUUUGAAAUGCCCCCUACUUUUUUCCAAAAAUAUGACUUAUAUUUUGUUUUACACUUUUUUGGUUAAGCUAAUGCUUAAAUUUGUUCACGCAGUACCAAAAAAUAUGUGGAAUUAAUGUCCAGUGGUACUUUUUUUAACAUAGUUGUCAAAAUUUUUAGCAGUUCACCCCCCGUCAAUUUUUCUUUUCGGUAUUUUGAUUUCUAUUGAUACCUUGGCAACAAGAGAAAAAACAUGACAAAUACUACUUCGCUCAGAAUCGCUUUUCGUUUUCAAUGGUUUAGCAUUACAUACAGUAUAACCAAAAGCAAGUUAGUCUAUAUAUCCUACCUUUUCUGACAUUGAUUGAAAAACCGAAACCGAAAAAUGCAAAAGGUUCCAGUCCCUGGUGAGGAAUCGAUUGAAUAUAAUAAUGAACCUUAAAACAUUUUUCAAGCACAUUUUGUCACAUUACCCUCCGCACGUCUAUAUACAAAUCCAUUUGAACAUUUUUUAGAAUAAAUUGCUAAAAUAUUACAUAAAUAUAUUCGCACAUUUCGAGAACCUACUUUGCUCGUAUAGGCUUCUAAAAUACCGCGGAAAAAUUAACAUAAUAAUAUUAUAUUCUAGAAUAAAUGUCGCAAGGCUUUCAAAAUUAUGUCUAUUACAUGACAUUGUAACUUAUUAUUAUACAUUUCAGCCCCAACAAAAAGAAAAAUCUAACCUAACCUAACUUACCCACUUUAUAUGGUUGUAUUAUGUGAGUACUCACUCUCACUCAUGUGUUACGUUGCGUCUCGUGUUUCGGCCAUAGGUACCGAAAAUUGUAUGCAUAAUAAUUAUUAUUAUGCGAGUCAAAUUUGUAUAUUUUAACAACACAAAGUAUCUCUCGUUCAGUCUAUUCGUGUUCAUAUAACGUGACCACGGACAAAACAAGACAUUGUUGAACGAAAUAAUAAUGUUAAGUUGGUAAUGAAAAAAAAAAAUCGAGAGAUAACCUAGUUUAACGAAAAAAACAUGUAUAUAAAAUAAAAAUAUUUUUAUUAAGAACGGCAAAAAUUAGUAAAGGAGCCCGCAUACUUCAUAAUAUACAAGUAGUAAAAUUAUCGAAGAAUACAAAACGGUAGUUAUUGGACAAAGAGAGAAAAACCAGUUGAAAAAUGAGAAUAAAUAAUGUUGAAUUAUUUUAGAGCUCCACGCAUAGAAAGAUAUGUGAAGAUAAAUGGUUUUUAUUUUUUCAAAUUUUAAUCCAUAGUGAAUAAUAAAAAUAAAUUCAACCGCGUUGCCGUUCUCAAAUUUAAAUUAUAGAAAAUAACUAAAUCCAUUAAACGUUAAAAUAAAAACAUUUCCCGGAUAUUAAAUACAUAAAAAUAUAAUAAUAAAAACGAUGAAAUGGAUUUAUUUUUAUCCCGUUUACUAUUUUUUAUGUAUAAUUUAUUUACCAAAAGACAAACCGUUUAUAUUUAUGUAACUAAGAUAAAUUGAGUGAAAUUGGACAUUAGACAUAUCUUUUCUGGAAUACACACCUAAAUAAUUAAAAUUAAAUGAAAAACAAAAACGUUGAGAAGAUGGGAUAUAUAAAGUAAUUUACUUUUGAUUAUACUGUAUGCAAUGCUAAGCCAUUGAAAACGAAAAACGAUUGUGAAUGGAGUAGUAUUUGUCAUGUUUUUUCCCCUUCUGCACACAACGAUAAAUCGUUGCUAACGAAAAACGAUUCUGAGCAAAAUUCAGCUAAACAUGUUUUUAAAUGCUGUAAUACUAUACAUGUUCAUCAAAAUGAAAACUUUAAAUACUUCAAUAAAAAAAUCACAACUACAUAUUUUCGAUAUUUGUAUACUUUCACAUGUACAACGUAUGACAAAGCUUGUACGUCGUAUCGAAUUUUAGAACAUUUUUGGAAAGUCAAUAAGAAAAUCAUAAUAAUCAGAAACCGUAAUCGCGUAAGUUUGCCCUGUUUUUCUCCACUAUUAAGUAAACUUCAAGGAAAAUAAAAACAAAAAACAAUCCCCAAUGCAGCUACUAGAUCAAAAAUACUACACGGAAGUUCCUAAAAAGUUUUUGAUUAGAAGAAGAUUUCUGGUAGGAAAGUUGUUAACAGAUACAAAAAAAAGCAAUUUAUAUCAUUGUAAAAGCAAUAAGUACUUUCCUCAAAACGCUUAAAACUAAAAAACUUGUAAAAGUGUUUAAGAUUAUUCAUAUACUGCUACUAUAAUAGCAUAGUCUAAAUUAAAUGUUGAGAAUAAGAUUACAAUUUAUUGCCCUAUAAAGUUUUAAUAAUACAUUUAAAAACUGUUAAUACAAAAUUCUGUUGAAUUAGAUCAUUUGUUUAUUUAACGGUUAAAAAAAACACUCAUGACAUAAAUACCAAUAACCCACAUACCUCCCUGCCAAUUGUAUUUUAUAAUAAUUGUAUUAAUUGAACAGUAUAUAAAUUAGCUCAAAUCUAAUAAUCUAAUACAAUUAGAGAAUAUUAUCAUCAAUAUACAUUUGGAUAUAUCAUGACAAAAAAAUAAAUAAAAAUAGUAUACACCUAUGUCCUAUAUAUUAUUAUUAAAACAAUAGUAUUAUAAAUAUGUACAACUUUACUUUACUUUACAGAAAUUAGUUUAAACAAUGGUGAAAUUAAAUAGGUAUCUAGAAGGUAGGUUAUCUAAGUAAUCUAGGUAACCACAGUACAACUGAUUCAUUUAGAAUCGUUUACCUAUGAUGAUAUCUGUAUAUUAUAUAUUUUCUAUCAUAACAGAGAAUAAAACAUCAUAAAUUGUAAUCCAAUGUUAACCAUGUUAUACACCAACUGCCUACAAUUUAAAAAUCUUGAAUUUUAGUACAAAAAUUAAAAAUAAAAUUACUAAAUAAAGAUAAUACAUUUGAGCGAAGAGAAACUUAUCGGUGUGUUUCAUAAUUUUCAAGGGGGGCAAAAAUAAAUCAUUUUCUAAUUUGUUUUCUUAAUAUUUAAUUUGUUAUAAUAUAAUAUAAUAUAAUUUGAACAUAAGUUUAUGGGUACUAUUUACACAUUAUUACAUUUUAAAUAAAUUUGAUAAAAUAUUACUUAGCCCUAACCUAACAUACAUGAUAUUUAGUUUUUCUGUUUUUUUUUUUUUUUUUAUAUAUUCAAAUUGAACAAUAUAAUUGUUUUACAAAAUAUUAUUUAAGAUUUAUUUAUGCAAUUUCAACUAGUCAAUCCAUUGCAUAACUCAGCAAUAAUUUUAAUUUGAAAACAAUACAAAAGUUCAAUCUUAACCAUCAGAGUUUAUAUUAGAUAUUUAUAUAAGAGUUAAUUUUUGCACAACAGAAUCACUAAAGGCGGUUUCAUCUUAAACUUAAUUAAUAAUCAUCUUCUUACCUUGUGCUUGACGAAACUUGGACUUACUACAGUCUCACGCAGACGCCAAGUCUGAAACAAAACAUAUAACUUUAUAAAACAACAAAUCGACAUGACAUAUUUUUGUUCGUAUUUGGAUUAUGUACUUGAACCGUUUUUUUUCAAAAUCAUUAUCCAAUUUGAUAGUUUUGGGAGAAAAAUGUCUUUGGAGUGUGAAAAAAAUAUUUUUAAACAAAUCGGAUUUUUUACCAAUAUAUCGAUUAAUUACAAUAUUAGCGCGUGGUUUUCGAUUCGGAUAUCGGUAGAAUACGAGGUAGCGUGUACCGAGAUAUCGGUCAUAACUGGUAUCGACCAGUCCCCGUGUCGUAUGUAAAUUUCACCGUACCGUUCGUUUUUUUUUUUUUUUCUUGUUAAUUACCAACGACACGCCGACUGCUACUUUCUAUCUGUAUACGCACCGACCGUUGUCGACGAACGGGACGAACGGUAAACGCGACGAAAUUAACGUUUACGGCGCAUGUGGGCGAAGAGAAAAUACGAACUUUGACGCGACCAACGACGGAAAACAACAUUUGGACUGACUAAUAUUACAACGCACACCGCGGCUCGCGGAUCCCGACGAAAUGAGAAUACGCGUUGGCGUGCGUAACGCUAACGUUACAGCCGCGGUCCGCGGCUCGCAACGCGGGGAGGGGAGGGGAGUUGCACCGGUUUCUAUUGGACCGGACUAAUAAGAACCGGGAAUCAUUGUCGUACAGCUUUAUUCACCCGUCAACUAUGACCGUAACCUGCGUAACCUGUGACAACGGCCAAGUUGACCCGUUGACGCCCGCGGUCGGCCACCCGUAGUACGUUUUCGGCCGUCCACCGCGGAGUUGCCGUUUCAACGCCCCGCCGUUGUACAUUAAUUAUAACCUCACAUUCAUCCGUUUGUUGUUUUGUUUUUCGUGUACGUUUCCGCGCAUUGCACGCGGAUUCCCGAAUACAUUAGUUUACCCGUCGUCGUGGAGAGUGCCGGUAUCGGACCUGCGCGGACGGUGUGUAACAACCAGAGACUUAUAAUAUACCGCGCGUUACGAUCGUUUUGUGCGUAACGCCUCGACGCCGACACACGUGCGAGAAAGUCACACUCUGACGUUACUUUUCCAAGGAGUUCGUAAGAAACGUAUGCAAUAAUCUUUGAGAUUAUAAAUAUCUAUAUUACAAAAUGAGGACAACCGAAAUUGAUAAAACGCAAAAUAAUUAAAAUUUUGAAUUUUAUUAUGCACUGAUUAUGGCGUUAUCAGUAAUCAAUUGAAUAUCACCGUAGAUAAUUAUAAAAUUGCUUAUAGCCUCCUUGAAAAAGUAACACCAGAAUCUGUCUGUCUCGCACACGUGUCGGCUUCAAUAUAUUUCACUAAUGCGCGGUCUAUGGUAACAACAAUAAUUAAUGGUCCACCGUUUCCGCGAAUUAACGCGAUCACGACAGCCGCUAAUGACAAUUAUAAUUAACAUUGUACAUUUACGAUAAAACCGAUUAUCCGAUUCGCCGAAUUUGCUAUUUCCGUCUUCUUUCCGCCAUCGCCAUCGCGCACCGACGUAAACAAGUGAUUGUCCGUCGCCGCGACACGAUGACAAUUCCGCGUCGCGCACCAUGUUUGUAAACCAAAGUGACAAAUUGUUGCGAAUGGGUUGCAAAAUAAUGGCAUCGGUCUGGUUUAAAUCGAACAAAGUCGGGGGUACCAACUUCGCGGACGUAAACGACUGCGAUUUGUUUCGAUAGUGACUAAUGAACGAACCGUGCGCACACGGAGGAAAACACGGUCGCCGGCCGCCGACCAGUCACAAAGGUUCGGUCGUGUGGUACACGCGGACGUUGGUUUACGCCGUUUCGCGUUCGCAAACCCCUCGGUUUAGGGAACGGCCGCUCGCGGAGCUAACGCAACGAAAACGCCCGGGAAACGCUGGCGCGUUGGCCGCGUUCGGAUCGAUCUACGUGACGCCGUACGUCGACCGUUUUCUUUUGGUCGAACGCGUACGGUCCGUUUACCGAGUCGUGUUAUUACAGUUGAAAUUAAAGCCACUAUCGAUCCAGUCGAAACCCAAUAAGUUGUAAGCGCGAAAUUCCCGCCGCGUUGUUUUCGCGUUUGCGACUGGAAGGAAGAAAAUAGUAAACUCGGCGAACCGUGUAAAUAUAAUCGAUUUCACGGUAAUUCGCGUACGUAAAAUACGAACACCUCGACGGUCGCGGACGUACGAGUCAAAGGCGACGGACGAAAACGAUUCUGAAACUAUUAUUUUCGAGUGGUUGUUAAACCGAUAGGUAUGUUUUCACUCUGAUAACGAUUAUUGUAAUGUUGUCGUAUACUGUAUCAAAACUUUGCUACUGAAUUCCUAUUGACAUUUACGAGCUAUUGGGGGUUUUUUUUUUUUUUCUGUUUUUCCAUCGAUUUGUCCGACAGGUGUUCACACGCGGUAACAUUAAGUUAUCGGAAAAUUCCGUCGGAGCCCGCAGCCAUUAUCGGUAUUCGGUACUCGGCUUGAAUCUAACCCAAUAGUCCCAAUCUAAUUUCAGAUAUUUGUACGUUGUACAGCAACAUAACAGAAACGUUAUACAAUAAACAGACGCGAUAUUACAACAUCGUUUCAUUUUUGAUAUUUUAUUGUUGUCGUUUCAAUAUUCCAAUAAAAAAAUCCCAUAAUUUCCAAUUCCCUCUCCCCCCCCCCCUUCACCGAUAGGAUAUAUGCUUUUACGUCGUUUUACAGUGACUUUUAGGAUAACAAUAGUUUUUGUUCGGACUAAUUUACGGGUUAAUAUUUUAUCGUUAAACGAUAACGCGUGCGUGUGUAUUGAUAAUGUAGUAGACGUUAAACGACUGGUUCGAUAAAGCGGCCGUAUGCAGUACCGUGUUUGGCAUACCCAGCAGUGUGAUGUUCGACAGUGGAAAACGGACGAUUUAGACACCGCGUUAUUAGUGUUUCUAGAAGGAUAUGAAGAAAGCCCCCCCCUCCCCAGUGUUUUUAUGAAAGUGUAAAUUGGCCCGCAAACUACCAGAGUUUGGGCCACCCUGUUCUGAACCAUAUAACACACACAAAAAGCCCGUAGGUCCAGAAGACACGCAUUAACAUUUAUGUAAAACUUCACGGCCGUACGUGAAAAAACGUUCGGAAACUGUUUGGGACAAUCAACGCUGUGUAUACACAACGUUUUAGUGACGUCGUCCACCGCUAAAUGACGGCCGCUAGAUAACGGCACCGCUGUCCUUGGAAAACCAUAGCUUAAACGACUAUAACGUUUUCUCGCGAUAAAUGAAGAGUUCCGAUCGUCAACGCCAAAUAAUAUCGGAAAAAAUGAUGAAAAAAUUAUAGUUUUUCAUGUGCCGAGCUCGUAACGCCGAACAACAAUAUACAGUGUUCAGUUUCAAACCCUUGGGUGUUUUCAUUUUCUUUAUCAAUUCGAUUUUUCGGAAACAAUCGACAUUUGUAACACUUGAGAAUGCCACCGCACAAGCAUCGGACAUGCAUUUAGGUUUUAUAACAGACCGAAACAAUAUUACAGUAUUUUUGAUACCGAGUGUAGCGAAGAAGCUAAUAGUUUUUACUGUGAUGUGUUUUUUUCACCCCUCGAAAACCCCUUUUCGGUAAAUAAAAAUGAUCCGCGUUAUUCACACCGUAUAAUACCGUAAAAAAUUCGAAUUUUCGCCCGUUUCAAUAGAGACGGCAUAGUAUAGCAGUAGCAACUAUAAUAGCACUAAUUGAUUUGUCGACAGCAACAGCAGGCUGCUAAUCAAAUGUAAAAAUAGCCACUGUUUUUAUUUCCAAAUAUUUUCGUGAUAUAAUAUUGCUAAACUGUUACGAAAAGCUAAACUGUUUAUGCCUUGUUCGUAACCCGUUCGUUUUCGGUAUCUCCGCGAGAACACGCAUGUUAUCACGUUUAUUACUGUAAUUGUCUGAUACGCACUAUAGCUGUUAAAUAAUUGUUAUUUUUGGUAUCGCGAAUCGUUUUUCGAUCGCAACAAUUUAUUACAUUGAUUUAUCCGAUUGUCGAAUUUUGAUUUUUAAGACACCCUGCAUUCGGUUUUGAAACGGUUUUCGUGGUAACACACUAAUAAUAUAAACGGUCAGAUGCCGGGUAGACCGCAAUAGUUAUACGGUGUUUGUUCGCGAUAUCGGCAGCUGCUGUCGUGAAAUGUAUUCGGGCUACGUAUAAAUUUUACUGUUUUUGAAACAAGAAGAAAAUAAAAAAAAAUACCUCUAAUAUCCGAAUCGCGUAUUUAUUAUACCGUUUACUUGUGUAUACUGGAGUUAUUAUUAUAUUGUUGCGUAGAAAAAAAGUUUUCACGGCAAGGAAAACAUUGCGGACCCGGCUCUCGUCCCACCGUCCGUAUAAUAAAUAUUAGGCGGUUCUUCAAUAAUAUUUGUACCCGUAUACGCAUUGUGUAGUGUACAAUAUCGCGGUUGUUGUACGCAGCCCGUGGCCGCCGUGGAAUCUGUGCACCCCGCAGCAUAACGCACAUAAACAUACUCGUACAAACAAAACGUAUAAUACGACCGUGUAUUAUAAUAUUGUUAUUCCUGUGCCGUACAAAAAAUAAGGGAAACGAACAUAUUCUUUUAGGGCUCUCGAAAGCGGCGAGGAUCGUAUUGAUUUCGCCGCGGCGCGUGCAUUUUUUUUUUUUUUAUUUAUAUUUAUAUUUAUUAGAUUCUGCGCGCGAGCGAGGAACGCGACCGGUUUUAGUAUUUUAAUAACGUGUAUACUUAUUAGACUCUGAGCGUGUUCCGGGAUGUGUAUUCGCGUGACGGGAUACUAUAUGGACGUGUGCUCUUUGGUUUCUGUUUUUAAAACAACUAUAAAAAAAGAAAAAUAAACGACAAUAGGGAGAAGGGGUUUGUAGCGUAUAUCUUAUCUAGUCAGUGCGUUGUGAAAGCGUUUCAAUUUUCCGAGUUGUUUUCAUAAUAAUUGGGAAAGACCGGGAUAAAACGUAGGGAAAACGAGAAAGUUUACGCGGCAUUAACAGAUUCAUUAAUUUUAAUUUUUUUUAUUAUUAUUGUUCGGUUAAAAAUAAUCGUAGAGCUGAAAUUUGCACGGAAUAUAUUUACCUUUUUUUCCUACAUUUGAAAUUUUCGAUUUUUUGUUUUUUAGUAAUUAUUUGAUUUCGUAUAAAUACAGUUAUUUUGACCAAACAGAAAUGUUUGAAAAUUUGAACUCUAAAGCAAUUUUUAGCUUCUUUAUAUUCAAAAUUACGGCAUUUCAAAAUAAAUUUAACCGAAUUUCGUUUAGAAUCUUUUUUUGUUAGCAAUGGUUUAUUGUUGCUUACAAAUAUAAAUUAAAUAACUUUUUGAGUAUCCUACAUGAGAGAAAAUAAUAAUCAAUCAAAAUGUAAUAAAAUUAUAGUUAUUUUUGGUUUACCUGCCUAUAAAUGUUGAUUUUAAGGGAAAGUCAAGUCCUAAAAAGUUAUGUUAUCUCUGACAUGGGAAUAGUGUAAACUCCUAUCCAAGAUAGUGUCAACUCAUAUACUAGAUAAUGAAAUCUACUCAAACUCAAACCCUACUCAAACUUUUAUUAAAUUGAAGAAAGUUUGACAAAAAAAAUGAAAUAAUAUUAAUUUUUGUAAGUCAUUACAAAAACUACAUAAAUUGUAUAAAUUAUUAUUAUUAAUACAUUAUAUCGAAAAAUUAAUUUUAAAAAGUAAUUAUUUUUAUAGUAUAAGGUUUUUUUGAGGGGAGGGGGAGGGAAUUAUUUGUAUUAUAAUGUCAGUCUUAUAAAAUAUAAAUUAUAAACACAUAUAACGGUCAUAACUAUUAAUAUAAAAUAACAUAUUAGAUAUACUAUGCAUGACGUAUGUACAAUAUAGUACAUAAUCGUAAAUAAAAAGCUCUGCGUAGGAGAUUUCGCUAUUUUUUGGGCUACGUAGAAGAUUACUUAAUAUUUUUAACUCAGGUAAAAAGGUUAUUCGUGUAUAGGAGUGUCGGACGUUUGAUCCGAUUUUCACCAUAGCCGAUUCCUGGGCCAUACGGGCGUGUACUAGUUGCCCUCAAAAGUACCUUUUCUACACCGAUUCCCCGCCCCUCCCCCAAACUACCUAGAAUAGAAUGCACCAGUUUCUCUCGACAUAUUAUCAUACAUACAAGACCACGAUACCACACCCGUCUUAAAAUAAGGGAGGUAAAUUCCUAAGAAAAUACAUACAGUUAAAUAAUAAAUACAAAUAUUGCAAUAAUAAUAACGAAUGGCAUAUUACAUUGUAUUUUGUCAAAAAAAAUUAAAAUAACACGCGUAUCGCGAUAAAGUCUGAUUGUUAUUUAUUUUUUUAUUGUUUGUUUUGUUAUUUAAUUGUUAUUGGUUAUCACUUUUCGGUUAUCGAGAAUCAUAACUCGCCAUUAUUUAUCGUAUACAAUUUUCUCUGUUGUCUAAAAUUACCCGUUUUGAGUAAAAUUGUAUAAUAUACGCGCUAUUAUACAGCGGGGCAAACUGCAUUGCUGUACGUUCGGUUAAAGGCGACUAGUAUAUUUGGUUGAGGGUGGGUGAACACCCACCCGUACCAUAUUAUAUAACUUUGGAUAGCCAGAAAUUGCUGUACAAUUAUUUAGGGUAAGCAUAUAGUGUAUAAUAAUAUAUUAUAAUGCAGCCAGUCGAUUCUGCUGACGGACGGCUUGUCCGUUAAUAGCCGUCGACAGUCUCGUGCGGCGAACUUCGAUGAUGGUGAGAAAUGGAAAUAAUAAUAUUGUAUUAUCAAUCGAACAACGGUCUGCUUACCGCAAACAAUAUUCUUCUCGUAUACGUUCAUAUUUAAUAAUCGGUUUUAUAUCGAACGAAUACGAAAUAAUCUGCAAUAAUAUUUAUGUACUAUAGGUAAGGUAUACCUACUUAAAUUAUAUGUAAACGAGUUCGUGAGAGAACAUCUUGGAUUGAAUAUAAUAUUCUAAAUGGGUUUAUCGAUAAAAUUGGAUUCGUCCUAUUUGGAAUUUUGGGCGUAACCACUUUCGCCAGAAAUAAUGAAAAAUUAGUUUUCCUCGCCGUUCGUCCGAAAAUAUAAUGACUUUUUUCAAAUCGAAACAUUUUGGGAAGCCCUUAAGUACCUAAAAAUAUUGAUAUUAUUUUCGCUUGUACGUGCUACACAUAUAAUGUAGUUUUUACUAUUAAUGUCGAUUUAUAUUCAUACGAAUUUUUCGUAAGACGAAAGAAUCGCCAUCCUACAGUUAUAUAUCUAUACUGAAAAAUAUAUAUAAUAUACAAAAAUAACGUUAAAUAAGAAUACGAUCGAUUUUUAGAUAUUAAUAUAGGUAAUAGUAUAAAAUAAUGUAUAAUCAUGUUACGGCCCUUGCAAAAGCGUCGUUUUUAUCAUUGUUGAAAAUUCGUGUAAUUUUUGGACAAAUUGGAAAUGCUAUUUUUUCAUUUUUGCAAAAAAAAAAAAUUAAAAAAUACUGUCUAAUUAAGCUCAUUAAUUAUAUUUCUAAAAUAUGUUUGGAAAGAUAUUAUUAUUUUGUAUAUAUGUUAUGAUAAAAAAUCGAGAAAAUAAAGAUAAUACAAAAAAUUUAAUAAUAUGCGUUUGUUCCUCGUGAAUGUAUUAUUAUUUUUUAACAAAAAAUGCGUUUCUCGUUCUUUUAAAAUUGUAUUUUCCUAUUUAAAUUGCAUACUUCUGCCUAUAUUUUUUUAUUAACAUCGAUAAAUAGAUAUCUACAUAAUAUUUAGCAAAUAUUAUAUUCAUUUUAUGGAAAAAAUAGAAAACUACGAGCAAUUCUCUUCCUCCAAACACACCCAUUGGUACUAUAUAAAUGCAGCAAUAUUAGAACAAAUAAAAUACGUGCCUACUUAUUGAUUUAUAAUUUAUUGUACUAUAGAAACAUUUUACAAUACAUGCAAUUUGCGUAUUGCAUAGUAAUAUAUUUUGAUAUUAUUUUUUUUUUUAAUCCACUUCCGAUUGAUUUUUUACCCAAUAUUGAAUAAAUUUACUUACUAUACUUGUGCAAAUAUCGCAUGCGUAUAUCACCCCCUUCCCUUUUUUCAAUAUAAAUUCCUUAGAACGUCACUGCGCCUGGUGCGUAAUAAUAUAGCUCCUAAUAAAUGAUCACUAUUGCUUUAUCUAAUAUCAAUACGAUUUGAAUCCAUUUUCGGGUUAAAGAAAUAAUUAAUUAAUUAAUAAAACGGACGAGAAGAGAACGCCAAAUAAAAAAUAAAAAUGCUUUUAGAAAAUAAUAAUAAUGAUUUAUUUAAAAAUAAGAAUAAAAUGGGCAGAAGCCCAAUAGUACAGAAGAAAAAACUUAGAGAUUAUAUAUUAAGACAUAAUAAAACUUAACUAAAAUAAGACAAAAUAGUUUUGUAUUACCCAGUACCACAUAUCAAUAUUUAAAAUUACCGUUAUAGGUGAAAAGAAAAGAAAUAGACGAAUGAAAGACUUCACAUGAUGGAUGGGCCACUGUUAUAGGUGAAAAGUUAAGUAGGAUUUAGUAGACAAUUGAAUUUAAAUCUGAACACAACGAUUAAUUUUUGUUACCAAAAAAUGAUUCUGAGCGGAGUUCGGUUAAGAGUACGUUAUACCCGUAUCUACUGUUUCAAUCCAACUUCAAAAUACGAAAACAAUGCUUAUUUACGCAGAAUAAUUAAAACUAGCUUAAUUUUGAUUUUAGAAUAAAAAUACCCAUUAUGAAAUGUAUAGAGAACAAUAUUUGAACGUAGCCCAUUCGGCUCCCGUUUUACAAAAAGGAAAAUUCCCAAACGGCUUCGGUUUUUUACAACACAAAUUCACAAAUACACAAAAUGUGGCAUAUCCAUUAAAUUGAAUUUUAUAAACAAAAUUGAUAAAAUUCGAUAAACUAGAUAAGAUUCGUUUAACAACAAUCCAUAUAGGCAUAUGAUGUUUAAAACGUAAAAUCCAAACUCCAAUAAUUUUAAUAUACUCAUAAUAGAGCUUGUUAUCGUGGAAAGUAAUAUAUGACACAAAUGUUUUCUGCGUCGCAUCUGUAUGUUUGAAGUACAGAAAUACGAGAAAUUGUUACGAGAAAUAUACGCGUAGUACCGAAUACCGGAGCCGUUUGGGAAUUUACCUACUCGUGCAACGUUUUCGACGGGGAGCCAUUUGAGAAAAAACAAACAAUGAAUGGAGACCGACUCAAUAUUUUGAAGGUAAUGUCAUAGGUGUUUUUUGAAUUAUGAACUAUUAAAAAGAGACAGUUAUUUAAAAAUAAAAAAGUUUUAGUAUCUAAAGUGUCUUUUAUAGCGAACUAUAUAUUUUUAAUAAUACAAAAAACCCGACAUUUCCUACUAGGCCGUAAUAUUUAUGAUUUUCGUUAAAAUUGUAGUAUCAAAUUUUAACGAAAAAAAAUUCUACAUUACAUUAAAUUUUUUUUAAGCUAAAUUUUGACUUACAUUGAACCUCCUAUUAAAUUUUCAAGCAUUUCCGUUUUAUCUAAAAAUUUUAUCCACAGAUUAACUAUCGAAUACAAAUUACGUAAAAACUCACAAAUUUAAAAUGUCUACAAAAAGUUUAAAAAUGGGGAAAAUGUUUUGAAAUUUUUACCACGCCUAGAAAAGGCAAAUUUUAGUUUUCUUUCUAAAUUUCAGGUCUCUAAAAAUAUUUUUAACUGAAUCACAACAAAAAACAAACUAAAGCGCAAUAAAGGAGCUUGUAUGAUCGCAUAUCUUUAAAAUCCGAAGAAUGACAAAACCAAAUACGUGUAAAAAAUGUUUUACGACACACUCGAUGUGCUCCCGAAAAUUUAAAUUGCUUGUUAAAGUUAUUCCUAAGUCUUUAAUUGAAGUAACUAAAUUCAGUUUAAUGUUAUUUAUAAAAUACGCAUGACUUAUAUGACCACGGGAUCUGUAAAAACGUAAAAUCGACGUUUAAUGAGAUUGGAUAUCAAUAUUUUUUUUCUUUGCCUAACACAUUCACAAAAUAGACAUUUAUUUGUAGUAAAGUAAUGAGAAUUCUGAAACCAGAUUUGAAUAAUUCAGCGUCAAGUGUACACGAUAUCGAUCGGGCAACUUUUUCGAAUUUUAGUCAUUUAUUUCCAAAAAUUAGAUUUAAAAGUUUUUAAAUGUAUAAGUGUAUAUCAGUAAAUACCAUGAGAAACUUCACAAAAUCGAUCGGACCGAUUGACGGAAAAUUUGUCUAAAUUGCUAUGUCAACAUUCUCAAAUAUGUGUUAAACAAAAGAAGAAAAUGUCGAUAUCCAAUCCUUUUAAGAAAGAAUUUUGUUUGUGUGCGCAUUAAAUUGACGUAUUGAAUAUGAUUAUUACAUAAUUAUAUUAUACCUACAUUAAUUAUAAAACAUUAACUGCAGGGUGUGAAUUCACGUUUACGAAUUUUAUAGUUUACACCACCUAUACGGAAAACGGCGUUUGUAAUUAAAUUAUUAUUAUUUAAUACAUUUUCUAUGUUAACAAAAACUGCAAGUGUAAUAAAAAUAUCUCGCUAUAGUGGGUUUAGUUUAACUUUAUUGCCAAGUGCCUACCUCCCGGGCAAAGUACUUAAGGGGGUAGUCGCGUUUUUAUUCUCGACUUCCAUUUAUUAAGAGGAGAAAAACGUAACAAGAAAAUGGGUAAAAAAAAAAAAAGUAGUUUGAACUGAGUAUAGAGUUGAAAGCAACGUAAUCCCUCUUUUACCGUAUAGUAUCUGUAUAAGUAUAUGAAAGUAAAUAAUAUAACAUAGUACAUAUAUAUAUAUAUUUUUUUUACAAUGCAUUUCCAGUAAUAUAAUUUUUAAUUUAUUACCUGUACCCAUCAGUUUUAUUCUAUUUCUAUAUAUUCGUUGAAUAAUCAUGUUUAUUAGUACUAUACUACUAAUUUCAAGAUUAUUUUUAUUUUAUUUUACAAAUAUAAGCAGACUAAUGUCCUAUUACAUAAUGUGAUAUUAUGGUAUAUAGUAUAGGUUACGUUGUUAAUAAUUAAUAAUAUAAUGUAGUAACAUCGACUAAAUUAGAAAUAUACAUAAUGAAUUAAUAAAGACUAAAAUUGAAGAUGAAUUAUUGACAAUAAAUAUUAGAUAAAAUCAAAUACCUACAUAGGUAUUACCAGAAACCAGAAACCACACUCCAAAAUUCAAAUAUGGCAUUUCUCUGAAAGAAAAUUUUAUCUAGUUGAUGCAUUGAAAGAUGGUUUUCCAUUUUCCUUGUAGUUGUAUAAAUAUUUGGGGAAAACUUAAGAAAAUGGGAAAAUGUACGGCAAUAACGGUUUCAAUAUUUUCGGUUUUAUUUUGUUUUUAUUAUUAUUCAGUUAAAGAUAACGAUAGACACCAGAAAUUUUGACAAAAUACUUAUAUGAACCUUUUCUAAAUGUGCUAAAAAUGUUAAAUCAUUUUGACGAUUUUUGAACUAUUUAUAGGAAUUUGAUAUUUUCGAGUUUUUUUUUAGUUUUAUUUGAUUUCAUGUGAAUACAAUUAUUUUGGCCGAUCAAAAAUGCUUUAAAACUGAACACGAGUUUCAUAAUUAUUCAUAAGCUUUACUUUGAUUCAUCGUAAAUCAUUUUUAUAGUUAUAUGGUGCACACAGUAAAUGUUCAACUUUCAGUGCACGUAUUAUUAUUAUCUAAAACAAUCUAAUAAAAAACUAAAAAUCUGAUUUAAUAUCACUGCUACUAUAUAUUUAUAUAUGUAUAGUAUUAUAUAUACAUAUAUAUAUAUAUAUAUAUAUAUAUAUAUAUAUAUAUAUAUGUAUAAUAUGACCUAGACUCGAAAUCGGUCUGCUAUAAUUCGUUUGACCACCGUUACUGGACUCGGAGAUGGGCGUCGCAGACCUCGUUUUCCGGACAGCUAGAAAUGACCGUCCCGCCACGCCGAUCUACAAUAGCCACACAAGAUAUCAUGAGAUAAUAUCUGCGUUUUAAAUUAUAAAGAACGGUGCGGUGCGGUGAUGGCCGGACUGCAGUGAUCGUGGUUUAUUGUUUUUAAUCUAGAGAUACCUUGGGUGACGUUUCAGGUUUCAGCGUUAUACAAUAUUAUUAUCGCAUAGUAACAAAUUGUUAGAAAGAUAGACGUGACAUUUGCCAUCGGUCCGUACUAUUAUUAUUGUGUACGUGAACUAAUUAGUCGAAGUAGUCGGCAAGCGGGUUUAGCAAUCGGUCGGAGCAACUGAGCCAUUUAAGUAGACAAUAUAACGUACACGGUUUCUCGAACUAUACUAGGAUUAGUAUUCGAACAAAAGACUUGUUUUCGGUAACCGUAAAAGCUUUUUUUUAUUUUUAUUUUUCUCUAAAAAAAAUAAAAUGUAUUGCCCUGUAAAUCUGACAUGGAUUUAAUCUGUCGUUAUACAUUAUAAGCGUGUGAAAAAUGUGUAAAACAAAAUACAGUAAAACUUCCAUAUAACGGUCACCGAAGGGACCGAAAAUAAUGACCGCUAUUUAGAGGUGCAGGUGACGGUCUUUUAAAGGUGUCUUAGAAAGAUAAUACACUUGACGGGACCAAAAUUACCGUUACAUAGAGGUGACCGUUAGCUGAAGUUUUACUGUAUAAUAUUUAGUCACGAGUUAACAAAAAGAUGAUGCAACGAAAGACGUAGGUACUUAUUACUUAUACUGAUAACAACAUUGAGGAUUACCUCCUACAUCGAAAUAAUUAAAACUGUUAUGUUGCGAGUUGAUAAAUGUUAAAAUUUGCCAACCCUACGGGAACACAUUAAUAACAAACGACUAAAAGGUACGUCUACCUAUUGUUCAGUCGAUUUUUAACUCAGAGCAGUUUAUAUAAUUCUUUGUCUUUCUUUUUUUCGUACUUAUAUCGUAUUAUAUGGUAUAAAUCAAUUUUAUUAUUUUAUAAAUGGUAACAUUGGUUUAAUAAAAAAUAUAAAUCACAAUUAAUUGCAUUUUAUGUAUCGCUAAUGAUUUACAGUUUAAUUUAAUAUAAAACGAUCGAAUUGAUUAUACAAAUUAUUACUUAUCAAUCCAAUGUACCCACUGGACUAGUAAUUCACUGAAUUAUAACACUGGAUUUCAUUGGCUUGAGUACAACGAAAGUUAAACCCAUUUAAGUUGUUGUUUAUUUUACAAAAUAUUGUUCUCAUCAGUUACAUUUCUUUUCGGUGAAUUAAAACUCAUCGUGCAUACGAGUCUAUUAAAUUAUUCUAUCUAAAAAUCAUGAAAAAUCUAUUCUUCAAUUUAAAACUGUAUCUACUGUUAAGAUAAGGUGAUGUGUCGUCAUUAGUCAUUUUUGACAAUGCCUUUAAAUUAAAUUUGUCAGAUAAAUUUGCUAACAUUCCAAAAGAAGAUCUAGAUUAAUUAUGAAUAAUGGUUGGCUAAUUAUAUUUUGAUUUAUAAAGGUUUGAAAACCCACGAGAUCAAUUAAUUUAAUAGAAUUUCGUUAAAUUAAUUAUUAUCUUCCAAAUACGUAAGUGUCUUUUUAAAAUUCUGGAUGAAUGAACAUAUUAUUCUUUAUCAUAAUAAUCCGUUAUAAAUAAAAAUUUUAAUUUAUCGUAAUUAAUCAAUUUCCUUUUUUAUUUCCUAAAAUAAUAUUACUUCGAUACUUUGUUAAUAAUAUUAUACCCACCAUCAUAACCUUUGUCAUUCAAAAAACUAUCAUGCAGUUUCAUGUAAUAAUUUACUAUCUGAUUACAUUACUUUCUUCGUGUAAAAUAUAAAAUAAAAUACAAUGUUUUGUUUAAAGACUGAUCCAAAUGAAAAAAGAGACGAAGAUACGGGGCCAAAAUUAGAUGACCUCAGUUUUUGGGAUAAACUCGUAGCGCUCGUCGCAUCCGUAAUAGAAGAAGACAGAAAUAGUUACGCGCCUGUUCUAAGUCAAUUUCCGGCAGAACUCAAUAUAGGACAGGUAAAAUAUAAUAUCUGAUACGCAUUUUGAUUCGUAUUCUGAUAAGAAAAAUAUAGAUAUGAUUUACGUACGUAUAUGGUAUAUUUAUACCAUUUUCGUGAUUAAAAUGUCUUACACAGCUGUCCGCUGCAACAAUGUGGAGCCUCUUUGCCGUGGAUAUGAAAUAUGCACUGGAAGAACACGAAAAUCAUAGAUUAUGUAAAACUUCAGCAUACAUGAACCUCCAUUUUAAAGUAAAAUGGCUCUUUACUAAUUACGUAAAGGACGCGCCACCAUACAAAGACGCAAUACCCGAAUACCCGUCGUGGUUCGAACCGUUCGUGAUGCAAUGGUUAAACGAAAACGACGACGUGUCUUUGGAAUACUUGCACGGAGCUUUUAACAGGGAUAAAAAGGACGUGGUAAGCUAGCGUCAUCAUUAUCUUCUUAAACUUUAAUCGAAAAGUUUUUUAAACUUUAUUUUAUUUAUAUAAUCAUAGUUUCAAAAAAGUUCGGAACAUGCAUUAUUUUCCAACUCAGUGGUGGAUGUGUUCACUCAGCUUACGCAGUGUUUUGGGGUCAUAUCCAAAUUGGAAUGUCCUGACCCCGAGAUAUCUAAUCGAUACAUGAAAAGACUCGCGAAAACGAUUGUCAAAGUAUUAUUGGCGUACGUAGACAUAGUCCAAAAAGAAUUUGACGCCAAAGAAUUGGACGAAAGAAUAGUAAGUUUUUAAAAUAGUUGACCAACUCUAAGUGUUUGAAAUACGCGUAUUUUCAAUUUAUAGGCUUGUAUAUUAAUGAAUAAUAUUCAACAACUCCGAGUACAAUUGACGAAAAUGUUUGAAUCUAUGGGUGGAAAACAAUUAGAAGAAGAUGCUACAGAUAUUCUAAACGACUUGCAAGCGCAGUUAUUAAAAGCAUUAGAUGAACUAUCUGUAAAAUUUGGAAAGAGGUUCGGAUCAUUUUAAAAAAAAAAAGUUUAUGGUCAAAAUUUAUGUAUUUUUUUUUUUAUGCUUAAAUACAUUUUUAAUUCAUUUUUCAGUUUAGAGCCUCAGAUAAAAAAGAGUGUCAAAGAACUUGGCGAGUUGUUGCAGGGUAUCAAAGGAGGAAUUCAAAAUUCACAAUCAUCAACAUAUAUUAGGGAGGUAGACGAAAUAUUGCGACCAUUGAUGGAUUUAAUGGAUGGCUCGUUAUUGUUAUUUGCUCAAACGUGUGAGAAACCUGUACUGAAGCGAAUUCUCCGUGAGUUGUGGAAGAUUGUUAUUAGGAUAUUAGAGAGAACGGUGGUCUUGCCGCCAAUGAUGGAUAAAAGCGUAAGAAAUACGAUAGUGAAAAAUUAUAUGACUUAAGGUGUAUAAUUAUUUUAUGUCUUAUUAUUAUUUCUUGUUUAGAUGAUAUUAAAGAAUCUAAGUGAAAACGCAAGAUCGAUGGCGGCCAAUGCUCGAAUUGAAGACAUGUCUAGACUCAUAAGAAACCAUAUGGCCGGGAAACAAGACGUUAAAAAUGCUUUGACGGGAGUGAUGGUAAUCGCAUUAAUUAUUUUGUGCGGUCCAAUGUCUUAAACAUUUUUUAUUUUUAUUAGGACAUGGAAAAGAAUUUAAAUCCCAAACAGUGUGCAGUACUAAAAGCCGCAUUGAAAACGAUCAAGAUUUAUUUCCACGCACGUGGAAAUGGACUGAAAAAGAAAUAUUUGGAUAAGAGCUCGGAUCUAUUAUCUCUAUCCUAUGCCCUAUCACUUUACACGAAAUCAACGGAUGAACUUAUCAAGACAUUCGUACUAUCACAGUUGCAUCAAGGUACCUAUAUUUUGAAUCAAUUAUUAUACUAAUGCGAAACGAAAUAUUUUUCGCCUUAUUAAUUUUCUGCGAUUAUAUUUUUAACAAUUAAUAUUUAUGUGUUCCAUAAAGUACCACAAAAAAAUGAUUCUUUACCUCGGCAACCAUCACUUAUGAGUGGUACUGAAGUUAAGGACGAAAUGGACGAGAUGGAUUAUGAUGAGGAAGACGAGACCGAAGAAGAAGAAGCGUUAGAUGAAGCGGAAGAAGAUGUAAAAUCAAUGGGAAGUCGAAUGGAAAAACAGUUUGAAAUUUCAAGAAGACCGUUACAGGGUAAACUUUAAUUAAAUACAUAAUAGCAAUUUAAUAUUAAAAUUUAAAAUUAUAUUUAAUUUUGAAAUUUGUUUUAAUAUACAUGUGGUUUGACAAAUAUUCCCUACUCGUAUUUUUAAUAUCAUAUUAAAAUAUCUAGUCCAAUUGGGACACCCUGUAUACUGCAGGGUGGGGCUUGACAGGCUGGCGAUAUUUGUAUAUUGUAAAAUCCAUCAAUUUGUCUCGCCCCGCCUUACGUAUAUAAAAUAUGUAUAGUACAUAAAUAAAGGUGUUUAUGAAUGAUUUUAUAUUCGACGACGACGUACAUAAAAAAUGAUAAAAUAUUUUGAGUCUAAAUUAAUAUCAAAUCUUUUGUAUAUUUAAAUAAACAUAAAUUCGUAUUACCAAUACAGGGUGUUCCAUUUAAAUAGGUAUACUCAUUAUCUCGGAAAUUAUUGACUUUUUCGGAAUUUUUUUUAUAAAACAUUUAAGAAACAAGCAGCUCUACAAUUUUACAUCCAUGGUAUUUUUUAUCACCUUUAUUUUUGGGAGUAAAACCACUACAUUCUUUUGAUUAUCAAAUGGUAACCAAUAUUGUAAAUUCAUAAUAUAGGUGAAGUGUUAGUUAAAAUAAAUUUUGGUAUUGAAAUUUUUAAUUUUUGUCAACCAUUUGACUCUUCACUUUGAAAUUUGGGUCGGGAAAAAAUAGUAGAGUCAUUGAAAAUAACAAUUUCGAUUCCAACAUUUAUUUUAACUAAUACUCCCAUCUAUUUUGUGAACUAGUAAUGUAUAUUUCCAUUUGAAAAUCAAAAAUAAGAUAGUGGUUUUACCUCCAAAAAUAAGGGUGAAAAAAAAUAUUAUUAAUGUAAAAUUGUACAGCUGCUUGUUUCUUAAAUGUUCUUUAAAACAAAUUCUAAAAAAGUUAAUACUUUCCAAGAUAAUGAGUGUACUUACUUAAAUGGAACAUCUGCAUAUUUCUCGUAUAUUAAUACAUAAAUAGUAUACCCACGCGUUUAAACUGGGAAUAAAAAUUGUAUCUAUGUUUAUAACACGUGACAAAAUAUUAACGAAAAUGUGUUUGAUAUUUAGAAAAUUACGUAUAUGAAGAACCGUACGGAGAAAUUUCUAUUAACGUUUACAUUGAAACACAUCCCACGAACAAUGAAUUUAAGGUCACUGUAACAGGUAUGUAUAAUAUUAAUUUAAUUUAUUAUAUCAGGGCAUUUUUAGUUAACAACCACUGCGUGUCCAAUCUCUCUUCCUUAAAUAAAGCUUCACGAAUCACGAACAGAUAGCUUUAACUUUUGGAUUUUCCUCAGUUAAAGUAUUUCAUAUUAUACAAAAUAAAGUAUGUUGUUACAAAAUCUACUAAUUCAAUAAUUUACCAAUUAUUUUCUAGUAGACUUACAGUAAUUUAAAAUCUUGCUCUACUAGGUGUCCAACGGACUAUUCUGUGUGUUCGUUUGGACACAAAAAACUCUCUCAAAAAAUGCCGUGGAUUGUAUUAUCGUUGAUUGAAUUGUCAUGUAAUUGAUCUUUUUGUUAAAUUCUCCCAGAAAAUAAAGACUAUUACAGUAUAUUGUGUCUGUUAAAUUUAAAUAUAACUUAAUGCAUAUAUAUAUAUAUCAUAUGUAGCAUCAAUAUCGUGUUAUUGUCCGUUUCACGAAAUAGACAACGUUUGUCCAACGUUUCUCAGUCUAACUAACGGCUUAUGUAGGAGAAUCACAAACUUAGAAUUAGAAUUGUGGCGGAUUAUUUUUGGUUUUUAUAAACUAAAAUUUCUACCUAAACGUCACAAUUUAUGUUUUAAGUAACGUAAUUGUACUGUAUUGCCCGUUAGUUAGACCGAAACAGUAAAUGUGGGUAUCACGUCCUCUUAAAAUCCAAAAUAAGUACCUACCUACCUAUAGUCAAUAAUAUCAAUCUCUCUUGGUUAUAUAUAUAUUUUUUGUUUCAUUUGCAGAACGUUCAUUAAUACAAAUAUAACCUUACUCAGUUUAUUUAUGCUAAUGGCAUUCGUUUAUUGAUUCUUUUAGUAAAUAGCGCUAAAUGUUUACGUUGAUUUUAUAUAAGUACAGGUAUUAUAUAAUAUCGUAUUUACUUAAAUCCGCGUUUACGUUGUGCGCCCCCCUCCAAUGUUUUCACUAUACAUUAAACCAAAUGAUGUUCGUACAAAAAUUUACUGAAAGAAAUAAAAACGCAUUUAGUCUGUAACAAUGAAUUGUGUCACUGGUCAUGUAAUAAAUUCGUAUACCUAAACCUCGAAUACAAAUAAAAGUCCAACGGAUAAGACAUUGAUUUCACUAAGCAGAGCAAAAACAUUAUCCAGUUUAAAAUAGUAAAGUUUAUAGUAUUAAUACCCAAAAUAAAUAAAAUUACUUUCCAUGUACCUAUGCUGCGGGGGCAUGUACAUCACAUCGUGUACACUUUACUGGCCGAAAAUUGGAUUUGUAAACGCUUUUUAGGAUACAAUAAUUACUAAAUAAUUUACAGUGCUUAAAAUUUUAUUAUACCUAUUAUAUUAUUCGACUGUGUGUAUGUACCUAUCUAAUUGAGAAAACGUGUUGCGGAAAAUACACGUACCAACGCACUAACCAGGAAACAUAAAUUUGAAAACUUUAACAAUAUUUUAAAACCAAAUUAUUAUUUUACACAUAGAUAUAAAUUAGGGUUUUAUAUUAUAAUCGUUUUUCCGUUUAUAUCUUACCAUAUUACGCGUUGUUUUCGUGCCAUAUUGUUUUUAUUCACGUAGAAAAAAACCUAAAAUCAAGUUACACCCAUAACACAUUUGCGGAUUUUUACCACGAUAGUAAUUUUAUUUAUUUUUUCCACCAUUGUACGACAGUGGUUGCCGCAAACACAUUAGUUUGGCCUACAGCUGGAAUGUUUCGCCCGUUCGUCGAAGUCAACCUUAUCGGACCCAGGCUGGCCGACAAGAAGAGAAAACAGUCGACCAAAAGCAAAUCGAGUAGUUGGAGCCCGAGAUACAACGAAGCGUUCGUAUUGUAAGUGGGACAGCGUGAUUAUUUUUAAUAAUUGAUUAUUUAUCGAAUAAUUACUGAUCAGCAAGUUAGACAAAGUUAAAAAUAUACUGUGCUUUGUGAUGUAUUAUAUCAUAUUCAAACAUAACAACUUACACGAGUAAAUCCGAAGCUAUAAAAACCGACAUUUUAUGUAGGUACCUUUAAUCAGUUUAUUGACACUAUUCGGUACUCAAUAUUAUAAAAUAAAUUAUUUUACAAGUUUCAAUAGGCAACUAAUGAUGAAUGUUCGUUAACUUAACUUAAAUUAAUUAAAUUGUAUUUUAUGUUGAAAUAUUACAAAUUUAGAUUUUAAAAAGAUAAUGGGACGGUAACAGCUACAGAUGUAGGUGGGUAGUUAGGAAGGUAUGAUACAGAUGGGAAUUUAAUGUAUAUCUGUAAGGAACGAUAAACCAUUACUUACGAAAAAAACGAUUCUGAGCGGAGUUCAGUUGGUAGUAAUGAUUUUUCAACAAUAUAUAUGCCAUAUUAUGGUAAAACAAAUAAAUAGACUCUAUAUAUUUUCUUUAAUAAUAUUUGUUUAAUGUUGGACCGAUUUUUUCAGUUAUCCUAUGUUUUUCCCGGUUUUUCAAACUUGAUGAGAAAACUCCUGGGAAAAUCGAAAAAUGACCUCCUUAAAGUACCUCCCCACGUUGAUUUUCUUUCAAAAAAGGUGCUACAUGUAGAAUUCGAGCAAGCCUUCUGGUAGAAAAACUGUUAACAAAUAGAAAAAAAAAUAAGUAUUUUUGUAAAACCUUAAGCUUCUUCAUCCCACUCAGAAUCUAAAAUUGUGCCAUAAAUAUGGAGCAAUUAGAUCAAUAAUAGUGAAGAAUUAUUAUCAUAGAUUUAUAAAGUAUAUGUAAUUACGAUUAUUUUCAAUAAGUAGCAACAAAAACCGAAAAAAUAAUUAUGCGCACUAAUCAUUAGUUAUUAUGUUCAUUGAUGGACACCCAGACUAUUUUUUUUUUUCGAAAGAGGUUUUCGCGUUAACUUAGAUACCAAUAUAAUUCUAUUCAUUUUACAUAAUAUUAUUCUAUUUUCAAUUAUAUUUAGGAUAAUAUCCUAAAUAUACGGCCCUGUAUUCCCCUCCCCCUCCGAGAGGUUGAAAUAAAUACGCCCCUGGAUUAUAACCGUUGAUCGUGUAAUAUGUCGAUUAUGUCGAUUAAAUCUAUGAGAUAUUUCACGUAAUUUACGAUUGUUUUUUUUCUACACAGUUCGAUCAGUGCUAUAGAAGAUCUCGAAUGUUAUGAACUGCAUUUCUGCGUCAAAGACUACUGUUUUGCCAGAGAAGAUCGACUCGUGGGUGUAGCGGUCUUGCAGCUGCGACACAUUCCCAUAACGGUAAUAAAUAAAAUAUUAAUUAUUAUAUUAUACCAAUAGGCAUUACUUUUCAUCGUAUUGAUUUAAUCGCCAUGCGAUUCUCUUUGUUGCACCUCAAAGGUCCGUAUGGGCGAAUGGUUAGGACUCGGUAGGCGGAUACAAAUGAACGAGACCGGAUGGACGAUUUUGCGGAUACUGUCGCAAAGAUACAACGACGAUGUAGCUAAAGAAUUCGUAAAGCUCAAGUCGGAAACCAGACAAGAAGACCAAUCGUCCGUACAGGGAUCCUAAGCACAUCGCCUAUAAUACAAAUCGACCGACGUGCGGGUGUGUUCAUUGCCGACAGUCUUCCAUUGAAAAUGAAAUAUAAGACUAUAGUUAAAUAUUUUAAUAAAUUAUCACUGAAAUAAAAUUGUAUAUUGUAUAAAAAAAAUUCGAAAUCGAUCAAGAGUUGUGACUUGUGAAUAUUAAUAUUUAAAACGUGCUCAGAAAUGACAGGAGGUGAAGGUUUUCGGGUCGUUAAUUGUAGAUUACAAUUCGAAUUGUUACCUACCUGUAACUUAACCUAACCUACCCACGUUCUUGUUGUAAUUUUAUUAUUACCAGGAAAGUGUUGGCGAUAUUAUAUUCUUUUUGAAAUAAAACAAUAAUAGUGUUGGUCUUUUUCGUAUGCAAAAAAUAUAUAAGCUCAUAGCAAUAAACUAAAAAAAAAAAAUAAAAUAAAAACACACAUUAAAUAUUGACCAACAUUUGAGUUUUAAACAAAUCAACGGGACCAUUCUCAAAUUAAAAAUUAAUUAUUCAAUUUAAUACACUACGUGUCGGCGGUAUGAUUGUAAAACUUUUUGUAUAGUAUACUUACCUACCUACCUAAAUUCCGAGGCAUUUAGAGAGAAUAGGGUGAACACCACUAAUUUUAAAGUGGGCUUUAAAUAUUUAUACGUUAUUAUAGUUGUUAUAAAUUCACAGUAAAAUAAUGAUACGAAUAAAAUUUAAAUAUUUGAAAAAAUCCUACUAUUAUUUUUGAAAACAUACGAUUAUUUAGUGCAGUUCUAUAAGUAAUAACUAUUUUGCUUAUUUACAGGGUGUCUCAUCAUCGUGUGUGUCCUACAAUAAAUUAAUUUUAUUCUAUAGGAUAUGUUUUAAAUCUACUUAUUUGAAAUUACUUUUGUAUUUAAGAGCCAUAUAAGUUAUAAUACUUUUUUCAAAACAAAUGUGGGUUUUUGUAAAGAAUUUUAAUUGUUAAACCGUUAAAUUUAUUAAAAUGUAUUCUAUUAGUCUAAAUUUUUAACAAAAUGUUAAAUGUUAAUUCAAUACACAUUUCGUGCAGCGUUCCAUUAUAUUUAUAUUUUUCAAUUAAUAAAAUAUUAAAACGAUAUGCGUGUGUGCAAUUUUGAUUUAACCGUUCAAACAUAAUCGACCAUUAUCACCAUUAGAAUAAUGUUUGAAAUAUAUUUUAAAAAAUCACGACUAGAUAUUUUCCGCUACGAUUUUUUCGUAAAACAAUAAUGGCCCUUAAACACAAAAAUAAUUUCUAAAAUGCAGAAUUAAAAACACCUGUAUACAGAAAAAUUAUAAUUUAUCCCGGGACACGUCACUCGCAAUGAUAGUGGUUAUACACCCUGUAAAUUAUACCGUAUAUAAUAUUAUAUUGUUUGUUGUACGUACCUGUGUUUAAUAAUAUUAUACGCUCUGUUGUUUUUAACAAACCAAUAUUUUUGUACAAAACGGUUAUUCCUGUCCGAACCGUCAAGGGAGGCCUUCAGUUGAAAUCAAUCGAUAGCCGAUAGCCGAUAGCCGAUUUUCAAUUUUGAUUGCGAUCAACUCUCGGUUGAUUCGUAUUGUUUUUAAUCGAAAAACGUUUUCGAUCGAUCAUUUGUGAAUAGACUUUCUUCAGAUUAUAAUAAUAUUAUUAUUAUUACGGUGCCGAUAGUAUACGGCGGAGCGACUGCACGGACUUCAAAGUUUAUAGCUAGUGAGAAAAUUGAUGGUCGAUACCCAAUAUACCACAAUAAUAAUAAUGAUCGGUUUGGUUUUCUUCUCGGACGUUCGAAAAAGUUGUUGUUUUCAAAAAUAUCGAGACUUAUAAUAAAUUAACCGACGCGUCGAGGUCGAGUAAACACUUGUAUUUGUAUACUCGUGCAUACGAUGUAUAGAUAGCAUUUUCGAUGGAGGUUUUUAUCUUGUUUAUACAGGGUCUUCCAAAUUGUAUGUAACCGUCAAUUUUUACCGUAAAAUAAUUAUUCGGUCGAAAAUCGACAAAUGCGAAAACUUUUUCGGACCAUAUUUAAUCAUAAAAUAACGCAUAUUUAGUUCACUCUUGCGUUUUGGGGGUGAAACUCGAUUUUCCUGAUUUUCAUUCUACAAAUGGACGUAGUUUUAAUAUAAUUCAAUCGGUGUUGAAAUUUUAACGGAUUGCCGUGGUUGGCGGAAAUUUAAAAUAUCAACUCCAAAAUGUACUUUGUAAAUAAAACUUCGUCUAUUUGUGGAAUUUUCAAUAGAAAUAUACUAGGUUGCCGUUAGAAAGGCAAAAUUUGGUAUACAGUAAUUUCGCUCCCAAGCUAUAAUAGAGGAAAAUAACACGCAGACCAUGUAACAUUUUAAAAAUAUUUGAUUACAAAAUUAUUUUCACACGAGUCGUUUUUUGGAAAAAUAAUAUUAUUACGCGGUGACAUAAAAUUUGGAAAACCUAUAUACUAUCGUCUUUCUCUUAUCAUAUUCUAAUUAUUACUCCCAUUCGAGUACAUUUAUUACAACAAUAAUAAUAAUAAUAAUAAUAAUAACGUAUACGUUUCCUCGAAUUCGACUAUUCGAGUGAGCAUUAUACUUCCGUUGUAUGAUACUUCACUUUCCGCGAAACGCUGAUAAAAAGGGGAGUGGGGGAAACCGUGUUGAAAAAAAAAUCCAUCGUCGUUAUCGUCUAUGCUAUUACGUACCCCCUAUUGUCGACACUUAUUUUGCAAAUGCUUCGAACUAUAGUGACUUUCAACGACAGUAUAAGUACCUAAUAUUGUUAUACGGAAUAUUUAAAAUAUAUUGCCUUUAUAAUAUUAACUAAUAACGUCUUCCAUUACAUGAUUUUGUUUACUUCUAUUAUUAUUAUUAUUAUAAUAAUUUGUUUGGUACACGUUCGCGUUUUGUCGAUUUCGUGUCGUCGCAUAGAUUAUAUAGAGACUUUUCCAUUUUCCUUUCCGCGUUUUCUUAUCUGGCCGUCAUUUUAUAUUAUCACCUAGGUAUAUUAUAUUAGUUUUGUGUAGCUAACUAUUAAUUACAUGAUAAUAUUAUUAUUAUAAUCUUCACCGUAUACGUAUACCCAUCUAAUACAGCGUUAUCGAUCGGUUCCCGAAAUCUCUCAUUCGAAAACUUCUAAAAACGGACUUGGACGCUACGGACGAUAUAUUAUUAUAACGACGCGGGUAUAUGAAUAGCUAAAUGCAGAAGGACUCUAAUUAAAAUUUUAAAAAAAAAAAAACUGUUCAAAAUAGACGUCAGAAACUCCUUAUCAAGAUACCAAUUUUUUUUAACAAUUCGUUAAAUGACUAGAAACGUUUAUAUCCAACACAAUAACAUUAGCUAUCAUUUUUUCUGAAAAAAUAAUUUAUAGACAAUUACAAUAGCAAUUAUUCGUUCGUUUUAAAAUGUUUAAAAUUCGAACAUUGUCGGGUGCCUCACUGCGUUUAACUAUUCGUGUAUAUUUGCAGGGCGAAAAAGAGCAAAAGAAAAAAAGACGUUUACAAUAGUCCGUAAUAAUAAUUGUUGAUUGUUAAAAUUUGCCUAGGUUUUAAUAUUAUAUAUAUAAUUACCUACACUCAUUAACUCGUAUUAUUUCGUGACGAUAAUAUUCGUAUGCUAGGUAUUAUUUUUGUUCGCGUCGUUUUCGGAAAACGCCUGAUGUUGUUUUUUUUUUUUUUUUUUUUUUUGUAUUCAAUACAUAAAAAUAUAAUAAUAUGUAGGUUAUAAUAAUAUUUAUAUAUAUUAUAUAUCCGUCCUAAUAAAUAAUAAUAAUAUUGAAAUAAAAUGAAAAUACCCGAUUUUACAUAUAAUAAUAUAUAUAUAUAAUUGGUCAAAAAGGGUUAACAUAUACACGUGUAAUAUUUUUUUUUUUUCGCAGCAAUAAUAAUAUUAAAAUAUUAUUCGUACCUAUAAAAUGUAUAGAAAAAAAAAAAAAAAAAAACCACGAAUAAAUAAAUAACGCUAGCGCCGCCGCGUUACAAAAUUACAUGAUAAUAUAGGUGAAUAUUAUAAAAAUGUGAUAAAACAACGAUAUUCAAAUUAUUUUUCAUCAAUACAAUACCGUAAUAAAUUAUUAUAACAUUGUAACUAUACCUUAAAUUAUUAUUAUACAUUAUUAUCUACGCAAAACGUUAUAAAAACUAAUAUUCAUUAAAACAUUAUUAUAUCUGUGCCCGGUGGCGUACCCAGGAAUUUCUAAUGAGAGUGGGGCUGAAAACAAAUGAAAUUUGGCUAGAAAAAAAAAAAACAACUCAUCGCAAAAUACCUACAUAGGUAAUCGUGUAGUAUACGAUUAUUCGUAACUACUUAGUUGAAUAAGCAAUGCAAAUAUACAAGGAUUAUUAUUUUAUUAGUAAUAAUUUGUCAACGCCUCCUACAGUUCAUAUUUAUUUUGUAUUGGUUUUUUUUUUCCUCGUAUUUGAUACGACCAACGAAAGAGGCUAAAUCCUCCUUAGCCCCGUGGGUACGCCAAUGGUCUGCACCCACAAACAUGGCCUGCCCACGGUCUGUAUAAAAACGUGUGUAUUGUGUAUAUUAUCAUGAAUAAUAACAUCCGUAAUAACAUGAAUUAAACUAUGCCAUAACAUGUAUAAUGUACAUAGCAAAACAAUAAUAACUAUUACAGAAAUCGUUACUGUAAAAUCGCAUUAUUAUCGAAAACUAUAUUAUGUUAUUGCAAUACACGACGUGUGCAACAGGUG